ACUUGAUUACAAAACCUCAUGUUGAUAGGUUAUCCAGCUUUUGUUUAAAGAUGAAUUCAUGGAUUGUGUUGUAUCUGUAACUGUAAUGGCAACGGCAGACAUUUUAGGACUUUAACAUACGCCCAGUCAAGGGAUAUGUUUUGUUUAGCAGCCCUAGUGUAACUGUAGGCCUAAUGGAUGACAUUUUUAGACUUAAACAUCAAGGGACGUCAAUGGAUAUGUCCUGGUCAGUUGGAGUUAUAAAGCAUCUAUUACACAUCAAAUCAAAUCAAAUGUAUUUAUAUAGCCCUUCGUACAUCAGCUGAUAUCUCAAAGUGCUGUACAGAAACCCAACCUAAAUCCCCAAACAGCAAGCAAUGCAGGUGUAGAAGCACUAAUACACAUGUAUUAGUUACCUUUGGUAACAUUUACCUUACCCUAAGUACAGUGUACUUACAGUGUAACAUUGAGUAAUUACAGUACUUGUUACACUGUACUUACAGGAAUACUUAUUGUUAAAUGUGUAAUUUUAUUGAACCUUUAUUUAACUAGGCAAGCCAGUUAAGAACAAAUUCUUAUUUACAAUGAUGGCCUACCCCAGUUGUUACUGUCUUGUCUGUGAGCUGUCACAGGGAGCUGUGGCCCUGGUGUUUGGCUUAACACCCAGACCCCAUGGAGCCUCUGAUAGCUCAAGUGACAGGACGCAGUAAGCCAGGUGCUGGAUAUGACACGUCAUUAGACUCUCACUGGCAAAAAAUAGGCUCUGGGUUCAUUUGAUGUAUGUAUUUUUUCUGCAGAUGUAAAAUAUGUCAAAUAAAAAAAUCAUCUUCAUUGGUUAGGUGAUGUGACACCAGUGACAUAAGCCUCUCAGAGGAUAAAAAUAGAGUUCAAAUGUAGAAUAUGAUUUGUUUGGAGAUUGUGCCAUAAAACUAUUGUAAAAGAUGUAAAAGAAAUGUAGAUUAUUUUUCAAUGGUUUGGUGAAGUGACACAAGCAGUGUGAGUUUCCCAGCCAGCAAUUGAGCCUGGUCCUAGAAUAAAAGGCCCAUUCAAUGGAGAAUCUCCAUUGGCAAUGCUUUUUAGUUCUGGAAUAGGUGUAGACAGUGUCUGGGAAACCUGCCCUCAGUGGCUAAAAUAAACUCAGAGUUUAAAUGUGUCUGUAUGCUUUGUUUAGGGAUUUUACCAUACAGCUACUGUAAAAGAUCAAAUCAAAGAUUUAUGGUGUAUGAGAGGUUUGGUGAUGUUCUGCUCUGUUGUGUCUCUUAGGGUGCCGUCCACAAUGUCUACACAGGCGCCAACAUUUACACAGCCGCUGCAAAGCGUUGUGGCACUAGAGGGUAGUGCUGCAACGUUUGAAGCACAAGUUAGUGGUUCUCCAGUUCCUGAGGUGAGCUGGUUCCGUGAUGGCCAGGUUCUUUCCGCUGCCGCUCUGCCCGGCGCACAGAUCUCGUUCAGCGAUGGCCGCGCUGUUCUGAUGAUCCCUGCUGUGACAGCCGCACACAGUGGAAGAUUUUCUGUCAGAGCCACCAAUGGUGCUGGACAAGCCACUAGCACCGCUGAACUUCUUGUUACAGUGGAGACUGCGCCGCCCAACUUUAUUCAGAGACUUCAGAGUUUGACCGUGAGACAAAGAAGCCAAGUGAGACUGGAUGUUCGUGUGACAGGAAUCCCUACACCUGUGGUAAAGUUCUACAGAGAGGGAGCCGAGAUACAGAGCUCCGCUGACUUUCAGAUUGUUCAAGAAGGAGACCUUUACAGUUUGUUGAUUGCCGAAGCCUUCCCAGAGGAUUCUGGAACUUACUCUGUAAAUGCUUCAAACAGCAGCGGACGGGCUACCUCCACUGCUGAACUGCUGGUUCAAGGUGAAGAAGCUGUGCCUGCCAAGAAGACUAAAACCGUAAUUUCAUCUUCCUCUCAGAGGUCCUCCUCUCAGAGUCGCCAGACCAGAGUUGAGACAAGGAGUAUGGAGGCUCAUUUUGAAUCCUCAUCCAUGCAAAUGCAUGUUGAAGGUGGUGGAGUGAGCCAUCUAGCACACAAGACCCCACCACGUGUGCCCCCAAAGCCAACCUCAACCUCCAAGUCCCCAACACCAUCAUCUCUUGCAGCCAGAGUUGCAGGGGGACGUCACCAGUCACCAUCACCUGUGAGGCAUGUCAAGGCGCCCACUCCGGCCCCUGUUAGGUCAGUAUCCCCCACUUCUAGACUGUCUGUGUCCCCAAUCAGACCAGUCAAAUCUCCACUGACCACACGCAAACAGGUAGCCCAUGGUCCUGAUGUCCUCCCACCAUGGAAGCAGGGAGACUUUGUUGAAGGGUCCAGCAGCUAUUCCAGCAGCAUGACUUCCAGUGCCACCCAUGCCCAGGCCUCCAUGUCUGCCACCCAUGUUCACAUGGAGCAGCGCUGGGAGGGCUCUUAUGGAUUGCAAACGGCUGGGUCCGCUGUAUCUGGUGUCGCUGUGAGAGAGGUUGAGGGUGGGAAAAAAGCAGAGGCAAAGGCUACAGUGGUUGCUGCUGUCGACCUAGCACGUGUUCGGAAGCCUUUGCAUGCUGAGGGGGGUCAUGCUGAAGAGGAAACCAUACAAUCUGAUUUAAAACAGCAGAUGAUGAUGGCUACCACUGAGCAACAAGUCACAGUGAAAACUGAGGCUGCAACUGUGCCAAUGGUGCAAAUACCAAUAAUACCACCAACAUCAAUUCAAACAACAUCUGAUGAGCAGAGUAUUCAUUUUACCCAGAUACAAAGAAGUAGAGAAACUACUACCGCCCACAUGGAAACUGCCCUCGCACCAUCCCCAAUUCCACAUUUCACAGUUUCAAAAGUUACUGUUCCUAAACCUGACCAUAGCUAUGAGGUUUCGAUAGCAGGUUCUGCUAUUGCCACACUGCAGAAAGAGUUAUCCUCUACCUCUGCACAUGCUGCUCAAAAGAUCAUCAAGCCAGUCAAGCCUCCAUCUCCUAGUCUCCACCGUAAGGUUGUGGACGUGAUGCCAGCGCCAACCAAGUCUCCGUUUAAGGAUCUCUCCGAGAGAUAUAAGACUCAUUUCGACACUCAGUUACAGACUCAGAUAGGCGCUACGUUUACAGGGGAAACGGAGCAAAUGUAUAAGGAUUUGGAAACAAAGAUCGUUGAGACUGCAGCAGUCCCAUCCCCUGCAGAAGAGCCAGUUGUGCCACCUACUCUUGUAGCUGGCUUAAAGAACCUGACUGUGACUGAGGGUGAGUCUGUGACUCUGGAAUGCCAGAUCUCUGGUCAACCUGCCCCUGGCAUCAUGUGGUUCAGGGAGGACUACAGAAUUGAAAGCUCCAUUGACUUCCAGAUCACUUAUGAGAGUAAAUGUGCCCGUCUGGUCAUCCGCGAGGCUUUCGCAGAAGACAGCGGCCGCUUCACUUGCACUGCUACUAGCAAUGCUGGAACUAUCAGCACAUCCUGUUACCUGCUUGUCAAAGUAACCGAGGAGAUUGAGACCCGGGAAGAGAUGACACAACAAGGCACCGUCACUGUAUUUGACCUUACUACUCAAGAGAAACUUUUUACAACUGAAGCAAAGGAGGAGACCAUGUCGGAGGUGAGCUCUGCCAUUGCCACCGCAGGUUCACCAGUGGAUACUGCAGAUGCUGUCGCUCCCUUCUUUGUCAAGAGGCCAACUGUACAGAAGUUGGUGGAGGGCGGACGUGUUGUCUUUGAGUGCCAGAUCGGAGGUAGCCCCAAGCCACACAUGUUCUGGAAGAAGAGUGGAGUGCCCCUUACUACAGGAUACAGAUAUAAAGUCCACUACGAUAAGGAGAGUGGAGUGUGUAAAUUGGAGAUCUCCAUGACGUUUGCUGAUGAUGCUGGAGAGUACUCCGUCUUUGCCAGGAACCCGCUUGGAGAAGCCUCUGCCUCAGCUGGACUGCUGGAGGAAGAGGAAUAUGAAGAAUACAUGAAGAAACAUGAAAUGACAUAUAAGAGUGAAGUAAUUACAACGGUGCAGAUGGAUGUACCCCCUGUUGUUGAACUCCAGAUUUCUUCCUUUGAGGAGAGGAUCAUCCACGAGAUUGAGAUCCGCAUCCUGCAGAUUACCUACCAACAGAUUGUGACUGAGGAUCGGGAAGAGAUGGUGACUUGUGCAGAUCGUGAGGCUUUACAGUCAGCCUUUGCAACUCCAGUUAAAAACUACAGGAUCAUAGAAGGAAUGGGGGUCACUUUCCACUGCAAAAUGGCAGGAACUCCACUGCCCAAGAUUGCGUGGUACAAAGAUGGAAAGCGUAUCCAUCAUGGUGGCCGUUACCAGAUGGAGAGUCUUCAUGAUGGUAGAGCCAGCCUGCGUCUUCCUGUGGUGCUGCCAGAGGAUGAGGGUGUUUACACAGCAUUAGCUAGCAACAUGAAGGGCAACUCUGUGAGCUCAGGGAAACUGUAUGUGGAGCCCACUGCCAUUGCAGGAGCUCAGCGUUACACGCCUGAACCUCAGGCAAUGCAGAGAAUUAGGUCCCAGUCCCCAAGAUCUCUGAGUCGCUCUCCCGGACGCUCUACUAGUCGCUCUCCUGCCCGCUCUCCUGGUCGCAGGCUUGAUGACACUGAUGAGAGUCAGCUGGAGAGACUGUACAAGCCUGUGUUUGUCUUGAAGCCACAGUCAUUCAAGUGCGCUGAAGGGCAAACUGCCAGAUUUGACCUGAAAGUAGUUGGUAGACCCAUGCCUGACACUUUCUGGUUCCACAAUGGGCAACAAGUUGUCAAUGAUUACACCCACAAGAUAGUGGUGAAGGAAGAUGGAACUCAGUCACUGAUUGUGGUUCCAGCCAUGCCCCAUGAUUCUGGAGAAUGGACGGUCGUUGCUCAAAACAGAGCUGGAAAAAGCUCUGUGUCCAUGACACUUACAGUUGAUGCCAAAGAAAAUUUGAUCAGACCCCAGUUUAUUGAGAAGCUGAGGAAUGUCAGUGUUAAGAAAGGCACUCUGGUUGAGUUGGCGGUCAAAGCCAUCGGAAAUCCCCUGCCUGACAUUGUAUGGCUGAAAAACAGCGACAUCAUCUCCCCUCAGAAGCACCCAAAUAUCAAGAUCGAGGGCAUCAAGGGAGAAGCCAAAUGCCACAUCCCACAGUCAGUGAGCUCUGAUAGUGCCUGGUACACAGCCACAGCCAUUAACAAAGCUGGAAGAGAUACCACUCGCUGCAGGGUCAACAUUGAGGUAGAUGCUGCUGAACCUGUGCCAGAGAGGAGACUCAUUAUCACCAAAGGAACCUACAAGGCCAAGGACAUAGCAGCUCCAGAGUUGGAACCCUUGCAUCUCCGUUAUGGUCAAGAGCAGUGGGAGGAGGAUGACCUAUAUGACAAGGACAAGCAGCAGAAACCACAGUUCAAGAAGAAACUGACUUCUGUCAGGUUGAAGCGUUUUGGCCCAGUCCAUUUUGAAUGCAGACUGACCCCAAUUGGUGAUCCCACUAUGGUGGUUGAGUGGUUGCAUGAUGGCAAACCCCUGGCAGCUGCUAACAGAUUGCGCAUGGUUAAUGAAUUUGGCUACUGUAGUCUUGACUUUGAAGUUGCCUAUGCCAGAGAUAGUGGUGUCAUCACCUGCAGAGCCACUAACAAGUUUGGAGUUGAUCAGACCUCAGCUACACUAAUUGUAAAGGAUGAGAAGAGCCUUGUUGAGGAGACACAGUUACCCGAGGGCAGGAGGGAAAUACACAGAAUUGAUGAGAUGGAGCGCAUGGCUCACGAGGGAGGGCCUUCUGGAGUCACUGGGGAUGAGUAUUCAGAGAAGUCAAAGCCUGAAAUUGUCCUUCUUCCUGAACCAGCAAGAGUGCUGGAAGGUGACAUUGCAAGAUUCCGUUGCAGAGUUAUUGGCUAUCCUACGCCUAAGGUUAACUGGUACCUCAACGGACAGCUCAUUCGCAAGAGCAAGAGAAUGAGGCUUCGCUAUGAUGGCAUUUACUAUCUUGAGAUUAUAGAUAUCAAGUCAUACGAUGCAGGAGAUGUGAAAGUGGUAGCAGAGAACCCAGAGGGCACAGCUGAGCAUCUGGUGAAGCUCGAGAUCACACAGAGAGAGGACUUCAGAUCCAUCCUCCGUCGCGUCCCUGAACCAAAGGCACAUGAAUCUACUGAACAUGGGAGAGUUAGCUUUGAAGUUGUGAAGGUUGACAGACCAGCUGAUGCCCAGCCAAAGGAAGUUGUCAAACUAAGGAAGACUGAAAGAGUCAUCCAUGAGAAGUCCACAGAGGAGACAGAUGAGUUGAAGAGCAAAUUUAAGCGCAGGACAGAGGAAGGUUAUUAUGAAGCCAUCACUGCUGUGGAGCUCAAGUCCAAAAGGAAGGAUGAGUCCUAUGAGGAUAUGCUUAGGAAGAGGAAGGAAGAACUGCUUCAUCACAUGAAAGAGUUGACUGAGGCUGAGAAGAAGAAAGAGAUGGAGGAGGGUCAACUCACCAUACCCACAAUCAAACCAGAGAGAAUACAGCUCUCUCCCAGCAUGGAAGCUCCAAAGAUCUUGGAACGCAUUGCUAGCCAGACCGUGUCUCAGACCGAGGAAGUUCGCUUCAGAGUCAGAGUUGUCGGCAAACCAGAACCUGAGUGCCAGUGGUUCAAGAAUGGAAUUCUGCUAGAGAAGACCGAUCGAAUUUACUGGUAUUGGCCUGAAGACCACGUGUGUGAAUUAGUGGUCAGAGAUGUCACAGCAGAAGACUCUGCUAGCAUCAUGGUCAAAGCCAUGAACAUUGCUGGAGAGACAUCAAGCCAUGCAUUCCUGCUGGUACAAGCCAUUACAGUUAAUAGCUUUACUCAACAACUAGAGGAUGUGGAAGCGAAAGAGAAGGACACCAUGGCGACCUUUGAGUGUGAAACAAAUGAGCCUUUCGUUAAAGUCAAAUGGAUGAAGAACAAUUCUGAGAUUUUCUCUGGAGACAAAUACAGGAUGCACUCAGACAGAAAAGUUCAUUUCCUUUCUGUACUGAUCAUCAACAUGAAGGACGAUGCAGACUACAGUUGUGUUGUUGUUGAAGAUGACCACAUCAGGACCACUGCCAGACUCAAUGUGGAAGGUGCUUCACUGUCAAUUGUGAAGAGGCUGGAGAACAUUGAAGUGCCUGAGACCUACUCUGGGGAGUUUGAGGUUGAAUUAUCUCGAGAGGAUGCUGAAGGUACAUGGUAUUUCAAUGACAAGGAAAUCACUCCCAGCAGCAAAUAUGUUACCUCCUCCCGCCGUGGACGCCAUACCUUGUCUGUCAAAGACAUCAAGAAAGAAGAUCAGGGAAAAUAUACAUUCAAAAUUGCUGAUAUGCAGACCAGUGCCUCCCUGAAGAUGAAACUGCGCCCUGUGACACUGAUGCAACCCCUCACUGACCUGACAAUCUGCGAGGGUGACAUCGCUCAAUUAGAAGUGCGAUUCUCUCAGGAAAACGUUGAGGGAACAUGGAUGAAGAAUGGCCAAGCAAUCUCCGCCACAGAUCGCAUCCACAUCGUUAUCGACAGACAGGUCCACAAGCUGCUUGUUGAAAACGUGAGCAGAGACGAUGCUGCAACAUACUCCUUCGUUGUCCCAGCUCAGGAUAUCUCCACCUCUGGGAAGUUGAACAUUCAAACGAUUGAUAUUUUGAGCCCACUCACUGAUAUUACCGCAGUUGAGGGCACCAAGGCUGUUAUGGAGGCUAAAAUCUCUGCUGCUGAUGUUACCUCUGUGAAAUGGUACCACAAUGACAAACUUGUGAUGCCCAGUGAGAGAAUCCAGAUGCUUGCGAAGGGAUCCAAACAGCGCCUGGUAUUCCACAGGACCUUUGCCUCUGAUGAAGGAACCUACAAGCUAUGUGUUGGCAAAGCUGACUCUAGCUGUAAACUGACUAUUGAAAAAAUUCACAUCACCAAGCAUAUGGAGGAUCAAGUUUGCACAGAGACCCAGAAUAUAACAUUUAAAGUUGAGGUUUCCCACCCUGGCAUUGCCGCUGUGUGGACCUUCAAGAAACAACCACUCAAAGCUAGUCCAAAGCAUAAGAUUGAGGCCAAGGGCAAAAAUUACAGCCUGAGUGUCAUAAAUACCAUGAAGGAUGAAGAGGGAGAAUACGCAUUCGCUGCUGGUGAACAGACAUCCAGCGCAAAGCUUACUGUGUCAGGUGGUGCCAUAAACAGACCACUCCAGGACGUGACUGUGGCUGAGUCUCAGACAGCUGAGCUGGAGUGUGAGGUGGCCAACCCAACUGCUGAGGGCAAGUGGCUCAAGGAUGGACAACCCGUGAACUUCAGUGACAAUGUCAACCAUAUGAACAAUGGAGCUGUCAGACGUCUGGUUAUUACCAUAACCAGACCCAAUGACAUCGGUGAAUACACUUACCAGGUCGCAAACUCCAAGACAACAGCCAACCUGAGAGUUGAGGCUGUGAAAGUCAAGAAGACACUGAAGAACCAAACUGUCACUGAGACACAGGAGGCAGAGUUCAGUCUGGAGCUCACCCACAAGAAUGUGAAGGGCUCACAAUGGAUUAAGAAUGGCGUAGAGAUCAACCCAAGUGAGAAAUAUCAAAUCACAACUGAUGGCCUGGUCCACACCUUGAAGAUCAAGAACUGUGACACACGCGAUGAAUCAGUUUAUGGAUUCAAACUUGGGAAACUAUCUGCUAAUGCUAGAUUGAACGUUGAGACCAUCAAGAUUGUGAAGAAGCCUAAAGAUGUGACAUCACUAUUGGAUGCCACUGCCUCUUUUGAGCUGAGUCUGUCCCAUGAUGACAUCCCUAUCAAAUGGAUGUUCAAUAACAAGGAGCUUAAACCAAGUGAAAACAUCAAAAUACUGUCUGAGAGAAAAGCUCACAAGCUGACCAUCCAGAAUGUGAAGACUGACGACCAUGGAGAGUACACAGCUGUAGUGGGAAACCUGCAAUGCAGCGCAUCUUUAUAUGUUGAAGCUCUGCGUGUCACAAAACCCAUCAAGAACAUUGAAGUCCCAGAGACCCAUGUGGCCACUUUUGAAUGUGAAGUUUCACACUUCAAUGUCCCGUCCACUUGGCUGAAAAAUGGAGUGGAGAUAGAAAUGAGUGAAAAGUUCAGGAUUGUGGUGCAGGGCAAGCUUCACCAGCUCAAGAUCAUGAACACUAGCAGAGAAGAUUCUGCAGAAUACACGUUUGUCUGUGGAAAUGACAGAGUCUCCGCCACUUUGACCGUCAAUGCCAUUUUGAUCACCAACAUGCUGAAAGACCUCAAUGCACAGGAGAAAGACACCAUCACAUUUGAAGUGAAUGUCAACUAUGAGGGCAUCACCUACAAGUGGCUCAAGAAUGGUGUUGAGAUUCCCUCCACAGACAGAUGCCAGAGCCGCACCAAACAGCUAACUCACUCGCUCACCAUACGAAAUGUUCAUUUUGGUGAUAGUGCGGAGUACAAGUUCGUGGCUGGUUCUGCUGCGUCAGCAGCAAAGCUUUAUGUUGAUGCUCGCGUUAUUGAAUUCACCAAGCAUAUCAAAGAUAUCAAGAUUACAGAGAAGAAGAGGGCCACUUUUGAAUGUGAGAUCUCUGAGCCUAAUGUUCAGGUGAUGUGGAUGAAAGAUGGACAAGAGCUGGACAUUUCUGAAAGAUACACCGUAUCCACCGAGAAAUUCCUGCACCGUCUAAUGAUCCAGUCAGUCCGCAUGUCUGAUGCCGGAGAAUAUUCUGUCGUUGCUGGUGCAAGCGUGUCAAAGGCUUAUCUCACCGUGGAGGGCAAAGAUGUCCGCAUUACAGAGCCUGCUGAGAAGAAAAUGACGGUUGUUGAGAAACAAAGAACGACGUUUGAGUUUGAAGUCAAUGAGGACGACAUUGAAGGUCGCUGGCUGAGGAACGGCGUUGAGCUCCAGUUUUCCGUUGAGCAGAGGUUUAGUUAUGUUUGCAUUAGAAAGCUCCAUCGUCUGACCAUCACUGAGACCUACAGAAGUGAUGCAGGAGAAUACACCUUCAUCGCUGGCAGGAACAGGACCGUUGUGACACUUCAUGUCAACAUCCCUGAGCCACCUCAGAUCAUUAACCACAUGCAGCCCCUGUCUGUGGAGGCCGGCAAACCUGCUCGCUUCUCUGUGGAAGUGACUGGCGUCCCCCAGCCCCAGGUGUUCUGGUACAAGAACUCCCAGGCUCUCUCCCCAGGCUUCAAGUGCAAGUUUCUGCGUGAUGGGAAUGAGCACUGUCUGCUACUCAUUGAAGUGUUCCCAGAGGAUGCAGCGGUCUACAACUGUGAGGCCAAGAAUGAAGGUGGUGUUGCCACCAGUUCAGCUGCACUGAAUGUCGAAGUUUCAGAAGUUGUUUCUCCUGACACUGGAGCUCCUCUGUCCCCACCUACCAUCAUCUCACCAAUCAGCAACACCUCAACCACUGAGGGAGAGUCAGCCAGAUUCCAGUGCAAAGUUACUGGAGAAGCUCUGAAGAUGUCCUGGUACCGUGGUGAGAAGGAAAUUAAGCAGUCAGACUUCUUCAGGAUUUCUACAUUUGAUGACACCUGCCAGCUGGAGAUCAGCAGAGUGUUCUCUGAGGAUGAGGGGGAAUACACCUGUGUUGCCAGAAACGCAGGAGGAAUGGUCACAUGCUCUGCACAUUUGAAACUUGAUGGUGAGCUUGCAUACCUUUCUGAAGAGAUUGAAGCAACCAUUGAGCAAGAAGCCAAAGAAUAUUCUAGGUCGACUGUGACGACAGUGGAAGAAGAACAAGAAUCCUACACCACUGGCCUUCAGUUACCUCAAACAUCCAAAACACUUGAACUCCAGCCAGAGUCUAAAUACUAUUCUAGUACUUUAGAGGAUAAAAAAGAAAAACCUAUAUUUUUGACCCAACUCUCACCAGCAGCUGUCAAUGUUGGGGAGUCAGCAAGAUUUACUAUCACAGUAUCUGGCCUUCCAAAGCCUACUGUUCAGUGGUUUCACAAUGGGAAAGUCAUUACUUCUUCAUCAAUUUACAAAUUGAUUCAAGAAAAAGAUGAGUAUACCUUAAUAAUAUCUGAGGUAAAAACAGAGUAUAAAGGCGAGUACACUUGUACAGCUAGCAAUAGAUUUGGCCAGACAACCUGUACUACUUACCUGGAGGUAAGUAAGAGAGCUUCAACUACAGCUGAGCAAUGGGUGGAAAAAAUGUUCAAAGCCACUGUCCAACCUCCAAAUUUCACUAGCCAAAUCAAACCUAUAAAAUGCCAAGAGGGAGGUGAGGCUUACUUUAAAUAUAAAGUAACUGGUGAUCCAAUACCAGAUGUACAGUGGUAUAAAAGUUCUCGUCAAAUUCAGCCUGGUAAGUACUGCAUUAUAGUGAACAACCCAGAUGGCUCUGGCUUCAUCAACAUGAAGGGCAUUCAACAGCAGGACAGUGGUCUCUAUACAUGUAAGGCUUCCAACCCAUCUGGGGAGGCCUCUUGUAGUGCUGACCUAAUUGUUUUCAAAGAGCCGAUCUCUGUAUCUCAGCGUAAGGAACCCACGGUUGUUCAAAAAGGUUAUAAAGUAUCCAUGACUGCUGAACAAGCUACAGAGACCCGCUUGUACGAGGUCAACCUUCCCGGAGAGACCAGGGCCAGAGAUCAAGCAGGACAUCAGAUGGUGUACACCAUUGGCACCGAGGACAGCCAGGUUGUUUCCAGUGAGCAAGUGCAAACCCUUAGAGAGUUGGAUAUGUCAGCAGCUACUGUCCAAAGAGAAAGGGUCACCCAUCAGGCUGCAGUUCUGCAGUCACAUGAGGUACACGAGAGAGUGUCUGUGGGUGUCACUCGUCCACCUGAAGUUUCAGUAGUUUCUACGAAACAACACCGUACGGCUCCCUUUCAUACAUCUGCUGUUCAGGAUAGCCCACAGCUCACAGAGCAGCACUGUGACCGUAUCCAAAGCCCAGUAGUCAUAGAGCUGCAGUCUUCAAAAGAGAAGCGCUCACAAUUAAUGUCUGCAACUUCCGAGGAGAUAACCACCUUGGCGAGUGUAAGCACAGAGAUGUCAGAGCCUAAAGUACCUACUGAGCCCAUACAAAUAGAGGAGAAGGCGAUCGCAACUGAGAGUAGUGUACUUCUAGAAGCAACAGAGCAAGAUUUUGCCAUCCAGAUACAGGAAGGACAGUCUGUUAGACAGUCAAUAAUGAUGGAUGAAAAGCGUAUAUUGAUUGGGGAAAUGUCUCAGCAAAUAACCAAAUCAGAGUCAACAAAAGUUAGCCUUAAAACUCAGCACAAAAUGGCUGUUUUCGUUUCAGAGUCUGGAGAAAGUCGAACUCUUCCAAAGGAGCUCACAUUUGUUAUUCAGAUUCCAAAACCAACAAGUUUGGACAUCAGACGUCAGUUGAAAGAUGCACUUCAGUCUGCUGUGGCUCUUGAUCAGCCACUUAUACUAGCAGAUGUUGUUGGAAGUUUAGAGGCUACUGAGGUACAGGAAGUGAAGGUACUCAAGGAACCUAGGCGUGCGAUGUUCACUUAUCUUAUCACAACACCAGGUGCCCCUAUGGAAAUAACACUUGCUUUUGAAGGUCAGUACCCCAAGACUGCAGAUCUAAGGACUGAACUCCAGGCAGCUUUCUACUCAAUUAUCUAUCACGAGCAGCAUGUUCUUACAUCUGAGCAACCUGGCACACUGCAAAUCGACAAGCCCCAAAGACUAAAGGUUAGCAGUGCAUCCUCCAAAGAAAUAUUGUCAUCUGUAGUUGAGACAGUAAAAGUAGCAGAAAGUGUAGUUGAUUUCACAACACCUAAAUCUCAGGCUGCUAAACGAAAGACGGAAUCUCGGGCUACACAUGAAACAGCAACAGCUGAGGAACUGCCACCUGUUUUCAGGUACAAAAUUGUUCCCCUGGAGAUCAAUGUUGGCAGUGGAGCCAAGUUUGAAUGUGAAAUUGAAGAGGCACCAAAUGUGAACUUCAAAUGGUUCAAGUCUGGCACUUCGAUCAAAGAGAGUGCAAAUUGUCACAUUCUCAGUCGGCAACUGACAUCUUCAUUGGAGCUUCUGAGCCCAACCAAGGCCGACAGUGGUGAAUACACCUGCAAGGCUACAAACCAACAUGGCAGUGACACCUGUGCCGCCAAACUGACAGUGACUGAGAUGUACCCGCCAGUAUUUAGUACAAAGCCUGAUCACAUGACUUUAUACGUGGGCAAACAAGCAACAUUCCAGUGUGUAGUUACUGGCUCUUCACCGAUGACUAUUGUCUGGCACAAAGACAACAUUGCUAUCUCUCCGGGGGGAAACUAUCAAAUAUCAUCUGACAAGACCAAAUAUUCCCUACAAAUCAAAAAUCUUCAGCUGAACGAUCAGGGCACAUACCUUUGCAAAGCAUCAAACAGUGUUGGUACUGCUACAUGCAGUUCAGAGUUGAGGGUUAUCAAUAAACCCAGUUUCAUAAAGACCUUUGAGGUCUUGGUGUCUUCAGCCGUUGGUAACACACUGCGGCUCGAAGGUCAAGUGGAUGAGGACACUGGAGUGUCCAUCACCUGGAUGAAAGAUGGCAAAAAGCUUCAUCAAACAAUGGAUUGUAAACAAUCUUUUGAAGACAAGGUUGUCGUUCUUGAAAUUACAAAGGCAAAACUGAAAGAUUCAGGGAAAUAUGUAUGUACAGCUUCAAAUGAUGCUGGGAGUGCAACUUGUCCUACCACGUUGACGGUACAAGAGCCCCCUACCUUUGUUAAGAAAAUGGAACCAAAACUAAUGUGGAAGCAGGGCAUAGCUGCUCGGAUGCAGUGCACAGUCAAAGGAUCAGCUGAACUCAAAGCUUCCUGGUUUUUGAUUGACAAGGAGCUCAGUGAUGGAGAUAAAUAUAAAAUCACUUUCAAGGCUGGUCUUGCAACUUUGGAAAUAAUCGAUGUAAACGUGUUAGACAGCGGAAACUACACUUGUGAGGUGUCAAACGAAGCUGGUAGUGAGAGCUGCAGCACUGAGUUAUCUGUAAAAGAGCCCCCUUCCCUUCGAAAAGAAUUGCAAAUGGUUGAGGCAGUGAAGGGAACCCCUGCCGUACUCGAAUGUGAAAUUAAAGGAACAGCUCCAUUUGAAAUCACCUGGUUGAAGAAUAAGAAGCCAGUCGUCGCCACAGAUAAAAAGUACAAGAUCGUCUCUCAGGAGUCCAUUGCUCGUUUGGAGUUCUGCUCAUUUGAAAGUGCAGACAUUGGGGAUUAUCAGUGCUGCAUAGCUAAUGAUGUUGGUAAAAUCACCACUAAGGCACUGGCCAAACUAAAAGAACCACCAACAUUUGCAAAGAAGAUUGAAACCAUUACAGCAACAUUGGGAGAUUCUGUGAAACUGCAGGGCACAUUGAAAGGCUCACCCCCCAUUUCCGUCAAAUGGAUAAAGGACACUGAAAUGUUGAGAGAUGAUGAUCCAAAUAUCAAAAUGACAUUUGAGAACAACAUUGCUAUUUUGUCAAUAACAACUGUUGCCAUUAACCAUGGUGGCAAGUACACUUGCCAAGCAGAGAAUGAGGCUGGACAAAACAAAUGUGAAGCCACUCUAACAGUUCAAGAACCUGCUAGAAUCUUAGAGAAAGCAGAAUCCAUCAAUGUGACUUCAGGGGAAUCUGCAACCUUGGAAUGCAAAAUCGCUGGAAGCCCAGAACUUAAAGUGAAAUGGUUCCAGGAUGGAAAGGAGAUGAAAGGGAGUCGAAAAUAUAAAAUAACUCUGAAAGAUAAUAUUGCUGUCUUAAAGAUUCUUGCGUCUGAAAAAGUAGACUCUUCCGAAUACACAAUGGAAGUGUCCAACCGUGUUGGAAAGGACCGGUGCUCAUGCUCUAUUACUGUGCUGGGCAAAACAGAUCGUAUCAUACCACCCUCUUUUACAAGGUCUCUGAAAAGACUUGAUGGAAUUAUGGGUAACGAUAUUUCAAUGGAUUGCAAAGUAUCUGGAUCCCAGCCUAUGACUCUGUCUUGGUUCAAAGACGAUAAAGAAAUUAAGUUCGGAGAUAGAUAUUUACCUGAAAUCAAAGACAACUCAGCUGCACUGAAAAUUACUAAAUUGGAAAAGGUUGAUGCUGGAGUGUACACAUGCCGGGCAACAAAUUCGGCUGGAUCUGAAGAAAGCAGUGGAACCUUAUAUGUCAAAGAACCUCCAGUCUUCACAUUGAAACCUGACAACCAAGAUGUCGUACCAGGAUCUACCGUUGUCUUGAAGUGUGCUUUCACUGGAACAGCUCCUCUUAUGAUCAAGUGGUUCAGAGACGACAAGGAGAUAUCAAGUGGAGGCACAUUUUUUAUCAAGAAGGAGACCUCCUUAAGUUUUUUGGAACUUCACUCAGUAAAACCCAGUGACUCAGCUAACUACACAUGCCAAGUGGCCAAUGACGCUGGAAAGAUGGCAUGCACUGCUGUCUUGUUUGUGAAAGAACCUCCAAUGUUUGUGGUGAAGCUUGAGUCUACGAAACUAGCAGUGGAAGGAAGUGCUGUAAAGCUGGAGUGUAAAGCAACUGGCACCCCUGAGAUCAGUUUUCAGUGGUUCAAGAAUGAGAUUGAGAUAACACAAAAGGAGAAAUACAAAAUGGCUGUCACCAAUUCAGUUGCAACAUUGGAGUUUGUCAACUGCUCUGUUGAUGAUAGUGGAAAUUAUGUUUGUGUGGCAUCAAGUGAUGCUGGUAGUGACCACAGCGGCAGCACAGUUACAGUUAAAGAACCUCCAAUAUUUACAAGGACCUUUGAAUCCAAAGAAGUUAUCAAAGGAUCUGAUAUUAUGCUGGAAGGAAAGCUUGCAGGCUCUGCUCCAUUCAACGUAUCAUUUUACAAAAACACAAAGGCAAUCAGAAAUGAUAAAAGACAUAAGAUAGUCGUAAAGGAUGACAUAGUUACCCUCCAGAUCCUGGCAAUUGACGCCGGAGAUGCUGGAAAAUAUCAGUGUACAGUAGAAAAUGAAGUUGGGAAGUCAUCUUGUGAUUGUGAGAUGACACUGAAAGAACCGCCAUCGUUUGUGAAAAAGAUAGAGAAUGUGAAUUCCCUAGUUGGCAGUGAGAUUUCUAUGCAGUGUACUCUGAAAGGAUCACUACCUAUGACUGUGUCAUGGUUGAAGGAUGACCAUGAGGUCAAAGAUGGUGAGCACGCACAGAUGUCCGUUGAAGACAGGACAGCACUGCUGCGUAUUUCAAAUAUUCAAACCAAACAUGCUGGGAAAUAUACUUGUCAGGCCAAAAAUGAAGCUGGCAAUCAGAAAUGCUCUGCGUUAUUGGUAGUCAAAGAACCAGCAAAUAUCACUGAACAGGCUAAAUCUGUCAGUGUUACAAUGGGGGAUCCCGCUACACUUCAGUGCCGGUUCGCAGGAACCAGGGUGCUCAAAGUUAAAUGGCUGAAGGAUGGAAGAGAGCUGACAUCAGGUCAUAGAUACAAAGUACAAAGCACAGAUAAGAGCUCUGUACUAAACAUUCUCCGUACAGAAAAAAGCGACAGUGGAGACUACAACUUUGAGGUUUCCAAUGACGUUGGAAGCAGUACCUGUGAAGCUACAGUUUCUGUUCUAGAUCAAAUCAUAAAACCAUCUUUCACAAGGAAACUGAAGAAAACAGAGAGUAUCAAAGGAUCAUUUGCCCACUUGGAGUGCCUUUUGUCUGGCUCUCUGCCCAUAUCUGUACUCUGGUACAAAGAUGAGAAAGAGAUCAAGACGGAUGAUAAGCACAAAAGCACAUUCUUUGAAAACACAGCUUUUCUGGAAAUAAGUCGUCUUGACAGUGCAGACAGUGGUAGUUAUACCUGCAUUGCUACUAAUAAGGCCGGCAAGGACCAGUGUUCUGGGGCCUUAAUUGUAAAAGAACCACCAUCAGUUUUAGAAAGGCCUGAAUCAAUGGAUGUUUUGCCUGGAUCAAAGGUUCAAUUUAAUGUCCUUUUGUCUGGCACGCCACCCUUGACCAUUAAAUGGUUUAAAGACAAGAAGGAGAUCUUAUCUGGCUCUGAUUGCUCUGUGACUAAAGACAACACCUCUACAUCGCUGGAGCUGUUCUUUGCCAAGGCAUCAGACUCUGGAGACUAUAUCUGCGAAAUUAAUAAUGACGUGGGCUCUGAUGCUUGCCAAGCAAUGCUCUUUGUCAAAGAGCCUCCAAAGUUCACACGAAAACCUGACGGUGUGUCAGUGGUGAAACCUGGGCAAAGUAAAACAUUUGAAUGCCAGGUGACUGGAACUCCAGAGAUUGAUAUAUACUGGUUCAGAGAUGGGAAUGAGAUAAGUCCUAGUGACAAAUACAAGAUGUUCUUUGAUAACAACAUAGUAACCCUAGAUAUUUGUGGUGCUGAUACUAAGGACAGUGGAAUAUACUAUUGUGAGGCCCGUAAUGAAGCCGGCAGUGAAAGCUGCAAUAUGGAAUUGAAAGUGAAAGAGCCACCAUCCUUUGUUAAACAGUUAUCAACUGUGGAUAUUGUGAAGGGCUCAAAUGCCUCUUUAGAGUGCCAAGUCAUUGGCACAGGUCUGUUUGAGGUCAUGUGGCAUAAGGAUUUAAAGGAAAUUAAAUCCAGCACAAAGCACAGUUUCUCACAAGUACAGGACAUUCUGAAUCUUGAGAUACAGAAAUGUGAUGGUGUAGAUGUUGGUGAAUACCAGUGUACCGUCUCAAAUGAGGUUGGAAGUUGUUCUUGUAGAACUACGCUUCGUAUAAAAGAUCGACCAUCAUUUGUGAAGAAAAUUGAAAAUGUAGCCACUGUUUUGGGCAAAUCGGCUGAAUUUCAGUGUGUUGUCACUGGGUCACCAUCUCUGUCUGUGCAAUGGCAAAGAGAUGAGAACUGGAUCUUGGAAGAUCCUAAAAUUGAACGGACAUUUGAGAAUAAUGUGGCAACUCUAAGGAUUCCGGUCUGUGAGGCCCAUCACAGUGGGAAAUAUACCUGCCAAGUGGCAAAUGAUGCUGGACAGGACAAGUGCUUUGCAACCCUCAUGGUGCAAGAACCACCUCAGAUUACAGAGAAACCAGAAGUGAUGAAAGUAACUAUUGGGGAUCCAGUCAGUUUAGAGUGCAAAGUGGCAGGCAGUCCGGAGCUCAAAGUGAAGUGGACCAAAGAUGGCAAAGAGCUCAAGUCAAGUCCACAGCACAAACUUAGCUUCGAGAACAACCUUAGUAGCCUUAAAAUUCAGACGACACAAAAGGAGGAUGCAGGCAACUAUCAAUUUGAGGUCUCAAACCACAUUGAUACCUGCAGUUGCAAAGUCAAGUUGAUUGUACUAGAACAAACUAUUCCCCCAAGCUUCACCAAACCAAUGAGUGAAAUACAGGAAAUAUUGGGAACAUUUGUUCAAAUUGGCUGCAAAAUAUCUGGAUCCCUUCCCAUUACUGUGGAAUGGCAGAAAGAUGGAAACAACAUUUCCGUUGGUGGAAAAUAUAAACUUGUUCGUCAAGACAAUUCUGUGUCUUUAGAAAUCGAACAAUUAGAGAGAGUUGAUGCCGGCACUUACUCUUGCAAACUAACAAAUACAGCAGGAAGCGUUGAAUGUAGUGGGGCACUAAGGGUGAAAGAGCCGCCAAGCUUUGUGCUGUUGCCUGAGCCCCAGGCAGCCCUUCCUAACUCCAACGUGCGAUUUAAGAGCACGUUUAAAGGAACACCUCCUUUCGCAGUGAAAUGGUUCAAGGAUGACACUGAAUUGAUCACUGGACCAUCAUGUUUUACCGGACUGGAAGGAUUAUCUUGCUUCUUAGAUCUUUACUCAGUUGGAGUUUUGCAGAGUGGAGUUUACUCUUGUCAAGUUAGCAAUGAUGCCGGCACUGAAAGAUGUAGUGCCAAUUUAACAGUAAAAGAACCUCCUGAAUUUGUGCUGAAAUUGCCAGUCACAAAAUUUGUGAAGAAGUGCGAGCCACUCCGUCUUGAAUGCAAAGUUACGGGUGCGCCCUCUCUGCGAAUGCAAUGGUUCAAAAAUGACACUAAGAUCACAGAAGGUGACAACUAUAGAACUUCAUUUGUUGACUCUAUGGCAGUCCUUGAGCUGCACACCACAAGAUUUGAAGACAAUGGAGUCUACACUUGUGAAGCAACCAACGAAGCUGGAAGCAUAAGCUGCAGCACAACCCUUACAGUCAAAGACCCACCAUCUUUCCUCAAAAUACCUCAUCCAAUUGAAGGAAUGAAAGGAAAGGAUGCUAGCCUACACUGUGAGAUAAUUGGCACAGCACCCUUUGAGAUUACCUGGUCCAAAGAUAAAACACCACUAAAAGAAAGUAGGAAAUAUAAGAUGGUGAAUGAGGGAACCUCUGCCACUCUUCAUAUAAUUGGAUUGGAUGCCUCAGAUGUUGGAGAGUAUGAGUGCAAGGCAUCAAACAGUGUAGGAUAUGAAACAUGCCGUACUACAAUUCAACUCAGAGAACCACCAACGUUUGUGAAGAAAUUGUCGAAUAUGACAUGCAUAUUGGGUGAAGAAGUCACCCUGACGGCCAAUGUCAAAGGCUCUCAGCCAAUGACCGCGUCUUGGGUACAGGAUAAGGAUCACAUUCUCAGAGAUGGUGACAACCGGAAAAUUACCUUUGACAACAACCAGGUCACUCUUAAAGUCUUUAAAGCAGAUUUACUGGCAAUGGGCAAAUACACCUGCCAACUCAGAAAUGAUGCCGGAGUUGUGGAAUGUUUUGCUAACUUGACUGUAUUAGAACCAGCUAAAGUUGUAGAGAGACCAGAGUCUUUCAGUGUGACUGCAGGUGAUAUUGCAGCUCUAGAAGUCAAAGUGUCGGGGACACCAGAGCUGAAACCAAAAUGGUUUAAGGAUGGAGUCGAACUCACCUCUGGACAGAAGUACAAAAUCUCAUUCUCAAAGAUGAUCUCCAGCUUAAAAGUUUUGUCUGCAGAAAAAGUUGACACAGGAGAAUAUACAUUUGAGGUCAAAAAUGAGGUUGGCAGUGAUCUCACCAAAUUAAACCUCACUGUACUAGAUAAAACUAUACCUCCAACAUUUACAAGGAAAUUGAAGGAUUAUCAACCUAUUGUUGGAAAAGCUGGUGAAAUGGACUGCAAAGUCUCUGGUUCCGCACCUUUCACCAUUACCUGGUACCAUGAUGGAGAGGAGAUCAAAACUGGACCAAACUAUGAGAUUACAUUCAGUGACAACACCUGCAUGCUCAAAGUGCCCACUCUUAAGUUGUCUGACUCUGGAGUGUAUAAAUGCAAAGCUGUAAACAAGGCAGGAACCAAUGAGACCAGUGCCUCUUUCAUUGUGAAAGAACCUCCUUCUUUCGUGAUGCCACCUCAGCCAUUGGAAGCAAUGCCUGGCACAAAUGUUUUGUUCUCAGCAAUUGUCAAAGGAAGUGCCCCACUGAAACUGAAGUGGUUCAGAGGCACCAAGGAAAUUUUGUCUGGAAAAGGCUAUGAAAUUGCUCUCCGGGACAGUACAGCUACAAUGGAGCUAUUCAAAAUUGACAAAUCCCACGCUGGAGAGUAUACAUGCCAGAUUAUUAAUGAUGCUGGAAAGGAAAGUUGCCCGGUUAACCUGUGUGUGAAAGAACCUGCGUGCUUUGUUAAGAAGCUGAAGGACCAUUCUGUUGAAAAGGGUAAAUCAUUGGUACUUGAGUGCACAUACUCUGGAACCCCAAAGAUAUUUGUCACCUGGUAUAAGGACGGAAAACAGCUAUAUUCUUCUUAUAAGCACAAUGUCACUACCACUGAGACCUCCUGCAUCCUGGAGUGUUUAAACACUGAUGAUAAGGAAGCAAGUGGGGAAUACGCUUGUGAAGUUUCCAAUGAUGCUGGAAAGGAUACCUGCAAAGCACAAGUGUCCAUCUUAGAACCACCUUAUUUCAUUGAGAAUUUGGAGCCAAUGGAAGUGACUGCUGGUGAUGCAGUUUGUUUGAAAUGCCAUGUGGGCGGAACCCCUGAAAUAAAGGUGGCUUGGUUUAAGGCUGAUGGAAAAGUGAGGUCCAGCCCCACUUGCAAAAUAGAAUAUUCCAAAGGAAUUGCUUGCUUGAAACUGAGCAAAGCAACCAAGGCUGAUAUUGGUGAAUACACAUGCAAAGCAGAAAACAACAUAGGAACAGCCUCAUCCACUUGCCGCCUCUCUGUCCAAGAGGCAAAAACGCCACCUACCUUCCCCAAGAAAAUAACCAGUCUUCAACAGACUGAAGGAAUGGAAGUCAAAUUUGAGUGCCGCGUGGCAGGCUCCUCGCCCAUUGAGGUCUCUUGGUUUAAAGACGGUGAAACUCUGAAAUCCACCGACUAUACCAUGAGUUAUGAUGAUAACACUGCUGCCCUAAAAAUAACCAGAGGUGAAAUGAGACACUCUGGGGAAUACACUUGUGUUGCUACCAACAGCGUUGGGACUGCAUCCUGCAGAGCCAAACUCACUCUUCAAGAGCCAAGAUAUCCCCCUGUCUUUGAUAAAAAGCUGUCACCCAUGGUGGACAUUUCAGUGGGUGAUAGUGUGGAAUUGGAAUGCCACAUGACUGGAUCUUUGCCAAUAAAAGUCACUUGGUCAAAGGAUCACAAAGAUAUUCGAUCAGGAGGAAAUUACAAGAUGUCCUGCGUGGAUAACACCCCACACCUUACUAUAUUGAAAGCAGCUAAAGCAGACUCUGGCCGCUACUUUUGCCAUGCCACUAAUGACAUUGGAAAGGACUCUUGUUCCACUGAAAUUACUGUCAAAGAGCGCAAAAUCCCACCUACCUUCACCAAAAAGCCCACAGAGACCCUUGAGGAUACAGAGGGCAAGAUGGUGAAAAUUGAGGCACGUUUGUCUGGUUCUCAGCCCAUGACCAUCAAUUGGUACAAAGAUGACAUUGAGAGGCACAGCUCUGAUCACUAUGACAUGUCCUUCAAGAGCAAUGUGGCUGUGUUGUGUAUCAAGAGCUCUGAAGUCUCAGACUGUGGCAGGUAUACCUGCAAAGCCACCAAUGAAGCUGGCACUGCCUCUUGUGAAGUGACAGUAACCAUAACUGAACACAAGAAGCCCCCGACAUUUGACCCCACUCUCAAACCUGCCACGCUGACCGAGGGAGAGAACCUGCAUCUUAGCUGUCAUGUCCAUGGAUCCCCUCCUAUGAAGAUUCAGUGGAUGAAGGACAGAAAAGACUUGAAAAACACUUCCAGCACUAAAAUCAUUUUUGCCGAUGACGUUGCCUCUUUGGAGGUCAUGCGCGUAUCAAAGAAUGAUGCAGGGGACUAUCUCUGCAAGGCUACCAAUGAAGCUGGUAGUGAAUUCUGCAAGGCCAAAGUGACAAUCAAAGAGAAAUCCAAAGCAGCACCUAAACCCGCUGAAGAGGAAUCAACAGCAGCACCAGUAAAGAAACUGGACAACUUGUUCUUCAUCGAGGAGCCCAAGCCUUGCCAUGUAGCCGAGAAGGGCACUGCAACGUUCAUCGCUAAGGUUGGAGGUGAUCCCAUUCCUAACGUGAAAUGGAUGAAGGGCAAGUGGAGGCAGAUCACUCAUGGUGGUCGCAUCACUAUUGAGCAGAAAGGCCCAGAUGCCAAGUUAGAGAUCAGAGAAAUAACAAAGUCUGACUCCGGACAGUACAGAUGUGUUGCAACUAACAAAGCUGGAGAAAUAGAAUGCAACACCGACAUGCAUGUUGAGGAAAGGAAAGAGGUUGUUGGAGUUGAGGGAGACUUCAGAGCAAAACUGAAGAAGACUCCAUCUAAGCAGAAGAGUCCCCAGGAAGAGAAAGACAUUGACAUUGUAGAGUUGCUCAGAAAUGUGGACCCUAAGGAAUAUGAGAAAUAUGCCCGCAUGUAUGGAAUUACUGACUACCGUGGACUUCUUCAGGCCAUUGAGCAGCUGAAGAGGGAGAAAGCAGAAGAAAGUGGAAGACCGGAACUGGAGAGAGAGAGAGAAUCGGACGAGGAUUUGGCUGCUCUUGUGGCUGAUUUGCAAAAGAGAAUGGAACAUACUGAGCCUGUCACCGUGAAUAAGGACAUAACAGAUCAAUCUACAGUCACCAACAAGGUUGCCACCUUUGAGUGUGACAUCAAGAUCAACUUUCCAGAGAUCACCCUGUCCUGGUACAAGGGAACUCAGAAGCUUGACAACAAUGAAAAAUACGAAAUCAACAUUGUUGGUGACAGUCACAUUCUGAAGAUCAAGCAGUGUCAAACCAAAGACCAGGGCAACUACCGUGUUGUAUGUGGCCCACAUAUCUCCAGUGCCAAACUGACUGUUAUCGAGCCUGAGGUUGAGAAACAUCUGGAGGAAGUUGUGUGUAAGGAGGGGCAAACAUGUACACUGUCUUGCCAGUUUUCUAUCCCUAAUGUCAAAACACAGUGGUUUAAGAAUGGAAAGCUUUUAGAAAUGAAGGGCAGAUACUCGCAUGAGGUGGUCAACAAGAUUCAGAGGCUGUCGAUUAAAGACCUCCAACCAGAAGACCAUGGACGCUAUGCCUGCAGAUAUGACAACCUUGAAUCAACUGCAGAUCUAUGGGUUGAAGCUGAACAAAUUCACUUCACCAAACGUAUCCAGAACAUUGUGGUGGGCGAACGUCAAGCAGCUACCUUCGAAUGUGAGGUGUCUUUCGACAAUGCCAUCGUUACAUGGUACAAAGACACUUGGGAACUCAGAGAGUGCCCAAAGUAUAACUUCAGAAGCGAAGGCAGAAGACACUUUAUGAUCAUCCGCAAUGUAACCAAUGAAGAUGAAGGCGUUUACUCGGUCAUUGUGAGGUUGGAGCCCAGAGGGGAAGCUAAAAGCACAGCUGAGCUUUAUCUUUCAGACAAAGAAAUUGAAUUAGCAGGGGUACCCCAUGAUGUCCCUGAUUCAUCAAUACGAAUCCCUGAUAUGCCAUCUUCAGUUACUCUAAAAGAAUCUUCUGAAUACUAUUAUGAAGAAGAGAUGGAAGUGAGAGAGGUGGAAAUGAGAGAGUAUGAAAGCUGGACAGAAGAGACAGUAGUACAGAAAAUCUCUACAACCACAGCCCCGAGAGUACCUGUUGAGGAGGAGUCCGUCCAGAGUAAGAAGGUUGGAAUGAGGGAGGAAAUGCCACAAAAAGUUUCUGAAGUGCACAAGAAACCCGAGGAGAAGGCUAAACCAGCUGAGGCAGCAGUACCACAUAAAGUACCUGAAGCCAAAAAGCCAGUGGAGGAGAAGAUAACUGCAGAGGUUGUCCCAGAGAAACGUCCCUCUCCAAAAGAUGUCCCUCAAGCUGCACCCCAUGUUGCGGAGCCAAAAGCUGAGCCAAAACCAGAGCCUAAAGUUUCACCUGUGGCUAAGGUUGAACCUGAACCGAAGGGUGCACCUGUAAAGAAACCAGAGAGUCCACCAUCCAAAGUUCCUGAGAAAGCUAAGAAACCAGAGGCUUCAAAACCAGAACCAGGAAUGCCAGCGGCCGUUAAAAAGCCAGAGACUGCACCUACUCCUUCUCAUAAGGAGCCAGAGCCUACUCCUGCUGCAAAGAAGGUCCCAUCACCACAAGCGCUGUUGCCCAAAGAGAAAGGACAGGGAUUAGUUGGUACUGAAGAGAUACCUUGCACUGUUGAAAACUUCCAAUCAAAGAAACAAGUAGUUGAGAAAGGCAAACCUUCCAAAGUAAUUCAAUCCAAGGAAGAAACCUUUAAGAAGACCCUUACUAUGAGAAAGGAACUCAGUGCAGAGAUAUCCCGUACAAAUGAGGAUAUCCAGUCAAAGAAACAGGUUAUAGAAAAGGGCAAACCUUCUAAAGUAAUUCAAUCCAAGGAGGAAACCUUUAAGAAGACCCUUACUAUGAGAAAGGAACUCAGUGAAGAGAUACCCCAUACAAAUGAGGAUAUCCAGUCAAAGAAACAGGUUAUAGAACAGGGCAAACCUUCUAAAGUAAUUCAAUCCAAGCAGGAAACUUUUAAGACUCUUACUACGGGAGAGGAAACCACUGAAGAGAUUAGAAUUGAGGUCAUCCAACCUAAGAAUCAGGUAGUUGAGAAAGACAAACCUACCAAAGUAAUUGAAUCCAAGGAAAGGGCUGACAAGACACUUACUAUGAGAGAGGAGCCCAUCGAAGCGAGACCUUUUACAGUUGAGGACAUCCAAACUAAGAAACAGGUAGUUGAGAAAGACAAACCUGCCAAAGUAAUUGAAUCCAAGGAAAGGGCUGACAAGACACUUACUAUGAGAGAGGAGCCCAUCGAAGCGAGACCUUUUACAGUUGAGGACAUCCAAACUAAGAAGCAGGUAGUUGAGAAAGACAAACCUGCCAAAGUAAUUGAAUCCAAGGAAAGGGCUGACAAGACACUUACUAUGAGAGAGGAGCCCAUCGAAGCGAGACCUUUUGCAGUUGAGGACAUCCAAACUAAGAAACAGGUAGUUGAGAAAGACAAACCUGCCAAAGUAAUUGAAUCCAAGGAAAGGGCUGACAAGACACUUACUAUGAGAGAGGAGCCCAUCGAAGCGAGACCUUUUACAGUUGAGGACAUCCAAACUAAGAAGCAGGUAGUUGAGAAAGACAAACCUGCCAAAGUAAUUGAAUCCAAGGAAAGGGCUGACAAGACACUUACUAUGAGAGAGGAGCCCAUCGAAGCGAGACCUUUUGCAGUUGAGGACAUCCAAACUAAGAAACAGGUAGUUGAGAAAGACAAACCUGCCAAAGUAAUUGAAUCCAAGGAAAGGGCUGACAAGACACUUACUAUGAGAGGGGAGCCCAUCGAAGCGAGACCUUUUACAGUUGAGGACAUCCAAACUAAAAAACAGGUAGUUGAGAAUGACAAACCUGCCAAAGUAAUUGAAUCCAAGGAAAGGGCUGACAAGACACUUACUAUGAGAGAGGAGCCCAUCGAAGCGAGACCUUUUACAGUUGAGGACAUCCAAACUAAGAAACAGGUAGUUGAGAAAGACAAACCUGCCAAAGUAAUUGAAUCCAAGGAAAGGGCUGACAAGACACUUACUAUGAGAGAGGAGCCCAUCGAAGCGAGACCUUUUACAGUUGAGGACAUCCAAACUAAGAAACAGGUAGUUGAGAAAGACAAACCUGCCAAAGUAAUUGAAUCCAAGGAAAGGGCUGACAAGACACUUACUAUGAGAGAGGAGCCCAUCGAAGCGAGACCUUUUGCAGUUGAGGACAUCCAAACUAAGAAGCAGGUAGUUGAGAAAGACAAACCUGCCAAAGUAAUUCCUUCUGAAGAGGAAACACUUGACUCACAAGAGGAGGAAAAGAUAUCUUCAAAAGCCUCGCCUUCAAGAGUACCAGCAGAGAAGAAGGAAUCACCUCCACAACCUGUUGAACCACUUACAAAGAAAGCGUCUCAGCUAGAGAAAACUGUUGUUGCUGAAGGGGUGAAAGAAUCUGAGCCAUUUGGAAAGAAAGUGGCUAAACCAGAGUCUAAGCCAGAAAUCAAGCCAAAGUCCAAGCCAGAGAAGAUAGCUUUUGCUGAAAAGCCUGCUGAGGCACUUGUAAAGAAAGUGUCUACGCCAAAGUCUAAGUCAGAACCUAAAUCAGAACCUAAGCCAGAGCCCAAGCCAGAACCUAAGACAGUGGCUAAGACAGAGCCUAAACCAGAGGAUAAACCAGAGCCUAAGCCUAAACCAGAGUCUAAACCAGAGGUUAAGCUAGAGGCUAAACCAGAGAAGAAGGAUGUUACUGAAGUAGGGGUGAAAAAAUCACCUCCACAGCCUGCUGUGGUGUUGAAGACAGAGCCUAAGCCUAAACUAGAGAACAAGCCAGAGCCUAAGGCUAAGGCAGAGCUUAAACAAGAGGCUGAGCCAGAGACUAAAGUAGACACUAAGCCUAAAUCAGAGCCUAAUAUAGAGGCUAAGCCGGAGCCUGAACCUAAACCAGAGCCUAAACCAGAGUCUAAUUCAGAGGUUAAGCUAGAGGCUAAACCAGCGAAGAAGACUGUUACUGAAGUAGGGGUGAAAGAAUCACCUCCACAGCCCGCUUUGGUGUUGAAGACAGAGCCUAAGCCUAAACUAGAGGCCAAGCCAGAGCCUAAGGUUAAGCCAGAGCCUAAGCAAGAGGCUGAGCCAGAGGCUAAAGUAGACACUAAGCCUAAAUCAGAGCCUAAACUAGAGGCUAAAAUAGAGUCUAAGCCAGAGCCUAAACCAGAGGUUAUGCCAGAGCCUAGGCCUAAACCAGAAGCUAAGCCUAAACCAGAGCCUAAGUCUAAACCAGAGGCUAAGCUUGAACCUAAACCAGAGGCUGAGCCAGAGGCUAAAAUAGAGACUACACCUAAAUCAGAGCCUAAGCUAGAGGAUAAAAUAGAGGCUAAGCCAAACCCUCAACCAGAUGUUAAGCCUAAGCCAGAGGCUAAACCAGAGCCUAAAUCUAAACCAGAGUCUAAGCUUGAACCUAAACCAGAGGCUGAGCCAGAGCCUAAACCAGAAGUUAUGCCAGAGCCUAAGCCUAAACCAGAAGCUAAGUCUAAACCAGAGCCUAAGCUUGAACCUAAACCAGAGGCUGAGCCAGAGGCUAAAAUAGAGACUACGCCUAAAUCAGAGCCUAAGCUAGAGGCUAAAGUAGAGGCUAAGUCAAAGCCUAAACCAGAUGUUAAGCUUAAGCCUAAGCCAGAGGCUAAACCAGAGCCUAAAUCUAAACCAGAGUUUAAUCUUGAACAUAAACCUGAGGCUAAACCAGAGAAGACUGUUCUUACUGUAGGGGUGAAAGACUCACCUCCACAGCCCCCUGAGCCACUAAUAAAGAAAGUGACUACACCAGAGAAGACUGUAGUUGCUGAGGAGGUGGAAGAAUCACCGCCAAAGCCACUUGUAAGGAAAGUGGCUAAACCAGAGUCGAGCCCAGAGAAGAAGGCUAUUACUGAAGAUGUGUUUCUUUCAAGUGGAGAAGAGGUUGCAACUCGAAAAGUACCAGCAAAGGAGAAGGAAUCACCCCUACAACCUGUUCGACCACUUACAAAGAAAGUGCCUAAACCAGAGAAAACAGUUGUUGCUGAGGAGGUGAAAGAAUCACCCCCAAAACUGUCUGAGCCACUUGUAAAGCGAGUGUCUUUAGCAGAGUCUAAGCCAGAGAAAACUAUUGCUGAAGAGGUGAAAGAAUCACCUCUUAAGCCGACUGAGCCACUGGCUAAGAAAGUAUCUAAACCAGAGUCUCAGCCAGAGACUAAGCCAGAGAAGGUGGCAAAGAAAACAGCUAUUGCUGAGGAGGUGAAGGAAUCACCUCCAAAGCCCACUGAGCCACUUCCUAAAAAAGUGCCUAAGCCAGAGACUAUGGUUAUUGCUGAGGUAGAAUCUCCACCAAAGACUACUGAGCCACUUGCAAAGAAGGUGCCUAAGCCAGAGACUAAGCCAGAGACUAAGCCAGAGAAGACAGCUAAUGCUGAAGAAGAUGUUGUUCCCAAAAAAGCAAAGGAAUCACCUCCAAAGCCUGCUGAGCCUCUUGCAAAGAAAGUGCCUGCACCAGAGAAAACAGCUAUUUCUGAACAGGUGGAAUCACCUCGAAAGCCUGCUGAGCCACUUCUUAAGAAAGUGUCUUUGCUAGAGUCUAAGCCUGAGCCUAAGUCUGAACCUAAGCCAGAGAAGAAGGCUGUUGCUGAGCCUCCAAAGCCAGUGGAGCCACUUGUAAAGAAAGUCUCUAAGCCAGAGAAGAAAGCUGUUGCUGAGCCUCCAAAGCCAGUGGAGCCACUUGUAAAGAAAGUCUCUAAGCCAGAGAAGAAAGCUGUUGCUGAAGUGGUGUCAAGUGAAGAUGUUGCUGCCCAAAAAGUACCAAUAAAGGAGAGCCAAACAUUUCCAAAGCCCACAGAGCCACUUGCAAAGAAAGUCAGUCCUCUUGAAGCUCCUCAAGAUAAGAAAAAGACUACACAGGAAACAAAGCCUGCCUUCCAAGUGCAAGACAAAGAUGAUACGGAGACAGGUGAAGGCAAGCAGGCACCUGGACCUGCUAAGAAAGAUGGAAAGCCAGCAGAAGAAGCAGGCACAGGCAGAGGUAGAGGUAGAGGCCUCAAAGCAGGCAAAACCCCAUCCCCUGGUGAAGGCAGGGGUAGAGGACUGAAACCCGGAGGUGGAGGAGACAAACCACCCGAUGCUAAUCCUUUCGGAUUCCAGCUUAAGGCAGUUCCACUGAAGUUCACGAAACCGCUCAAAGACAUAGUGUUACAAGAAGGGGACGCUGUUGGUGCUUCUGCUACGUUUGAGUGUGAGGUUUCACCUUCUACUGCAGUAACUACAUGGAUGAAAGAUGACAGCAACCUAAGAGAGAGUCCAAAACACAAAUUCACCUCUGAUGGCAAAGAUCGCAGACUCGCCAUUAUUGACGUACAACUUUCUGACACUGGAGAAUAUACCUGUGUAGCCAAGCUGGGCAACAAGGAAAAGACAACAACCGCUAAACUCAUUGUUGAAGAACUGCCCGUGAAGUGGGUGAAGGAGCUGGAUGAGGAGACGUCAGUCCUGAAGGGGCAGCCUAUGUACCUGACCUGUGAGUUGAACAAGGAGAGAGAAGUGACCUGGAUGAAGAGUGGUAAGAUCCUCAAAGUAAUCCCUGGAAAGGUGGCCAUCAACGUCAUUGGAAUGCAACAAGCCGUUACGAUCCAGAACACGGGCGAUGACGACGCUGGCAUCUACGCAUGCGAGUGUGAACUCAUCAGGACCAAAACAACUGUCAAAAUCAUUGAAAUUAUCAGAGACUGGUUGGUGAAACCAUUGAGAGAUCAGCAUGUGAAACCCAAGGCCACUGCCACUUUCAAGUGUGAGCUCUUCAAAGAAACCCCCAACUGGAAGUUUUUCAAAGGCAACGAUGAGAUUACUAACGAUCCUACUGACAAGACUGAGGUCAAGAAAGAAGGAAAAGUCCUGACUCUCACAAUAAAGAAUGCACAGCCCGACGAUAUUGGAGAAUAUGCCAUGGAAGUUGAAGGCCACAGAUACACAGCUAAACUGACUCUUGGAGAACGUGAAGCUCAGAUCUUGAAGCCUCUCUCCAGUUGUGAGGUGGUCGAGAAAGAAGAUGUUACAUUUGAAACGGAGAUAUCUGAAGAGGAUGUGCCUGGAGAAUGGAAACAUAGAGGGCAGGUCUUAACAAGAUCACCGACAUGUGAGAUCAAAAUGGAGGGCAAGAAACGUUUCCUCACUCUGAAAAAUGUUCCACUGGACGCGUCUGGUGAAGUGUCUUAUACAGCUCUGAAUGCUGUCACUAGUGCUGUGCUCACAGUCAAGGAACUGGAAAUGGACUUCACAGUCCCCUUGAAGGACGUGUCUGUACCUGAAAAGAAACAGGCUAUGUUUGAGUGUACUAUCACAAAGGAUGUGCCUAAAGUCAUGUGGUUUAGGGGUUCUGACACCAUUGGUACAUCAGACAAAAAAUAUGAAAUAAUCGAUGAUGGAAAAAAACACAUGUUGGUCAUAAACAAUUGUGAGUUUGAUGAUGAGGGAAUUUACAGUAUUGAAGCCUCGGGCAAAAAGUCAACCGCUACACUCACUGUGGAGGGUAUCAGGCUCAAAUUUGAAUUGCCACUUCAGGACCAAACUGAGAAGGAAGGUAACACUGCUCGGUUUGAGCUUGAGCUCUCUCACGAGAAUGUACCUGUGACAUGGUACAAAAAUGAAACCAAACUCCAUGUGAGCCGAACCGUGCUCAUCUAUAGUCGUGGAAAGAAACAUACACUAGAAAUCAAGGAGUUGACUCUAGAUGAUAUCUGCCAGAUUAAAGCAGAGGCUAAAGGAAUUCCCUCAAUGGCAAACCUGACGGUGAUAGAGGGUGAUGCGUACUUCGUAGUGAAGUUGCAGGAUUAUACUGCAGUCGAGAAAGACGAGGUAACUCUGGACUGUGAACUCAGCAAAGAUGUCCCCGUCAUGUGGUACCAUAAUGAGACUGAAAUUAAGGCCUCUAAGAUGGUAACCAUAAGUGCUGAAGCGAAUCGAAGAGUGUUGUCCAUUAAGAAAGUGGAUGACAGAGAUAAGGGACAAUACAUAUGUGAUUGUGGAACGGACAAAACCAUGGCAAAUAUUAACAUCGAGGCUCGAGAUAUAAAGAUAACUCGCCCAAUGUAUGGCGUUGAGGUCUUUGAUGGUGAGACCGCUCGUUUUGAGGUAGAAAUCUCUGAAGACGAUGUCCAUGGCCAGUGGAAACUGAACGGAGAAGUCCUUACUCAAUCCCCUGACAUUGAAAUCAUAGAGGACGGUGCAAAGCACACGUUGAUAUUGUACAACCUCAAGGCCCCCUUGUCAGGGGAGAUUGGAUUUACAGCUGCCAAUGCUAAAUGUGUUGCUAAUCUGAAAGUGAAAGAGAGUCCUAUUAUAUUUGUCACACCUUUGAGUGAUGUGCAAGUGUAUGAAAAAGAUGAGGCCAGAUUUGAGUGUGAGGUGUCAAGAGAACCUAAGAGCUUCCGUUGGUUCAAGGGAUCUCAUGAGUUGACAGCUGAUGAUAAAUUUGAAAUUACCCAUGAGGGAAAAAGACACACUCUGGUGGUCAAAUCUGCCGCAUAUGAGGAUGAAGCUAAGUACAUAUUUGAGGCAGAGGACAAGAGAACCACUGGCAAACUAGUUAUCCAAGGAAUUCGCCUUGAGUUUGUCAAGCCCAUUAAGGAUGUCACUGUCAAGGAGCGUGAGACGGCAGAGUUCAGUAUUGAACUCUCACAUGACAACAUCCAGGUCACCUGGUACAAGAAUGGGGUGCGUUUGCAUCCCAGCAAAGUUGUGCACAUGUCAGACGAUGGCAAGAUGCACAAAUUGACCUUCAAGGAGGUGUCCAUUGAUGACACAUCCAUGAUCAAAGUAGAAGCCAUGGGCAAAAGCUCAGAGGCCAUGCUCACAGUCCUCGAGGGAAAGCCUUACUUCACGACAAAACUGCACGACUACUCAGUCACUGAGAAGGAUGAACUGACAAUGGUUUGUGAACUGAGCAAGCCCAAUGCAGAGGUGAAAUGGUUCAAAGGUGGCCAGCAAAUCACUCCCUCCAAGAAUGUGGCCAUCAAAGCCGAUGGAAAGAGGCGUAUGCUGAUCAUUAAGAAGACAGAGAAAGCCGACAUUGGAGAAUACACCUGUGAUUGUGAUUCGGAUAAAACUACGGCCAAGCUCAACAUUGAAGAGCGUGACAUUAAGUUUGUCAGGCCCCUGUACAGCGUGGAAGUCACAGAAACAGAAAUUGCCAAGUUUGAGACUGAGAUCUCUGAGGAAGAAGUACAUGGUCACUGGAAACUCAAGGGAGAGGCCCUUCAUCAGUCUGCUGACUGUGAGAUUAAGGAGGAGGGUACAAGGCAUGUGCUGAUCCUGUACAACGUUCGCAUGGAUCAGGCCGGAGAAGUUGACUUCCAGGCUGCCAAUGCUAAAUCCAAUGCUCAGCUUAGAGUUAAAGCGCGAGUGAUCGGCCUGCUGCGGCCUCUCAAGGAUGUUACUGUUACUGCCGGGGAGACCGCCACUUUCGACUGUGAACUGUCAUAUGAAGGAAUUGCUGUGGAAUGGUUCCUAGGGGGUGCAAAGUUGGAGCCAAGUGACAGAGUGGUCACCCGAGCAGAAGGCAAAACUCACACUCUGACUCUCAGAGACGUCAAGAUUUCAGAGGAUGGGGAAGUUAAACUGACUGCAAAGGAUUUCCAGAUUGAGGCCAGCCUACAUGUGAAUGAGCCACCAGUUGAGUUCAGCAAGCCUCUGGUGGACCAGACAGUUGAGGAAGAGGCUACUGCUACUUUGGAGUGUGAAGUCUCCAGAGAAAAUGCUGAGGUCACUUGGUUCCAGGACGGACAGGAGAUACGCAAAACUAAGAAAUAUGACAUUGUUGCCGAUGGCCGCAAGAGAAGACUCAUCAUACAUGGCUGCACUCUUGAUGAUUCAAAAACAUAUACCUGCGACGCCUCAGAAUUCAAAACCUCUUGCUUCCUUAACGUUGAACCUCCACAUGUUGAGUUCUCUACGCCACUCCAUGAUGUUGAGGUCAAAGAAAAGGACUCUGCCAGAUUUGAAUGUGAAGUAUCUCGCGAAAAUGUCAAGGUCCGUUGGUUGAAGGACAGCAGUGAAAUCAGAAAGGGAAAGAAAUAUGAAAUAAUUGCCAAAGGUCGUCAACACAUCCUCAUCAUCCACAAAUCAGUGUUCGAUGAUGAAGCAGAAUAUGAAUGUGAUGCAAAGGUCUCCAAAUCCUCCGGCAUGCUUACAGUCAUUGAGGAAGAGGCUAGGUUCACCAGGAACCUGUCUAACGUGGAGGGAACAGAAACAGACAGCGUGAAGAUGAUUUGUGAAGUGUCAAAGGCCGAAGCUGAUGUCAUAUGGUAUAAAGGAGACCAGGAACUUCCAGAGGGAGGAAGAUACGAUCAAAUCGUAGAUGGCAGGAAGAGGAUACUCAUCAUUCAGGAUCUCAAAACAGAUGAUGCUGGAGAGUACCAUUGCAAAUUGUCUAGCUCACAGACAUCUGGAAACCUGAAAAUAAAUGAACUGGCUGCUGAGUUUAUCGCCAAGCCUCAGAGUCAGGAGGUGGUUGAGGGAGAAAAGGCUGAGUUUGUCUGCUCAGUCUCUAAAGACACAUUCAUUGUCAAAUGGAUGAAGGAUAAUCAGGAGCUAGAAAAUGGGGACAAGUACGACAUUGUCUGUGAUGGCAAGAGAAGAAUACUUGUUAUCAAGAACUCUGAACCCAAGGAUGAGGGAGCUUAUGUUGCCCUCAUUGGUACCACCAGAGCUACGGCUGACCUGCUUGUUCUUGAAAAACUGAGGAUCAUUACACCGAUCAAAGAUACAGAAGUUAAAGAGGGACAAGAGAUGGUCUUCAACUGUGAGGUGAACUCUGAGGGAGCAAAAGCUAAGUGGCUGAAGAACGAUGAGACCAUGUUUGAGAGCAGCAAGUUUGUCAUGAUCCAGAAAGACAACGUGUUCUCUCUGAGGAUCAAGGAUGCUGAGAAGUCAGAUGAAGGGAACUAUACUAUUACAUUGACAAACCACCGUGGUGAACAUGCCAAGAGCUCUGGCAAACUUACCGUAAAAGAGGAGAGUCUGAAGAUCAUUGUACCUCUUGAGGACUGCGACACACAGGAAAAGAAGACUGUUAGCUUCUCUUGCAAGGUCAACAGGCAGAAGGUUACUCUGAAAUGGAUGAAGGCUGGUCAGGAGAUCACACUCAGCAAACGCAUCCUCUACAGGGUGGACCAAUACAAGCACACACUGACCAUCAAGGACUGUACUCUCGCUGAUGAGGGUGAAUACACCGUCAUGGCUGGUGAUGACAAAUCUACAGCUGAGAUGAUCAUCAGCGAAGCCCCCACUGACUUCUCCGCACAACUCAAAGACCAGACCAUCACUGAGUUUGAGGAUGCUGAGUUCACCUGCAAACUCACCAAGGAGAAGGCUGAGGUGAAAUGGUACAGGAAUGGACGUGAGAUCAGAGAGGGACCCAGGUACAUCUUUGAAAAAGAGGGCAAGACCUGCAGGCUGCGUAUCAAGGAGUGCAGACCAGAUGAUGAGUGUGAAUAUUCUUGUGGCGUCGAAGAAAGGAGAUCACAUGCCCAACUCUUUGUUGAAGAGACCGCAGUUGAGAUUGUCAGACCACCUCAGGAUGUGUUUGAGCCUCCAGGCUCUGAUAUUGUGUUUGAGGUGGAGCUCAACAAAGACAGAGUUGAGGUCAAAUGGUUGAGGAACAACAUGACCAUUGUCCAGGGUGACAAGUACCAGAUGAUGAGCGAGGGCAAGAUCCACAGACUCCAGGUGUGUGAGAUCAGGCCUCGUGACCAGGGAGAGUACAGAAUCAUCGCCAAAGACAAGGAUGCCAGAGCCAAGCUGGAACUGGCAGCUAAGCCAAAUAUCAAGACUAUGGAUCAGAGCUUAGUAACAGACGCUGGAAAGCCCAUCGUCAUGUUCGUGCCCUACAGCGCGUAUCCUAAAGCUGAGGCUGAGUGGUUCUAUGAUAACGUCAGCCUGCCCAAGGAUAACAUCCACACCGUUGGGGACAGCACAGAGUACAGGCUGAAGGACCCUAAGAAGUCCGAUCAGGGACGUUACAAGGUUAUCAUCAAGAACAAACACGGACAGGGAGAGGCAUUCAUUAAUCUGGAUGUCAUUGAUGUCCCUGGACCCGUGAAGAGCCUUCACGUGGUUGACACCGCCGAUGGUGAGGUCAGCCUGGUCUGGGAAGAGCCAGAGAGCGAUGGUGGCAGCAAGAUCAUUACAUACUUGGUGGAGAGGCGUGAUGUCAAGCGCAAGACAUGGACUCUUGCAACUGACCGCUCUGACGCUCCAGAAUACACUGUGACCGGACUCCAGAGGGAAUCCAUGUACCUAUUCCGUGUUUGUGCUCGCAACAGAGUGGGCAGUGGACCAAAUGUUGAGACAGAGAAACCUGGUGUUUAUGCCAAGAACAAGUUUGAUGUUCCUGAUGCUCCUCAGGAUGUGAGUGUUGGAAACGUGAGUAAGUUUGGUGCCACAGUCUCCUGGGAAAAACCAGUGUCUGACGGAGGGUCUGAGAUCACAUCCUACAUCAUUGAGUCCCGUGACAGGACCUCUGUGAAGUGGGCUGUGGCAAUGAUCAGUAAAGCAACAGAUCGCAGCGCAAUCAUCAAUGAUGUCAUUGAGAACAAGGAAUACAUCUUUCGUGUCAAGGCUGAAAACAAGGCUGGCAUUGGCAAACCAAGUGCUGCUACCAAUCCGGUUAAGAUCAUGGACCCCAUUGAGAGGCCAAGCCCACCACAGAACCUGGUACCCUCAGAGCAGAACAAGAACUCAGUCCAGCUGACAUGGGAGAUCCCAUUGAAGAAUGGAGGCAGCACGAUCACUGGCUACAUCAUUGAGAGAUGUGAGGACGAAACAGACCAUUGGCUCAGAUGCAACGCCAGGCUCUGCCAGGAUCUCACCUACAAGAUAUCUGGCCUGAAAUAUGGCAAAAAAUACAACUACAGGGUGAUGGCUGAGAAUGCAGCUGGAGUGUCUGACCCAUCCAACACACUGGGACCCAUGCUGGCUGAUGAUACACAUGUUGGCCCCACAAUGGACCUGAGUGGAUUCAAGGAUGGCCUGGAGGUCAUUGUUCCUUAUCCCCUUACUAUCCGUGUCCCUAUCUCUGGAUAUCCCACACCAAACGCAAAGUGGAGCUUCGCUGAUAAGGAACUCACUGCUGGUGAACGUGUGUCCAUGAUUACAAAGAGUACCUACGUAGAACUGACCAUCACUCCAAGUGUGCGUCCAGACAGAGGUGUAUACACUCUUACUCUGGAGAAUGAUAUUACCAGUUGCUCCGGAGAGAUUGAAGUCAACGUUAUCGCAUCCCCAAGUGCACCCAAAGACUUCAAGGUUGCCGAGGUGACCAGACAGCAUGUGCACCUGAUGUGGGAGGCGCCAGAGCAUGAUGGAGGAAGCCCUCUGACUGGCUACCAGAUUGAGAAACGUGACGUAUCCCGCAAGACCUGGGUCAAGGUGAUCACUGGUGUUCAAGACCAGGAGUUCACUGUCACUGAUGUCGUUGAGGGUAAAGAGUAUCUGUUCAGGGUUACUGCCUGCAACAAGUGUGGCCCAGGAGAGCCUGCCUACAUUGACGAGCCAGUCAAUGUGUCCUCCCCUGCCACCGUUCCAGACCCACCUGAGAACCUGAAAUGGAGGGACAAGUCAGCUUCUGGCAUCUUCCUGACCUGGGAACCACCCAAGUGGGACGGCGGCACUGGAAUCAAGGGCUACAACAUAGAAAGGUGCCAGCGUGGCACAGACAAGUGGGAGUCCUGCGGAGAUCAGGUCCCUGAGUUGAAAUUGCAAGUGACUGGUCUCAUUGAGGGACAGUGGUACGCCUACCGCGUUAAGGCCUUGAACAGACUGGGUGCCAGCAAACCCUGCAAGGCUACAGAUGAGAUUUUGGCUGUUGAUCCUAAAGACCCCCCAGAGAUUCUUCUGGAUGUCAAAUGUCUUGCUGGACUGACCGCCAAAGCUGGCUCUAAGAUUGAGCUUCCAGCUGAUGUUCUUGGAAAGCCCGUACCUAAAGUGAAAUGGACCAAGGGUGACAUGGUUCUGAAGGGUGACGAUAGAGUUUCUAUUGACGACAAGCCUGGUCACUCCGUUGUUACUAUCAGCAAGACAACAAGAGAGGACACAGCUACCUACAUCAUUGAAGCACACAACAGCUGUGGCCGUGCUACUGCAACCGUUGACGUCAACAUUCUAGAUAAGCCUGGUCCUCCAGCUGCAUUUGAUAUCUCUGAGAUCACCAACAAGUCCUGUUUCCUUGCCUGGAACCCUCCCAGAGAUGACGGAGGUGCAAAGGUCACUAACUACAUAGUGGAGUGCAGAGCCGCAGAAAGCGAGAUCUGGCACAAGCUCUCCUCCACUGUCAAAGAGACCAACUUCAAGGCCCUCAACCUGACAGCUUUCAAGGAAUACAUCUUCAGAGUGUUUGCUGAGAACCAGUUUGGUAUUGGUGUGCCAGCGGAACAUAUGCCAAUCAUUGCCAGAUAUGCCUUUGAUUCUCCUGGUGCGCCAACUAAGCUGGAGCCUUCUGAUAUUGUUAAAGAUGGCCUGACUCUGAAUUGGUAUGAGCCUGAAGAGGAUGGUGGUAGUCCUAUCACUGGGUACUGGGUUGAGAGGUUUGAACCAGACCAGAACAGAUGGAUCAGAUGCAACAAGAUCCCAAUCAGAGACACAACAUUCAAAGUCAAAGGACUACCCACAAGGAAGAAGUAUAAGUUCAGAGUCUUGGCUGAGAAUCUCGCCGGACCUGGAAAACCAAGCAAGGAAACUGACCAGAUUUUGGUCAAGGAUCCUAUUGAUCCUCCAUGGGCUCCUGGUAAGCCAACUGUCAAAGACGUGGCCAAGACCUCUGCCUUCCUACAGUGGACCAAGCCUGAGCAUGACGGUGGUGCCAAGAUCGAGGGCUACAUCAUUGAGCUCCUGAAGAGUGGAACUGAGCAGUGGGUUCGUGUUUCAGAAGGAAUCAAUAUCCUGGAGCACUUCCUGAGAGGCCUGAUGGACAGACAGGAGUACUCCUUCAGGAUCAUUGCAGUCAAUAUCGCUGGGGAGAGUGAGCCCAGCGAGCCUAGCGAUCCAGUUCUGUGCAAGGAGAGACUCAAUCCUCCUACACCCCCACGCUGGUUGGAUGUCAUCAACAUUUCCAGUAACAGUGCUGAGCUGAAGUGGACAGUACCAGAGAAGGAUGGUGGUUCACCCAUCACCAACUACAUUGUUGAGAAGAGGGAUGUCAGGCGUAAGGGCUGGCAGGCAGUGGACACUACUGUGAAGGAGCUGAAGUACACGGUCACUCCACUGAAUGAGGGCUCCCUCUAUGUGUUCCGUGUGGCUGCUGAGAAUGCUGUUGGACCCAGUGAAUUCUGUGAACUGGAAGACUCCAUUAUGGCUAAAGAUACUUUCACUACCCCUGGACCGCCAUAUAAUCUCUCUGUCCAUGGAGUGUCAAAGAGACAUGUUGACUUGCAGUGGGACGCCCCCAAGAAUGAUGGUGGCAGACCAGUUCUGAGAUACUCAAUUGAAAAGAAGGAGAAACUGGGCACCCGCUGGGUGAAGUGUGGUAAGACCUCAGGUGCUGACUGCAAGUACAGAGUUACAGACGUCAUUGAAGGAACCGAGGUUCAGUUCCUGGUUCGUGCUGAGAAUGAAGCCGGUGUUGGACACCCUAGUGAACCAACAGAAAUCAUUGCUAUUGAAGAUCCAACAGGUGUACCCUCUCCUCCAAUUGAGCUUCACAUCACUGAAGCCAGCAGAGAUCAUUUGUGUAUUGCUUGGAGACCACCAGAGAGAACUGGUGGCAGCCCUGUAACUGGCUACCAUAUCGAGCUCUGUGAGGCUGGUACUGAGAAGUGGAUGAGAAUCAACUCUCGCCCAAUCAAGGAGCUCAAAUACAAAACAGAGGAGGGCAUCAUCCCAGAGAAACAAUACGUCCUGAGAGUCCGUGCCAUAAACUCUGUUGGAGUUAGUGAGCCAUCUGAUAUCUCUGAGAAGGUCUAUGCCAAGGACCCUGACUGCAUCCCAAUCCUUGAGUUCCAGACUAAGGACAUUGUGAUUAUUGAGGGAGAGAAGUGGCAUCUCCCCAUCCCAUUCAGAGCAGUGCCCAAACCCAAGAUCACCUGGCACAAAGACGGAAAGGAGCUGAAGGACGAUGAAAGAAUGACCUUCAGACAGGAGUACCUCUCCUGCCACCUGGAGAUCGAGAGCUGUCUGCAUGCAGACGCCGGCCAGUACAAGGUCACACUGGAGAACUCCUUGGGAACGAGCAGCGGAACAAUCAAUGUUAAAGUUGUUGGCCUGCCCGGUCCCUGCAAAGACAUUGUUGCCAGUGAAAUCACCAAGAGCUCUUGCAAGGUUUCCUGGGAUCCACCCAACUAUGAUGGUGGCAGCCCUGUUCUCCACUAUGUGCUACAGCGCAGAGAGGCAGGCCGGAGGACCUAUGUCAACAUGAUGUCUGGAGAGAACAAAGUCAGCUGGCCCGUCAAGGAUCUGAUCCCCAAUGGAGAGUAUUACUUCCGGGUCAAAGCUGUCAACAAGAUUGGUGGUGGGGAGUACCUUGAGCUCCGCAACCCCGUGAUCGCAGAGGAUCAGAAGCAGCGCCCUGACCCUCCAUUAGAUGUUGAGACCCACAACCCUACUUCUAAGACUAUCACCCUCACAUGGAAACCACCUAUGUAUGAUGGGGGCUGCAAGAUUAUGGGCUACGUCCUGGAGAUGAUGAUGAAGGGUGAUGAGAACUUCACAAGAUGCAACGACUUCCUUGUGCCUGUGCUGUCCUACACAGUGAGGAAUCUCAGGGAGGGAAAACAAUACCAGUUCCGUGUACGAGCUGAGAAUGCUGCCGGAGUCAGCGACCCAUCACGCAGCACACCAAUGGUGAAGGCUUCUGAUUCUGUUGAAACACCCAAGGUGUUCCUCAGUGGAAGUCUGCAGUCCGGUAUGAGCAUUAAGAGAGGUGCUGAGAUCAGACUGGACGCCAACAUCUCUGGAUCCCCAUACCCUCAAAUCACAUGGUAUAGGAACGACGUGGUCAUCAGACCUGAAGCCAUGAAGAAGAGACCAGAGAAACCCAUUGUUAAGAAGAAGGAGGGAGAGGUUGAGGAGGAACUCCCUGACUACCCAACCCUCCAGGAACGUCUCACCAUCCAUGACAAGAAAAGGGGAGAAUCCUCUUGCAUUGUCAGGGACACCAUCAGGGGUGACCAUGGCGUGUACACUAUCAAGGUCGAGAACGACCAUGGUAUUGCCUCUGCAACUUGUGAAGUCAAUGUGCUAGAUGCACCUGGUCCUGCAAUCAACUUCAGGUUUGAGGAGAUCAGGAAUAACUCUGUCAUCUGCAAGUGGGAUCCUCCCAUGGAUGAUGGUGGCAGUGAGAUCCUGAACUACACCUUGGAAAGGAAGGACAACUCCAAGGUGGAGAUCGGAUGGAUCACAGUAACCUCAACGCUCAGAGGAUGUAGAUACCCCGUGACCAAACUGAUAGAGAAGAAGGAGUACAUCUUCCGUGUCACUGCUGAGAACAAGUUUGGUCCUGGACCACCAUGUAUCUCUAAGCCAAUUAUUGCCAAGGAUCCAUUUGACCCACCAGAGGCUCCAGAGAAGCCUGAGAUUGACGGCAUCACAGCCAACUCCAUGCUGGUUACCUGGGAGGUGCCAAACGACAUGGGCAGCCCGAUCCUUGGUUACUGGGUGGAGCGUCGUGAGAUCAACAGCACCCAUUGGACCAGAGUCAACCGGGUCAUUUUGGAGGAUACAGAAAUGAAUGUGGAAGGCCUACUGGAGGGUCUUACAUAUAUCUUCAGGGUGGCUGCUGAGAACCAAGCUGGGCCUGGGAAGUUCAGCGUCCCGUCUGAUCCCAUGACAUGCCAGGAUCCAAUCUUGCCACCUGGACCACCGUUCCCAAGAAUCCUUGAUACCACUGAGUCUUCCAUUGAUGUGGAAUGGGAUCCUCCAGCCUCCAAUGGAGGUGGAGAUAUCCUGGGCUACCAUGUUGACAAGACCCUAGCAGGCACCAAUGACUGGUCCCGCUCCACAGAGAGACCCUGGAAGACCCGGGCCUUCACUGUGUAUGGAGUCAGAGAAGGAGCCAAGUACCUGGUCCGUGUGAUCGCAGUCAAUGGAGCUGGUGAAGGAACUCCUGGCUUGACUGAAUCAGUCUUUGUCAGAGAUCCUAAAGAGGCUCCAGUGGUAGAGUUGGAUCUCACUGUGAGGAAUGGCGUAAUGAUCAGAGCUGGGGAGCCACUGAUUCUGCCUGCCCUGGUCACUGGUAGACCUCCUCCAGACAUCAAAUGGACCAAAGAUGACGGUCCACCUGACAAAGACCACGUCCAGAUAGAAAAUGUUGGAAAGGAAAGCACUCUCAGUAUCAAGGCCGCCACCAGAAAGGAUCCUGGCAAGUACCAGAUCAGUGCAAGAAAUAGCAGCGGAAUCAAGUCUACAUGGACAAGGGUUGAUGUCAUGGAUGUUCCCGGGCCUGUGCUGGACCUGAAACCUGUGGUGGUAACCAGGAAACUGAUGAUUCUGAACUGGUCCGAUCCUGAUGACGACGGUGGCAGUGAUCUGACCGGCUUCAUCAUUGAGAGAAGAGAUCCCAAGAUGCACACGUGGAGACAGCCCAUCGAGACACCCUCAUCUAAGUGUGAGAUUGUGGGUAUUGUUGAAGGACAGGAGUACAUCUUCCGAGUUGUGGCGAAGAACAAGUUUGGCUGUGGCCCUCCUGUUGAUCUGGGUCCUAUUGCUGCAGUGGAUCCUAAAGCUCCACCAACUUCGCCUGAGAGGUUCCACUACACUGAGAGGACAAAGUCUUCCAUCAGCCUUGCAUGGAGACCUCCCCGCAACGAUGGAGGCAGUCCAAUCUUGGGCUACUUUGUUGAGAAGAAGAAGCACGAUGCCCCAGCAUUUGAGCCUUGUAACACAGAGAUGUGCAAGGACCUCUUCAUGACUGUCGAUAACCUUGAGGAGCUGUUUAUGUAUGAGUUCCGUGUCAAGGCUGUCAAUUUGAUUGGACCAAGUGAACCUGGAAUUCCACUCACCAUUGUCAUUCAAGAUGAUGAAGUUCCUCCUACUGUGAGGAUGUUAAAGACCUUCAAGGGAGAUGCCAUCACUGUCAAGAAGGGAGAGCCUAUUGAAAUCCCUGCUGAGGUGACUGGUCUUCCAAUGCCCAAGGUUGAAUGGUUGAAGGAUGAAGUCAUUAUUGCAGAGCCCACGGAGACUCUGUUGUUGGAAACCAAGGAGAUCAACAGAAUCCAGUCCAACACCAAGCUCAGUUUCCCUGCAGCAGCCAGAUUGGACAAAGGGAUCUUUACAGUGACUGCCUCCAAUCGUCUUGGGUCAGCUAGUCACACCAUCAAGGUUAAUGUGUUAGACCGUCCUCUGCCACCAAGGAAUGUGAAUAUUGGUAACAUCAAGGCUGAGUCCUGCAAGCUGACCUGGGACGCCCCAGAGGACGACGGAGGAAGUGAGCUCACUAACUACAUCGUUGAGAAGCUGGACAUUCUUCCUGAGGAGGAACCUGAAGAAGAAUAUGAGGAUUCUGAGGAUGAGGAGCCUAAACCUAAAUCUGAGCCGAGACCCAUUCCUGUAUGGACGGUGAUCACCAACAGCAUCAUUGAGAAACGACUCGGGGUUUGGAAUCUGGAAACCGGUAGCCAGUACCAGUUCAGAGUGAGAGCAGAGAACAAGUAUGGACAGAGUGACGCCUGCGAAACAGAGGCCACCGUCAUCAAGGAUCUGUACGGACUCCCUGGUCCUCCAGAGAAACCAAAGAUCGCAGAGCACACCAGGUCCUCCAUGCUUGUGACAUGGGACCCUCCACGAGACAACGGUGGAUCCACUAUCUCUGGCUACUGGCUGGAGAAGAGGGAGAAAGGUUCGUCUUAUUGGGCCCGGGUGAAUAAAGCCCCAGUGACCAAGCGCGCCCCUAAGGGCUGGGAGUUCCUGGUCGUUCGUAUGAUUGAGGGGUCUGCAUAUGAGUUCCGUGUCAUGGCUGUCAAUAUUGCCGGUAUUGGACCCCCCAGUGGACCUUCCGAUCCUGCAAACGCAGUGGACCCUCUUAUGAAACCUGGCAUGCCAGCACCACCAGAGGUCGCAGACAAAACCAAGCACAGUGUCAGCCUCACAUGGUCUCCACCUGAAAAAGACGGGGGAAGCCCCAUCAAGGGUUACAUUGUUGAGAUCCAGGAUGAAGGCAGCUCUUUCUGGAACAGGAUCACAGAUCUAGAUACUCUGCAUGAGACCACAGAGCUCACUGUCCCAAGUCUCAAAGAGCUGAAACACUACAAGUUCAGAGUCACAGCUGUCAAUGACAUCGGCGAGUCUGACCCAAGUCCAAAGACUGAAGUACUAAUUGAGGACGUACAUGUGGGGCCGAAGAUCCUUAUCGAUUGCAUUGUGGAAGAUUUGCUCUGCGUCCGAGCUGGUCAUGCCUUCAGAAUCCCUGCCACCAUCAAAGGGCGUCCCGUUCCUAAGGUGACCUGGGAAUACACUGGUUCAGCAAAGACCCACAAGAAGAAUCGCCUUCAUGUCCUUCCAGUUGAUUCAGAGAUUGAAUCUACUGAUACUACCUCAAACAUCACUGUACCUGUGUGUUUGAGGACCCACUCUGGAAGAUACACCAUCACAGCCAAGAACAAGGCUGGACAGAAACAUGUCAACGUCAGAGUCAAUGUUCUCGAUGUGCCUGGUGCUCCUAGAGAGCUCAAAGUGACUGACAUCACCAGAGCCACCAUGAGGCUGAUCUGGAAACUGCCUGCUAAUGAUGGUGGCGAGAGGAUCAAGAGUUACUUCAUUGAGAAGAAGAAUGUGACAGGAAAGGCUUGGACCAUAGUAAACCAGUGCUGUUUCAGCCAGGCCUACGUUGUGGAGGGACUGCUGGAGGGACAGGAGUAUGUGUUCCGUGUGCGGGCAGAGAACCGUCUAGGAAUGGGACCUUUCACUGAGACCACUGAGCCUGCUAGGGCUAGAGACCCCAUCUACAUACCUGAUCCCCCAACCCAUGUCAAGAUCAAUCUGGUAACCAAGGAUACAGUGACCCUGACAUGGGUGCCACCUAAGAACAACGGUGGUUCUCCUGUGACGCACUACAUCAUUGAGCGCCUGAGCUGGGACACCAGCGGUCCGGAGAAAGAGACGUGGAAGCAGUGUAACAAGCGUAACGUUGAGGAAACCAUCUUCAUCAUUGAAGAUCUUAAAAAUGGAGGAGAGUAUGAGUUCCGCGUCAAGGCUGUGAACGAGGCCGGCCCAAGCAGACCAUCUGCUACCGCUGGACCAAUCAUUAUCAAGGACCAGACAUGUGCUCCUACCAUUGAACUGAAGGAACAGAUGGAAGGUGAAGAGGGACUAGACGUCCAUAUUGUGGCUAGGAUCCAUGGCUGUCCAUUCCCCUCCCUCGUAUGGCAGAAGGCUCCCAUUGCCAAGCCUGAAGACAAGGCUGUAGUGCAAUAUGAUCAGCAUGUCAACAAGCUGGUAGUUGAUAACAAAUGUACGCUGCUGAUCCAGCAGUCCAAGAGAGACGACAGCUCCCUGUACACUAUCACUGCUAGCAACAGUCUGGGCAAAGCAUCUAAGGAAAUAAAACUCACUGUCCUAGGACGACCUGGCGUACCUAUCGGGCCAAUCGAAUUCAAAGAGGUGUUUGCCGAGAGGAUAACACUUGCAUGGAAACCACCUAGAGAUGACGGUGGCUCCAAGGUUACAAACUACGUCGUUGAGAAGCGUGAGGAAAACAGAAAGUCAUGGGUGCACGUUUCCGCAGACCCCAAAGAAGGCCUGUAUACAGUUCAGAGGCUGACUGAGGGCCAUGAGUAUGAGUUCCGUGUCAUGGCUCAGAACAAAUAUGGAGUUGGACCACCGCUGUACAGCGAACCUGAGAAAGCAAGGAAUCUGUUCACUGUCCCUGGCCAAGUUGAGAAGCCCAUAGUGGAAGACGUGACUCUUGAGUCAAUGGUGAUCAUCUGGGACGAGCCAAAAUACGAUGGUGGAUCUCCAGUUAGUGGUUACUGGCUGGAGCGUAAAGAGACGACGGCUAAGCGCUGGACCAAAGUGAACCGCACCCCCAUCAGGGUCAUGCCCCUGGGUCAAGAGUAUGAGAUCACUGGUCUGCAGGAGGGAGCAAUCUACCAGUUCCGUGUAACCGCAAUCAACGCAGCUGGCAUGGGACUUCCUAGUGUCCCAUCGGAUCCUGUUCUUUCAAGAGACCCUAUUACUCUCCCGGGUCCCCCAACCCCCAAAGUAACAGACUGGACCAAGUCAACAGUGGAUCUGGAGUGGAUCCCACCUUUAAAUGAUGGUGGAUCUAAGGUCACUGGUUACUUUGUUGAAUACAUAAACGAGGAAAAAGAAGCAGAAAUUGAAAAACAGAAGGCUAAAGACAAGGAGAUUAGAGGCACUAAGUUUGUUGUGUCUGGACUGAAAGAGCUGGGAAGGUACAAGUUUAGAGUGAGGGCAGUGAAUGCUGCUGGCGUCGGUGAGCCCGGUCAAGUGGCCGAAGUGAUUGAAUGCAAGGACAGAACAAUUGCCCCUGAAGUGGACUUGGAUGCCACAUUGAAGGAAAAGAUUGUAGUCCAUGCCGGUGGUACCAUCCGCCUCCUGGCCUACGUGUCAGGCAAGCCUGCACCAGAGAUCACAUGGAACAGAGAUGACCAGCCUCUACCAGCAGAGGCUAAGGUUGAAAUCACGUCAAUCAGCUCUGCUCUGGUUAUCAAAAACUGCAGACGCCAUCACCAGGGUAUAUACACCCUUAUUGCAAAGAAUGAAGGAGGGGAAAGGAAGAAGGCUGUCAUUGUGGAGGUGUUGGAUGUUCCCGGCCCAGUUGGUCAGCCCUUCUCUGGUGUGAACCUCACCACGGACUCCUGCAAGUUAACCUGGUGCUCCCCUGAAGACGAUGGUGGCUCUGCCAUCACCAACUACCUAAUAGAGAAGAGAGAGUCUGACCGCAUGGGCUGGACAGCAGUCUCUUACACGGUCACCAGGCAUAAUGCUGUGGUCCAGGGUCUCAUUGACGGAAAAGGAUAUUUCUUUAGAAUCGCAGCUGAGAAUAUCAUCGGAAUGGGUCCAUUUAUUGAAUCACAACGACCAGUUCUCAUCAAAGAUCCUAUUUCUGUUCCUGAGCGUCCUGAGGAUCUAGAGGUCACAGCAAUCACCAAAGACUCCAUCAGUUUGACCUGGAGACCACCUAAGUAUGAUGGGGGUUCUGAGGUUACAAGUUAUGUGCUUGAAACUCGUCUGAUCGGAAAGGAUAGCUUCACUAAGAUCGAUACUGAUGGCACGCUAAUGGAUAGGAAGUUCACAAAGGGAGGUCUCAAAGAGAAUUCCACCUAUGAAUUCCGUGUCAGUGCUGUCAACGUGAUUGGUCAGGGCAAGCACUCUUUCUGCACCAAGCCAAUCAAGGUCAAAGAAGAACUUGAGCCCCCAACGAUCGACUUGGACUUCCGUGACAGACUGGUUGUGCGUGUGGGAGACGUGUGCACCCUCCAGGGCCGCUUCACUGGGAAGCCAGCACCUACAAUAACAUGGACAAAGAACGAGGAAGAGCUGAAAGCAAAUGAGGAGGUCACAAUGACCAACACUAGUAAAACACUGUGCUUGGCUAUGCCCAAGGCUAAACGCGAACACAGCGGCAGAUACCAGGUGGCUGUGGAGAACAUUGUUGGCUUACGUAAAGGAAUCUGCAGUCUCACUGUUGUUGAUCGCCCCCAGCCUCCAGAGGGCCCAGUGGUCUUCAAUGAGGUCUACAGGAACUACAUGGUGAUUUCCUGGAACCCUCCUCUGGACGAUGGUGGAUGUGCCAUCUCCAACUACACCAUUGAGAAGAGAGACACAAACAGAGACCUCUGGAUGCCAGUGACAACAGCUUGCACCAGGACAACAUGCAAAGUUCCUAAGCUGAUUGAGGGCAGAGAGUACAUCAUCAGAAUCUGUGCUGUGAACAUCCACGGCAUCAGCAACCCACUGCUGUCUGCCGAGACCAAGGCUAAGGAUGUCUUCAAGGUGCCAGAUGCACCCAAACAGCCCAUUGUGAAGGAGAUCUAUAAGGAUCAAGCCCUCCUCACUUGGGAGCCACCUGCGGAUGGUGGCAAGCCCAUCACUGGCUACGUUAUUGAGAGGAAGGAGACCAUGGCUAACAGAUGGACUCGCGCAUCCGGAAAAGACCGCAUCUUCCCCAAAGUAGAGUACUUUGUUCCAGACCUCCUUGAGGGCUGUGAAUAUGAGUUCCGUGUCAUGGCUGAGAACGUUGUGGGUCUGGGUGACCCCAGCCCUCCAUCAAAGCCCAUCUUCGCCAAAGAUCCAAUUGUGCCUCCAAGCCCCCCCGUGUUGCCAGAAGCUGUGGAUUGGACAAAGGAGUCUGUCUCACUAUCUUGGCAGCCACCAAAGGACUGUGGCAGGGGAAAGAUCUUUGGCUAUCUCGUUGAGUUCAGUAAAGUUGGAAAGGAGUGGCAAAAAGUGAAUCAGACUCCUGAUUCCUGCCAAGAAACCAAGUUCAAGGUCAUUAACCUGGAAGAGGGAGAAUAUUACAAAUUCAGAGUUACUGCUGUGAACUUCGCUGGUGAAUCUGAACCCGCAUACACCACAGAUCCAGUGAAGGCAGAAGACAGAUUUGAACCUCCUGAGUUGGAUGUUGAACUGGGUAUGCCUCGUGAGUUGAAAGCCAUGGCCGGAACCCAUAUCAAUCUGGUUGCUGGAAUCAAGGGAAUUCCAUUCCCCAAAGUCACAUGGAAGAAGAACGAUAAAGACGUCCCCACAAGAGCCGAAAUUGAGGUCAAUCCACUAGGAUCUAAAUUGGAGAUGCGCUACUGUGCCCGUUCUGACUGUGGCGACUACACUCUGAACAUAGAAAACUCAUCUGGAUCAAGGACUGCCACAUGCACAGUCCUCGUCCUUGACAAACCUGGUCCAAUCCAGCACCUGAGGGUUUCAGAGGUGAGAUGCGAUUCUGCCUAUCUCUCCUGGAAAGACCCUGAGGACAAUGGAGGAGCACGUAUUACCAACUUUGUUGUGGAGAAGAAAGAUGUGGCAUCUGCACAGUGGGUGCCAGUCUGCUCUUCGUCUAAGAAACGCAGCAUGAUGGCCAAGCACUUGAUGGAAGGAACAUCAUAUUUGUUCCGCGUUGCUGCUGAGAAUCAGUUUGGCAGAAGUGAAUACAUUGAAACAACCAAAGCUGUCAAAGCCAUGAAUCCUCUGUUCCCACCUGGUCCACCAAAGGACUUGCACCACGUAGAUGUGGACAAGACAGAGGUCUGGCUUGUGUGGAACUGGCCUGACCGCAACGGAGGUAGUGACAUCACAGGUUUCCUGGUUGAGUACCAAGAAGAAGGAGAGAGAGAGUGGGAUGAAUGGAACACAGUCAGCAUCCCUGAGAGCCACAUCACUGGCCUCGAGGAAGGAAAGACUUACAGAUUCCGUGUAAGAGCCGAGAACGCUAUCGGACUGAGUAGACCAGACACCACUGUUCCCGUUCUCUGCCAGGAGAAGCUUGUGGCUCCAAUUGUUGAAGUUGAUGCCAAGCUGAUCGAAGGGAUCAUCGUGAAAUGUGGAAGCACAAUCAGACUCCCUGCUAUCAUGAGAGGCAUUCCUGUGCCUACUGCUAAAUGGUCCAUUGACGGAGCAGAAAUUGUUCCCGAAGGCACAGUUAAGAUUGAGAGUGACAACUAUUCAACAGUUCUCAGCAUCAAUGAUUGUUUGAGAAGUGACAGUGGAACCUAUAUCCUCACAGUGUCCAACCCUGCAGGAACCAAGACUCUGGCUUUGAAUGUGACCGUUCUUGAUGUGCCUGCAGCGCCCAUUGGACCAGUUAGUAUUCUUGAAGUUACUCCUGAGUACAUGCUUAUUGACUGGCGUCCUCCAAAGGAUGAUGGUGGAAGCCCUGUAACAGGUUAUGUUGUUGAGAAGAGAGAGGCUAAGAAAGAAACCUGGGGAGGUGUGUGCUCUGGUAGCACAGCCACAAAGCUUAAGAUCUCUCGUUUGCAGAGUGGCGUUGAAUAUGUUGUGCGCAUUCGCGCAGAGAACAAAAUGGGUAUCGGCGCUCCUCUUGAAAGUGCACCAACCGUUGCCCAACACACGUUUGAAGCCCCUGGGCAUCCAGGCAAACCAAACACAUCAGACAUUGCAGAAGAUGCUCUCACUGUUGGGUGGACCAUGCCAUUAUAUGAUGGAGGCAGUCAAAUCACUGGAUAUAUCGUUGAGCGUAGACAUAAGGGCGGAAAAUGGAUCCGUGUCAACACGACACCCUGUAAGGAGCUCAGAAUCAGAGUACUUGGUCUCUUUGAGGGAAAUGAGUAUGAGUUUAGAGUUUUUGCUGAAAACAUUGCCGGUUUCAGUGGACCUUCUCCCAUAUCAGACCCAGCAAAACCCUGUCGUCAUAUCACAGCUCCUGGACCUCCAGUUAACCCCAGAAUCAAGGACUACAGUAAGGAAAAUGCAGACCUAGUCUGGAUUAAACCCAACAAAGAUGGAGGCAGUCCAAUCAUGGGCUACAUUAUUGAAAUGCAGAAAGCUGGCGGAGAAUGGGUGAUCAUCAACAAGGAUGGUCACAUUAAGCAGUGUGCUUACAGAGUUAAAGGCCUUGAAGAACACUCAGAGUACAGGUUCCGCAUUAGUGCUGUAAAUAUGAUUGGAGUUGGAGAGCCUAGAGAAUGCCCUGAAUCGGUGGUUGCCAAAGACAUCAUGAUACCUCCAGAGAUCGAGAUGGAUGCUACAAGCCGUGAGCAUUUGACUGUCCGUGUUGGACAUAACAUCAACAUCAUCGGUUACGUGAAAGCCAGACCUGACCCAGAGAUUAUCUGGAAAAAGGGUGAUGACGUUUUGGAAACUGCCAAGCGCACAACACUAACUCAGAACUUGCCUGUUGUUCAACUGAGAAUCAAAGAGGCAACCAGAGCAGACCAUGGAAAGUAUGUUUUGAAGGCUAACAACUACAGUGGUGAAGCCAAAGCUACGAUAACUGUGAAUGUGUUGGAUAGACCUGGACACUGUCAGAAUCUGAAGGCCUCCUAUGUGACCAGAGACUCCUGUAUGGUGUCCUGGGAGAACCCUGUGGACAACGGUGGCUCUGAGAUUACAAACUACAUUGUUGAGUGCCGUGAACCCAGUGUGAGGCUUUGGUCAAUGAUCUCAUCUGACUGCACUAACCGCAUGGUUAAAGCCAAACUCAUGGAGGGCCACGAGUAUCUCUUCCGUGUUUGUGCUGUGAACAAAUGUGGCCCUGGGCCCACAGUUGAGACAAAACAACCAACCCUUGCCAUCGAUCCCAUUAACAAGCCUGGUGAGCCAGAGAACUUCCGGGUAACUGAUGUCGGUAAGAACUUUGUCUUCUUGAAAUGGAGGAGGCCAGACUAUGAUGGUGGAAGCCCCAACAUUGGCUACGCUUUGGAGAGCAAAUUGGGAGCGGAAGAAUGGGUGCCAUUACAUGAGGAUCUGAUUACGAAUACAUUCUUCAUGGCUGACAAGUGUGUGGAAAAACAAACCUAUCAGUUCAGAGUGCAGACAUGCAACGAAGGUGGAGAAAGUGACUGGGUGAAGACUGGUGAUGUUCUUGUCAGAGAGGAGAUCCAGAAACCAGUGCUUGAUAUAAAGUUAACUGGAGCCCUUGUGGUUAAAGCUGGAGAGUCUAUCAGAAUUGAGGCUGGACUCAGAGGAAAGCCUCAACCAGAGGUGAAGUGGGUGAAGGACAAGGCCACAGGAGAUAACCCUAGAGUUAGUGUUGAAACGGGCACAGAUUAUUCUAAAUUUCUUAUGACCAAAUCUAAACGCACAGACACCGGAAAAUAUGUCGUCACCGCCACAAACUCUGCUGGAACCUUCACUGGAUACGCAAUUGUCAAUGUCUUGGAUGUUCCAGGGCCUGUGAGAGACGUGAAGGUGUCUGGAAUCGGAGUAGACAAAUGUAGAGUUGCAUGGGAUCUCCCAGAAGAUGAAGGUGGAUGUGAAGUUGAUAGCUAUAUCAUUGAGAAAUGUGAGACAAGAAGAAUGGUCUGGUCCACAUACUCUGCUUCACUUGUCACCAACUAUUGCAAUGUCACCCGACUAGUAGAAGGAAAUGAGUACAUCUUCCGCAUCAGAGCAGAAAACAAGAUGGGGACAGGUCCUGCAGUGGAGAGCAAACCCGUCACAGCUCGGACUCAGUUCAACAGACCUGGACCACCAGAAUCACCAGAGAUCACCAAGAUCGGCAAAGAGGAGAUGACAGUCGUAUGGGCCCCACCAGAGAAUGAUGGUGGAAAGUCUAUCACUGGUUAUAUCCUGGAAAGGAAAGAAAAGCGCGCUGUCAAAUGGGUGCCAUGCACAAAGAGUACCAUCUCUGAGAGACGCAUGAAAGUCAGCAACUUGAUUCCCAACCACGAGUAUCAGUUCCGUGUCAAGGCUGAAAAUGAAGUCGGACUGGGAGAGCCAAGCAAACCAUGCAGACCAGUAGCAGCCAAAGAUCCAAUUGAGGUUCCUGGUCCUCCCGGCAGUUUCAAGGUGAUUGACAGCACCAAGACGUCCAUUACUCUUGGGUGGGCCAAGCCUAUCUAUGAUGGAGGUGCUCCUAUCAUUGGUUACAUGGUUGAAAUGAGAGACAAGCCUGAGCCUAAACCUGAAGUGGUUGAUGCUGAAAAAGAAGAGGGCUGGAAGAAGUGCAACACCGGUGCUGGUGUGCUGGUGCACACAGAAUUCACCAUUCCAAACUUGAAUGAGAAGCAGAUGUAUGAAUUCAGAGUCUCUGCACAGAACCAGGUCGGCUGGGGCCGCCCCGCUACACUCAAAGAGGCCGUCAACCCCAAGGAGGUCCUCGAGGCACCAGAGAUCGACUUGGAUGCAAGUCUUAGGAAGGGCUUCACUGUUAGAGCAGGCUGCCCCAUCAGGCUCUUCGCUACUAUCAGAGGAAGACCAUCUCCCAAAGUCACCUGGAAGAAGCUCGGUGUUGAUAAUGUAGUCAGGAGAGGGCACGUGGAUCAGAUUGAUACUAUGUCCUUCCUUGUGAUCCCUGAGAGCACUCGGGACGACUCCGGCAAAUACUCUCUGACACUCUCCAACUCCGCUGGGGAGAAAGCUAUAUUCGUGCGCGUUAAAGUAUUGGAUACUCCUGGACCUGUGGGAGGAUUUGAGGUCUGUGAUGUGACAAGCACCGGUUGUCAGCUGUCUUGGCUCCCUCCGGAUAACGAUGGUGGCUGCCAAAUCCAGAACUACAUUGUUGAGAAACGUGAACUCGACAAGAAGACUUGGUCAAAUUGUAUCAACGAUUUGAAGAAAACAAGCUUCAAAGUCACUGGCCUCACACCUGGCUGUGACUACUACUUUAGAGUUAUGGCAGUCAAUAAAUAUGGAAUUGGUGUUCCUAAAGACUCUCCAAAAGCUUAUCUGACAUCUGAUCCUAUAAGUGAACCUGAUCCACCCAAGAAAAUGGAAGUCUUGGAAGUGACAAAGAACAGUGCCACUCUGGGAUGGCUGAAACCUUUGAGGGAUGGUGGGGCUAAGAUCAAUGGCUACAUGGUUGAUUACAAAAAGGACGGUGAACCUGAAGACAAAUGGACACCAUAUUCCGUUGUUAAAGACUUAACCAUUGUAGUCGUUGGCCUGAAAGAGGGCACAAAGUACAAGUUCAGAGUUGCAGCAAGAAACGUGGCUGGAACCAGUCUGGCAAGAGAAGCUGAGGGAGUAUUUGAGGUCAAGGAGCAGCUGAUGGCACCGAAGAUCAUCAUGCCUGAUAUUGUCACAGUAAAAGCAGGAGAGAAAAUGAGAGUUGAAGCUAUUGUGGCUGGAAAACCUGCACCAUUCUGCAAAUGGAGGCAAGGCGCCGAGGAUCUGUUGACAUCUAAUCGUCGCAUGGUGCAAAAGUCUCCAAAUUGCAUUACGCUCAUCAUGAAAGACGUCUCAAGAAAGGAUAGUGGUUACUACAGUCUUUCUGCUGAGAACAGCACCGGCAAAAUCAGCCAGAUUCUUAGGGUCGUAGUACAGGAUAAGCCAGGACCUCCUGACGCUCCCCUGGAGAUCGUUGAGGUUGAUAUUGAUGCCUGCACACUUCAGUGGAACCAACCCAGUGAGGACGGUGGAAGCAACAUCACCAACUACGUCAUUGAGAAGUGUGAUGUGAGCAGAGGAGACUGGGUCAUAGCUUCUGGCUCAUGCACCACGACCAGUUACAAAGUUGGAAAGCUUACCCCUGGAAUGGAGUAUGGCUUCCGUGUCCGAGCUGAGAACCGAUUUGGUAUCUCAGAGCCAAUCUAUUCAGAGAAAAUGAUUGCUAGAUAUCCCUUCGAUGUCCCAGGCGAGCCCAGAAAUCUGUGUAUCACAAAAGUCAAGAGUGAAGCAGUGUCUCUGUCCUACGAGACCCCAUCAUCUGACGGUGGCAGUCCUCUUACCGGAUACUGCAUUGAGCGCAAAGAGAGGAACAGCCUUCUCUGGGUGAAAGCAAAUGAGUCCGUUGUCCGUGGACUUGAAUACAACUGCACAGGCUUAAUGGAAGGUCUGGAAUAUGCAUUCAGGGUGUCUGCCCUCAACAAGGCUGGCCAGGGUAAACCAAGCAAACAGACUGACUGGGUCACAGCAAGAACACCCAUCGAUCCACCUGGUAAACCUGAGGUAAUGGAUGUGACAAAAAGCACUGUUUCACUUGUUUGGACUCGUCCCCAAAAUGAUGGAGGUAGCAAGCUCAUCGGAUACUAUGUGGAGUACAUGAAGAUUGAUCAAGAAGUAGAGAAAUGGGUUCGCUGCAAUGCCAACUGCCAGAACGUCAAGACAGAAGACUAUGUUGUAACUGGCCUGGAGGAGGGAGCCCAGUAUCGCUUCAGAGUUUUCGCCAAGUCAGCGAUCAACAUCAGCUUGCCUUCUGAGAUCUCAGACGCCAUCCCAGUGUUUGCAGAGAAUGUUCCCCCCAGGGUCGAGCUGGGAGUGGACAUGAAGAACAUGAUCAUAGUGAAGGCUGGAGAAAAUGUCUCAUUUGAUGCUGUAGUGUUUGGAAAACCACUGCCCAAGGUUACAUGGAAGAGAAAUGGUGUUCCAUUGAAACUGGUUGAGGGGAUGAAGAUGACACAGAAGAGACACACACACAUUCUGGAAUUGUUCUCUGUCGCAAGGAAGGAGUCUGGAGAGUACACUAUUCUAGCUGAAAAUCCCAAUGGCGCUAAAUACGCCAAUAUUAAGCUCAAGGUUCUAGACAAACCUGGCCCACCAGCUGGAGUGAAGAUCACCAAGGUGUUUGCGGACCGUAUUAAGAUGAGGUGGGAGCCACCUGUUGCAGACGGGGGCUCUGAAAUCACUAACUACAUCAUUGACAAACGUGAAACCAGCAGAGCGAACUGGGCGCUGGUGACCUCCAAUAUCCAUGGUCAACUGACUGAUUGCACAGUAGAGAAACUGAUGCAGGACCAUGAAUACCAGUUCCGGGUCAGUGCUGAGAACCAGUAUGGUAUUGGGGACCCUAUCCUCACGGACCCUGUCAUGGUCAAGAAUCCAUAUGAUGUUCCUGGUCCUAGCGAGCCACCAGUUAUUACCAACAUUACAGCCAAUUCUAUGACUGUCAGCUGGAAGGCGCCAGCUGAUGAUGGUAAAGCUACUAUUCUGGGUUACAUGGUUGAGAAACGUGAAGCAUCAGAGCUCAACUGGGCUAAAGUCAACCGUAAACCAGUGAUUGACAGGAGCAUCAAAGCUGUCCAGCUCUCAGAGGGAUCUGAGUAUGAGUUCAGAGUGAUUGCCAUGAACAAAGCUGGAUUUGGCAAACCAAGUGAUGCAUCCAAUGCUGCCCUUGCUGUGGAUCCUGUGUAUCCACCUGCACCUCCUGCCUUCCCUAAAGUUGUUGACUCAACACACAGCACCAUAAGCUUGUCUUGGACCAAGCCUGCUUACGAUGGUGGUUGUGAGAUCUUCGGCUACCUUGUCGAGUGCAAGAGAGCUGAUGCAGAACACUGGACGAAGUGCAAUGUGCCCAAGAAGCUGCAAGAAACCAAGUUCCUGGUUACUGGUCUCAUUGAUAAAACAGAAUAUGUUUUCCGUGUCUUUGCCGUGAACAAGAUCGGAUACAGCGAGCCAAGUGAAAUCCCUGGGAAACACGAGGCCAAAGACAUCCUGAUUGCUGCUGAUGCUGAGCUGGAUGCAGACCUUCGCAAGGUACUGGUCUUGAGAGCCGGAGUCACAAUGAGACUCUAUGUGCCACUGAUAGGACGUCCCCCACCCAAGGUGGUGUGGACCAAGGUCAAUGCCAACCUCAAAGAACGAGCAGGAAUAAUGAUCAAAACGUCUGAAUGGGAUACCCUUAUGUACAUUGAGGAUAUCAACAGAUAUGAUGCUGGCAAAUACAUUUUGUCGAUUGAAAACGACAGUGGAAAGAAGUCUUACACUAUCGUCGUGAAGGUCCUAGAUACUCCUGGUCCACCACUGAAUCUGAUUGUGAAGGAAACAUCUCUGAACCAUGCAUCCAUCGGCUGGGAUCCUCCUCUGAUUGAUGGAGGAAGCCCAGUGAAGAGCUACAUUGUUGAGAAGCGUCUUGCAGAGAGAAAGGCAUGGUCCUGUGUCAUAGCCGAAUGCCCCAAAUCUACUUUCAGGAUUCCUAACUUGGAAGCUGGACAGGCCUACUGUUUCAGAGUCUUGGCUGAAAAUAACUAUGGUAUCGGAGAAGGUUGUGAGACUGCCGGAGUUGUAAGAGCUUCAGAACUACCUGGAGCAGUUAUGGAUUUCAAGGCACUGUCGAUCACUAAAGAUUCCAUUCAUAUUGGCUGGAAGAAACCAAUCAGUGAUGGUGGAAGUCACAUCAGUGCUUAUCUUCUGGAGCUUCAGGAGGGUGAAGAGAAGUAUAAGGAGCUAGUGAAAGGAAAGGUCAUGUCACAUAUGAUGGUUGAACUUGAAGAAGGAAAGGAGUACUCUUACAGAGUGAAAGCAAUCAAUGAGUCUGGAGAGGGACCACCUUCGGAGCUCACUGUGAUCGCUAAAGAUCAAAUUGUUCCACCUGACUGUGACCUGAGUGGCAUCCCAGAUCUGUGCUAUGUUGCCAAGGAGGGAAGCACAGUCCGUAUCAAAGUCCCUAUUGUUGGCAAACCAGCACCGUCAGCCAUCUGGAAGAAGGGACAUGUUUCUCUGGGAGACAGUGGAAGAGUGUCAGUUGAAUCUACCCCAACUUUGACAACUUUGCUCAUCCGUGAUUGCCAGAGAGGUGAUGCAGAAAAUUACACAAUCCUGCUAAGAAACGCAGCAGGAGUCAAAGAAGCAAAGAUGCAGAUUAGGGUGGUUGGAAAACCAGGAAUCCCAACAGGACCGUUCAAGUUUGAUGAAAUCACUGCUGAUGGAAUCACUCUGGAGUGGGGUCCACCAAAAGAUGAUGGUGGGACUGAAAUAUCCAACUACAUUCUGGAGAAGCGGCAAUCAACAGCCAACAAGUGGGCUACUGUGGCCUCCGCUAUUCAGAAGAAUACCAUGAGAGUUACCAGGCUCCAUGAUGGUACUGAAUAUAUCUUUAGAGUGUUUGCAGAAAACAAAUAUGGAGUUGGAGAAUGCCUCAAAUCUGACCCAGUGGUGGCUCAGCAUCCAUUCAAUGUGCCUGAUGCACCUGCACCACCAGAGAUCGUGAGCAUUCGCCAUGAGUCUGCCAUUUUGAAUUGGACUGAUCCUAAAGAAAAUGGAGGCUCACCAAUCACUGGCUAUCAUGUUGAAUACAAAGAGAGGAACAGCUUGAUGUGGAAGAGAGCCACUAAGACCCCUAUUAGAGUGAAGGACUGCAGAGUGACUGGACUGAUUGAAGGCCUGGAGUAUGAAUUUAGAGUUAUGGCAAUGAAUGCGGCCGGUUUAGGAAGGCCAAGCAGGGCAACAGAACCAGUCAUCGCCCUUGAUCCAAUUGAUCCUCCUGGUAAGCCUGAUGUCAUCAAUGUAACCAGAAGCACUGUAACACUUAUGUGGACUGCACCCAAGUACGACGGUGGACACAAACUGACUGGUUACCUGGUUGAGAAACUGGAACUGCCAGGAAAGACCUGGAUGAAAGCAAAUCAUAUCAAUGUCCAAGGCCUUGCAUUUACCGUGCCAGACCUUACAGAAGGCAGCAGCAUGGAAUUCAGAAUCAGAGCUAAAAAUGCAGCUGGCGCAAUCAGUGUUCCUUCAGAGCAAACUGAUACCCUUAUCUGCAAAGAUGAGUAUGAACCACCAAGCAUCACUAUCGAUCCAGACAUGAAGGAAGGUGUCUCUGUCAGAGCUGGGGACACCAUUGUAGUAUCUGCUUCCAAGAUCCUUGGCAAACCUCCACCUACAGCUGUGUGGUCCAAGGCAGGAAGAGAAUUCAAGACCUCAGAUAUUGUCCAGAUCACAAGCACUCCAACUACUUCAACGUUGUCUAUUAAAUAUGCAAGCAGGAAGAACACUGGAGAGUACACAAUUACAGCCAGUAAUCCUUUUGGUAUCAGAGAAGAACAUGUUAAGGUCAAGGUUCUUGAUAUCCCUGGACCUCCAGGCCCCAUUGAAGCCAGCAGUGUGUCAGCUGAGAAGUGCACAUUGACAUGGUUGCCACCAGAAGAGGAUGGCGGCUGCACAAUCAAAUCCUACACACUGGAAAAGAGAGAAACAAGCCGUCUUCUCUGGACCAAACUUGCUGAAAAUAUAUUUGAUUGCAGAUUUGUUGCAAGCAAGCUGAUCAAGGGCAAUGAGUACAUCUUCCGUGUGUCUGCAGUGAACCAGUAUGGCACCGGUGAUGGGACCCAAUCUGGCCCUGUCAAAAUGGUUGACAGCUUUGGCCCACCAGGCCCACCUGGAAUCCCAGAGAUUGACAAUGUCAGCAGAAACGCUGUUACCAUUUUCUGGAAGAGGCCAGUAAAAGAUGGUGGAAGUGAUAUUAGAGGCUAUCAGGUUGAGAGGAAAGAGAGAAGAGGAAUGAGAUGGGUGAGAGCAUCGAAGAAAACGGUCUCUGACCUACGUUACAAAGUACAAGGACUGACGGAAGGUGUUCAGUAUGAAUUCAGAGUAACGGCAGAAAACAAAGCUGGCUUUGGUGAACCCAGUGAACCAUCUGCCCAUGUGAUGACAAAGGAUAUUGUGUAUCCACCAGGACCUCCCUCCAACCCAAGAAUUACUGACACCACCAAGACAACAGCCACAUUCAACUGGGGUAGACCCCACUAUGAUGGUGGCCUGGAUGUAGCAGGAUACAUUGUUGAGCACAAGAAGGAAGGACAUGACGAUUGGGUCACAGACGUCACAAGAUUGAGGAUUACAGAAUACGUUGUGUCAGACCUGAAGGCUGGUGGGAACUACUAUUUCAGAGUCAGAGCCAUAAAUACAGAGGGAGUUGGUGAACCAGCAGUGGUUGAAGAAAUUGUUGAACUUAAGGACCGUGAGACACUUCCCGACUAUGAGCUUGAUGCUGAGUAUAGAAGAACCCUUGUUGUCAGGGUCCGUGGAUCCAUUCGUAUCUUUGUGCCAAUUAAAGGACGUCCAGUUCCUGAAGUAACCUGGAUGAAGGAUAAUGCCAUUCUUGGUAAAGGUGGCCGUGAACACAUUGAUACUACAGAGUCGUAUACUCUCCUGGUUAUCCCUGACUGCACAAGAUAUGAUGCUGGAAAAUACAUGCUGUCAUUAGAGAAUGUUGCUGGUAAGAGAGAUGGAUUCGUUAACGUCAGAGUACUGGAUUCACCAGGACCACCUGUGAACCUGAUACCACGUGAAAUCACCAAAACAAGUAUCACUAUGCAGUGGGAAAUACCCAUUAUUGAUGGUGGAUCAAAGAUCAUUAACUACGUCAUUGAGAAGCGAGAGGCCACAAGAAAGGCUUAUACAGUAAUCACUACAACCUGGCAGAAAUGCUCCUUCAAAUUUGACAACUUGGAUGAAGGCUCUGAAUAUUACUUCAGAGUAUCUGCUGAAAAUGAUCUAGGCGUUGGCGAGCCAGCAGAGACACCUGAGACAAUCAGAGCAUCCCAAGCACCUACUGCCCCUGAAAAUCUGUACGUCACUGACGUGUCAGCGGACACCGCAAGCCUUGCAUGGACGAAGCCAAAACAUGAUGGCGGCAGUAGGAUUACUGGAUACGUUAUUGAAGCACAGAAGAAGGACACAGAGACAUGGACCCAUGUAACAACUGUAAAAGCUCUUGACUACACAGCCACAGAUCUCAUUGAAAAUAUGGAGUAUGUGUUCCGCAUCAUGGCAGUCAACAGCUCUGGCAGAAGUGAUCCACGUGAAAGCAGACCUGCUAUCAUUAGAGAGCAAACAACAGCACCUGCAUUUGACCUACGUGGAGUCUACCAGUCUUUGGUCAUUGCUAAGGCUGGUGAUAAUGUGAAGGUUGAAAUUCCGGUUCUGGGUCGCCCCAGACCAGCAGUUUCAUGGAAGAGAGGUGAGGACACACUUAAACAGACGCAGAGAAUCAAUACAGAUACUACUGCAACCUCAACUACUCUCCACAUCAAUGAGAUCAAAAGGAGCGAUGGUGGUCAAUAUUCGAUGACUGGCAAGAAUAUACUUGGAACAACGACAGAGACAAUUACUGUUGAAGUCCACGAUAUUCCAGGACCUCCUACUGGACCAAUUAAGCUUGAAGAAGUUUCUUGUGACUACAUUCUCUUAUCAUGGGAAGGUCCAGAGAAUGAUGGCGGUGUACCCAUUAACAAUUACAUUGUUGAGGCUAGAGAAACCACAGGCACAUCAUGGGUUGAAUUAGCAGCAACGGUUAUCCGUACAACAUUCAAGGCUGCUCGUCUCACAACAGGAAUCAUGUAUCAGUUCCGUGUUAAAGCCCAGAACAGGUACGGCAUUGGACCCUGUAUAGUCUCAGAACAAGUGGUUGCUGCUUAUCCAUUUGAUGUGCCAGGUCAACCAGGCAUUCCUGAAAUUGUCCACUUCAACAAGGAUUCUAUGACUAUUAGCUGGGAUGAACCAGCUUCCGAUGGUGGAAGCCCUAUUUUGGGAUAUCACAUUGAAAGGAAAGAGAAGAACAGUAUCCUGUGGCAGAAGAUCAGCAAAGCACUUGUAGUAGGGAACAUGUUCAAAUCAACAGGCUUGGUGGACGGAAUCGCCUAUGAGUACCGCGUUAUUGCUGAAAACAUGGCUGGUUUGAGCAGGGCAAGCAAGCAUUCUGAGACUACCUUUGCUCUGGAUCCAGUGGACCCACCUGGCCAACCAAUAGCAUUGAAUGUAACCAGACAUGAGGUGACUCUUCAGUGGACAAGACCUGAAGGUGAUGGAGGAUUCUCAAUAACUGGGUACCAAGUAGAAAAAAGAGAACUCCCAGACGGACGCUGGCUCAAGGCCAACUAUAGCAACGUCCUUGAGACAACAUUCACUGUUAGCGGUCUCACAGAGGAUGCUACUUAUGAGUUCCAUGUUAUGGCAAGAAACUCAGCUGGCGGUCUCAGUAAGCCAUCUCUACCAUCAGAGGAAAUCACUUGCAGAGAUGAUAUUGAGGAGCCCAAACUUGAAGUUGAUACAAUCUAUAAUAGUACUGUGGUUGUGAAAGCAGGAGAUGUCUUCAAACUUGCUGCCAGCGUAACAGGCAGACCAAUACCAACACUGGUAUGGACCAAAGACGGGAAGGAACUUGAAGAUACAGCCAAGUUGGAAAUCAAACUCUAUGACUUUUCUACAACCUUAGUCAACAAAGAUUCUCUAAGAAGGUGCGGUGGCACAUUCACUUUAACUGCCAGCAAUCCGGGUGGUUUUGCAAAGCAUACCUUCAAUGUUAAGAUUCUUGAUAGACCUGGACCUCCAGAUGGUCCACUUGCUGUUACAGACGUCACUGCUGAGAAAUGUAUCCUCUCAUGGCUGCCACCAUCACAUGAUGGAGGUGCAAAGAUUCUGCACUACAUCAUUGAGAAACGUGAAACAAGUAGACUUGCUUGGACAAAUGUAGCAACAGACUUACAAGUUAACCGGUUUAAGGUAACCAAGUUGUUGAAGGGUAACGAGUAUAUCUUCAGAGUUAUGGCUGUCAACAUGUAUGGAACUGGAGAGCCCCUUGAAUCCGACCCAAUGGUUUCUACAAAUCCAUAUGUGCCAGCUGAUGCUCCAUCAACACCUGAGGUAACGACCAUCACAAAGAACACCAUGGUUGUUUGCUGGGAACGCCCUGAUCACGACGGUGGAAGCGACAUCUUCAACUAUGUUGUUGAAAGGAGAGACAAAACCGGUCUUCGCUGGGUUAAAUGCAACAAGAGGACUGUAACUGACCUGAGGUUCAAGGUAUCGGGGCUCACACCAGGGCAUGAAUAUGAAUUCAGAAUCAUAGCAGAAAACAAUGCUGGUUUAGGUACACCAAGUCCUUCCAGUGAAUUCUACAAGGCAGUAGACACAAUCUUCCAACCUGGACCACCUGGAAAUCAAAGAGUCUUAGACACAACCAAAUCAUCCAUUACAGUUGCCUGGAACAAACCUGUAUAUGAUGGUGGUUCUGAUAUCAUUGGAUACGUUGUAGAGACCUGUCUACCUGAGGAAGAUGAAUGGACAAUUCGGACCCCUAAGAAGGGAUUAGUUGGGACAUCAUUUACCAUCACUAACCUGGUAGAAAACCAAGAUUAUAAAAUCAACAUUUGCGCAAUUAACUGUGAAGGGGUUGGAGAGCCAGCACAAGUGCCUGGCACACCAAUUGCAGAGGACAGGCUGCUUCCUCCUGAUAUUGAACUUGGUGCAGAGCUUCGUAAGGUUGUCUGCAUUAGAGCUUGCGGCACAUUGAGACUCUUUGUACCUAUUAAAGGAAGACCAACUCCUGAUGUCAAAUGGUCCAGAGAAAAUGGAGAGCCUGUUACGAGAGCAACUAUUGACACCACAUCAUCAUUUACUGCUCUUAUGGUUGAAAAUGUUGACAGAUUUGACAGUGGAAAGUACAUGUUGACAGUGGAAAAUGCCUCAGGAAGCAAAACUGCAUAUGUGAAUGUCAGAGUGCUGGACACACCUGGAGCACCACAAAGCCUCAUAAUCAGGGAGGUCACCAGAGACUCAGUAUCACUCAUGUGGGAUGCACCCCUUAUUGAUGGUGGCUCCAGAAUUAGAAACUACGUUGUGGAGAAACGUGAAUCAACACGAAAAGCUUACUCCACAGUUUGUGCUCAAUGCGUUAAAUCUAGCUGGAAGAUUGGUGGCCUGGAGGAAGGAAACACAUAUUUCUUCAGAAUUCUGGCUGAAAAUGAAUUUGGCAUUGGACUUCCAAUAGAGACUCCUGAGGCAGUCAGAGUAUCAGAAAAACCACUUCCACCAGGCAAAGUAACCCUUGUUGAUGUCACAGGCACCAGUGUCUCUCUGUCUUGGGAAAAACCAGAUCACGAUGGAGGUAGCAGGAUCUCAGGAUAUAUUGUUGAGAUGCAUGGCAAAGACAGUGAAACUUGGACCCAGUGUGCUGUUGCAAAAAUCACACAAGCUGUUGUUCUUGGGCUGACACAAGGUGAAGAAUAUAUGUUCCGUGUGUCAGCACAUAACGAAAAAGGAACCAGUGAUCCUCGUCUACUUAGUGUACCUGUGGUAGCCAAAGAUCUUGUUAUUGCGCCAGUAUUCAAGCUGCUGUUCACCACAUUCAGUGUAUUGGCAGGAGAUGAUCUCAAGAUAGAUUUGCCAUAUGCUGCUCGCCCCAAAGCAGUUGUGACCUGGCUCAAGGAUGGUGUCGCACUAAAAGAAACAACCAGAGUCAAUGCUGAUGCUACUGAUACACAUUUGCAUCUUGUGGUCAAGGAAGCCAGCAGGGAGGAUGUGGGAAAGUACACCAUCAAACUUGUAAACACAGCUGGUGAAUCAACAGUGGACAUUGCAGUUGUUGUUCUUGAUAAGCCUGGUCCUCCAACUGGCCCAAUCACUGUUGAUGAAGUCACUUCUGACAGUGUGGUACUGUCCUGGAACCCACCUACAUAUGUGGGUGGUUGUGCCAUUAACAACUAUGUAGUAGAAAAGAGGGAAACGUCCACCACAAACUGGCAGAUUGUGUCUGCAACAGUUGCAAGAACCACUAUUAAAGCAGCUCGGUUGAAGACUGGGUGUGAAUAUCAGUUCAGGAUUGCUGCUGAAAACAGAUAUGGAAAGAGUCCAGUACUGAUAUCAGAAAAUAUUGUUGCUCAAUAUCCAUUUGAUCUCCCAAGUGCACCAGGGACCCCAAUUGUACAAUCAUCUACAAAGGACAGCAUGGUUAUCGUAUGGGAGAAGCCUGGUAGUGAUGGCGGGAGCAAGAUUUUGGGAUAUCACCUUGAGAGUAAGGAGAGAAACAGCCUCCUCUGGGUUAAACAGAACAAACAACUGAUCCCAGACUUGAGGUUCAAGCUCAGUGGUCUUGAUGAAGGUAUUGAAUAUGAGUACAGAGUUUAUGCUGAAAAUAUUGUUGGCAUUGGCAAAGCAAGCAAAUUGUCAGAAAUCCAUGUUGCAAGAGACCCCUGUGACAGUCCAGGCAAGCCUGAAGCUGUCAUUGUCACAAGAGGAGCUGUCACUCUCCAAUGGACUAAGCCAGAGUUCGAUGGAGGUAGCAAAAUCACUGGCUACUUUGUGGAGAAGAAAGAGCUGCCUGAAGGGCGCUGGAUGAAGGCCAGUUUCGCCAAUGUCAUUGAGACACAAUUUAUUGUUACUGGCUUAGUUGAAGACCAGUGCUAUGAGUUCCGUGUCAUUGCAAGAAAUGCAGCAGGUGUUUACAGUCUUCCAUCUGAGAGCACUGGGUCUAUAACAGCAAAGGAUGAAGUUGAUCCUCCCAAAAUAGAGAUGGACUCAAAGUACUCUUCAACAAUUGUUCUGAUGGCAGGUGAAUCGUUCAACCUUUGUGCAGAUAUUUUCGGCAAACCUGUACCCUCAGUCCAUUGGAUAAAAAACGAUGUUGAAAUAAAGGAGGCUGCACGUCUUGAGAUAAAGAACACCGCUUUUAAAGCAUCAUUGAGUGUUAAGGAGGCAAUCCGUGUUGAUGGAGGCCAAUAUAUCCUACUUUUGAAAAAUGUAGGUGGAGAGAAGUCAGUGCACAUCAAUGUCAAAGUGUUAGACAGACCUGGUCCACCUGGAGGCCCAAUUUCUAUCUAUGGAGUCACAAGUGAAAAGGCUUGUAUUGCCUGGAGACCACCAGCACAAGAUGGAGGUAGUGAUGUUUCUCAUUACAUUGUUGAGAAGAGAGAGACUAGCAGAUUGGUUUGGACUCUGGUUGAACCUAAAGUGCAGACUCUAAAUCUUAAGAUCAUAAAACUUGUUCCUGGAAAUGAGUAUGUCUUCCGAGUGAUUCCUGUGAACAAAUACGGAAUUGGUGAAGCUCUUGAAUCUGAGCCAAUGAUUUCCAGAAAUCAAUUUGUAACACCUGAUCCACCCACAGAUGUGGAAGUCUCCACCAUCACAAAAGAUUCAAUGGUGGUAACUUGGGAAAGACCUGAAAACGAUGGUGGAAAUGCCAUUUUUGGAUUUGUUAUUGAGAAGCGUGAUAAAGAAGGUGUGCGCUGGACCAGAUGCAAUAAGCGUACAGUGAGUGAGCUGCGCUUCAGAGUAGCAGGUCUUCUUGAAAACCGCAGUUAUGAGUUCCGAGUUUCAUCUGAGAAUGCUGCUGGAGUUGGUAAACCAAGUGAACCAACUAUUUAUUACAAGGCAUUGGAUGCUAUCUUCACAUCAGGUCCACCAAAUAAUCCCAAGGUGACUGACACAACAAGAACAUCCGUGUCCUUGUCAUGGGGCAAACCUAUCUAUGAUGGUGGCUGUGAGAUUCAAGGAUACUUAGUGGAGGCCUGUGAAGGAGCAUCUGAUGAAUGGACAAUAUGCACUCCCCCUGCCGGAAUCACACACACUACAUUUACAGUUAGAAAACUACUUGAGAAGCAUGAGUAUAAAUUCAGGGUCUGUGCCAUAAACAAGGUUGGUGUUGGUGAGCAUGCAGAUGUCCCUGGAUCAGUUCUUCUAGAGGAGAAAUUGGAAGCACCAGAUCUUGAGCUUGACGCUGACAUGAGGAAGAUGAUUAAUGUCAGAGCUGGAAGCGCUCUUAGGUUGUUCAUUCCUGUUAAGGGACGGCCGGCUCCUGAACUGAAAUGGGGAAAGGCUGAUGGAGAACUCAAGGAGACGGCACAGAUUGACAAUACAAGCAGUUAUGCUUCACUCCUGAUUGAAAAUGUUGACAGAUUUGACACUGGCAAGUACACUGUUACUGCAGAGAACUCCAGUGGAGUUAAAUCUGUCUUCAUCAGUGUCAGAGUACUUGAUUCACCUAGUAUGCCUGCAAAUUUCGCUAUCAAGGAGAUAACAAAGAAUUCAGUCACCCUUACUUGGGAACCACCUAUUUUGGAUGGUGGGUCUAAAAUUAAGCAAUAUCAUGUUGAGAAACGAGAAAGCACUAGGAAAGUGUAUUCCCCUGUCACAACCUGUCAUAAGAUGUCAUGGAAGAUUGAACCACUUGUGGAGGGAAGUAUCUAUUUCUUCAGAGUUCUUGCUGAAAACGAGUGGGGCAUUGGCUUACCUGCAGAGACCCCUGAACCCGUAAAGAUUUCAGAGGUACCUCAACCUCCCGGUAAAGUUACAGUUCUAGACGUGACACGGAACAGUGUCUCUCUUAAGUGGGAGAAACCAGAUCAUGAUGGAGGCAGCAGAAUAAGCCAUUAUGAGAUUGAAAUGCAAGCCAAACAUAGUGACAAAUGGACACUAUGUGCUCAAUGUAAAUACCUUGAAACUACUGUCACUAGCUUAGCCCAAGGAGAGGAGUAUCAAUUCAGAGUAAUUGCUGUUAAUAGCAAAGGAAAGAGUGACUCUAGACUUCUGGCCAGUCCAGUAGUAGCAAAGGACCUUGUCAUUGAACCUGACAUAAGACCUAAAUUAACACAGUACAGCGUACAGGUUGGCUAUGAUCUGAAGAUUGAAGUUCCCAUUGCUGGACAUCCUAAACCAGUCAUCACAUGGACAAAGGAUGGUGCUGCCCUGAAACAAACCACAAGAGUUAAUGUUGUCGACAGUGCACGCAACACACAUCUAACCAUCAAAGAAGCAACAAAAGACGAUGGUGGAUUGUAUAGUAUUAAUAUUACCAAUAAGCUUGGAUCCAAAGAUGCCACCAUUGAAGUAAUCACACUAGAUAAACCUGGCCCACCAACAGGCCCAAUCAAGAUGGAUGACAUAAGUGCUGAAAGUAUCACACUUACCUGGGAACCACCUGCAUACACUGGUGGCUGCCCAAUUUCAAAUUACGUUGUCCAGAAAAGAGAUACAACCACAACUAACUGGGUUGUAGUCUCUGCCACUGUGGCAAGAAAUACCCUGAAAGUGACAAAUCUAAAAACAGGUGCAGAAUACCAAUUUAGGAUUUUUGCUGAAAACAGAUAUGGCAAAAGUUAUGCUAUUGAUUCUGAACCUGUCCUUGCCCAGUAUCCCUUCAAGGAGCCAGGACCACCAGGAACACCUUACGUGUCUUCAUAUACUAAGGAUUACAUGGUCGUGGAAUGGCACAAACCCAUUUCAGAUGGAGGCAGUGCCAUUUUCGGCUAUCACAUUGAGAGAAAGGAAAAGAACAGUAUCCUUUGGACAAAGAUCAAUAAAUCCCUCAUCCAAGACUGUAGAUUUAAAUCUACUCCUUUGGAGGAAGGUAUAGAAUAUGAGUUUAGAGUGUCUGCCGAGAAUAUCGUUGGCAUUGGCGCGUGCAGCAAACUCUCUGAGGGAUAUGUGGCACGUGACCCAUGUGAUCCUCCUGGCACCCCAGAGGCUAUCAUUGUCACCAGGCACUCUGUGAAACUGAAGUGGACAAGACCACAGUAUGAUGGUGGCAGUCUGAUCACAGGCUAUGUGGUGGAGAAACGCGAUCUCCCAGAGGGAAGAUGGAUGAAGGCAAGCUUCACAAAUGUCAUUGAAACUGUAUUCACAGUUCUGGGUCUAACUGAGGAUUGCAAAUAUGACUUCAGAGUCAUAGCUAGGAAUGCCGCUGGGUCUAUCAGCAAGCCCUCUCAGAGCACCGGAUCCAUCACAGCAAAGGAUGAAGUUGAUCCACCAAAAUGUGAAGUUGACUCAGUGUACAGCCAGGUUGUUAUCAUCAAUGCUGGGGAAACAUUUACACUUGAGGCCGCUGUACAAGGAAAGCCAAUUCCAGCAGCUCAAUGGUUCAAGAGUGAUGCAUUAGUGGAGAACUCAGCAAGGGCUGAGAUUAUGAACUCAGAUUUCCAAGCAAAGCUUGUUGUCAAAGAUGCUAUCAGAGUGGAUGGAGGACAAUAUACGUUGCUUCUAACUAAUGUUGCUGGAGAUAAAACUGCAACGUUCAAUGUGAGAGUACUGGACAGACCUGGGCCCUCUCAGGGACCCCUCACUGUUAGCAAUGUCACAUGUGAGAAAUGUUCACUGUCCUGGCUUCCUCCAAGAGCUGACGGUGGAAGCAGUAUUUCCCACUACGUCAUUCAAAAGAGAGAAACUAGCCGUCUUGCAUGGACUGUGGUUGCUAGUGAUUGUGGAGCUACAAUGUUCAAAGUCACAAAGCUUCUGAAGGGAAAUGAGUACAUCUUCCGUGUUAUGGCUGUCAACAAAUUUGGUACUGGUGAACCUCUUGAAUCAGCCCCAGUUAUAAUGAGAAAUCAAUUUGUUACUCCUGGACCACCUCAAGAAUUGGAAAUAGCCAAUAUUGCCAGGGAUUCCAUGACUGUGUGCUGGACUCGCCCAGAGGUUGAUGGUGGAAGUGAGAUUGCUGGUUACAUUGUUGAGAAGAGAGAUAGAGCUGGAAUUAGAUGGACAAAAUGCAACAAACGCAGAGUCACAGACCUUCGCUUCAGAGUGACAGGCCUGACAGAGGAUCAUGAAUAUGAAUUCAGAUUAUCUGCUGAGAAUGCUGCAGGAAUCGGCCAACCAACUGAACCAACUCCUUACACCAAAGCAUGUGAUCCAACAUUUGAACCUGGUGCUCCCACUAAUGCACAUGUGGUUGAUACUACCAAGAACUCCAUUACACUUGCAUGGAGUAGGCCCAUUUAUGACGGUGGUGUCAAUAUCCAGGGAUAUGCUGUGGAGAUCUGCAAAGCCGAUGAGGAGGAAUGGACUCUAUGCACACCACCAACAGGAGUGAAUGCCACUACCUUCAAAAUCACCAAACUUAUCGAGCAUCAAGAAUAUAAGGUGCAGGUAUGUGCCAUCAAUAAAUUGGGUGUUGGUGAACCUGCUGAGAUUUUAGGAACUGUAAAACCAGUGGAUGCAAUGUUCGCCCCAGAGAUUGAGCUGGAUUCAGAGCUAAGGAAAGGAGUCGUUGUGCGUGCUGGAGGAUCCAUGAGGAUCAAUAUUCCAUUCAAAGGACGUCCUACUCCAGAAAUAAGCUGGUCCAAGGAUGAGGGUGACUUCACUAACAAAGUUCAAAUUGAGAAAGGCGCCGAUUUUACUCAACUGUCAGUAGACAUCUGUGACAGAAAUGAUGCUGGAAAGUACACUCUGACCCUGGAAAACAGCAGUGGUUCCAAGUCUGCAUUUGUUUCCGUCAAAGUACUUGAUACACCAGGAGCACCCGUAAACUUCACAGUGAAAGAUAUUAAGAAAAACUCUGUCAAUCUUGUUUGGGAGCCCCCACUAAUUGACGGAGGUGCGAGGGUCAAGCAUUACUUUGUUGAGAAGCGUGAAUCCACUAGGAAAGCUUAUUCCAACAUUUCAAACAAGUGUACCAGGAACAGUUUCCAUGUGGGAGAUCUCAUUGAGGGGGUUAUUUAUUACUUCAGAGUUAUGGCUGAGAAUGAAUAUGGUGUAGGCCUGGCAGCAGAAACAGCUGAGCCAGUGAAGACAUCAGAAGUCCCUCUGCCUGUAGGAAAGAUCACAUUGACUGAAGUGACUAAGACAACUGCCUCAAUGGCAUGGGAAAAACCAGACCAUGACGGUGGAAGUAGAAUAAUGGGAUACUACAUAGAAAUGCUGCCUGCAGGAUCAGAGGAAUGGAUCCUAUCCACAACCACAAAGACAUGUGAGGGAACUGUAGAAGGCCUAACCGCAGGUCAAGAAUACCAAUUCAGAGUUUCAGCCUUUAAUGACAAAGGAAAGAGUGACACAAGGGUAUUAGCUGCCCCUGUCACAGCUAAAGAUCUAACUAUUGAACCAAGUUUUGUAAUGGCAUUCAACACCUUUAGUGUCCAACAUGGUGAAGAUCUGAAGAUAGAAAUACCAGUGAGAGGACGCCCAGCACCAAAAGUGGUAUGGACAAAGGAUGGACAGGCAAUUAAAGAGACAACCAGGUUGAAUGUUUCAAGAACAGCAUCAUCAACAAUCCUUGCUAUAAAGGAGGCAACCAGAGCGGAUUCUGGAAAGUACAAAAUCACAGCUACCAACAGUAUAGGAGAAAAAGUUGCAGAAAUCGGAGUGAUCAUCCUUGAUAAACCUGGCCCAGUCACAGGACCUAUAAAGAUUGAGGACGUGAGUUCCAAUUAUGUCAACCUCGCAUGGGAACCACCUGCGUACACAGGAGGUUGUCAAAUAAACAAUUACAUUGUGGAAAAGCGUGACACAACAACCGUAGCAUGGCAGUGUGUGUCUGCAACCAUUGCAAGAACAACUAUCAAAGUUACCAAGCUGAAAACCGGUACUGAAUACCAGUUUAGGGUGUUUGCAGAAAACAGAUAUGGAAAGAGUCCAUCAUUGGACUCAGCAGCUGUUGUUGUGCAAUAUCCUUUCAGUGAACCUCUUGCACCUGGUACUCCAUUUGUGUCAUCAGUGACAAAGGAUCACAUGGUUGUUGAAUGGAAAGUACCAACCAGUGAUGGAGGUAGUCCAAUCCUUGGUUAUCACCUCGAACGCAAAGAGAAGAACAGCAUUCUCUGGACGAAGUUGAACAAACUGCUCAUUCCUGACUGUCGAUUCAAAACAAAUGAACUUGAAGAAGGCAUUGAGUAUGAAUUCAAGGUCUUUGCUGAGAACAUUGCUGGCUUGAGUCCACCUAGCAAGAUUUCUGAUGUUUGUGUCGCCAGAGACCCAUGUGAUCCACCUGGUACCCCUGAGGCUAUUGAUAUUACCAGGAACCACGUUACACUGUCAUGGAAAAAGCCCCAGUAUGAUGGUGGUAGCCUGAUCACAGGCUAUGUUGUUGAAAGGAAGAAGCUUCCUGAUACCCGUUGGAUGAAGGCUAGCUUCACAAAUGUAAUUGAGACGCAAUUCACAAUCUCAGGUCUGACUGAAGAGUGUGAGUAUGAGUUUAGAGUAAUUGCAAGGAAUGCAUCUGGUAUUUUCAGUGCUCCCUCUGAAAGCACUGGAGCUAUUACCGCUAAAGAUGAAAUUGAAGCACCAACAGCAUCAAUGGAUCCCAAAUUCAAGGACUGUAUUGUCAUCCAUGCUGGUGAAACAUUUGUUAUUGAUGCUGAUAUUUUGGGAAAACCACUCCCUGAAAUCACAUGGUUGAAAGAUGGAAAAGAAAUCGACCAAACUACCCCAAGAAUGGAGAUCAAAACAACCAUUCAACGUACUAUUCUAACAGUCAAGGAAUGUAUCAGAGUAGAUGGUGGACACUUUGUCCUGAGUCUUAGCAACGUUGGUGGAACAAAAUCUAUUCCCGUCAACGUGAAAGUCCUUGAUAGACCUGGUCCACCCGAAGGUCCAAUGAAGAUAACUGGCGUGACUUCCGAGAAAGCCUAUCUUCACUGGAGUCAUCCAUUACAUGAUGGCGGUGCCAGCUGUUCUCAUUAUAUAAUUGAAAAGAGGGAAACCAGCAGAUUGUCAUGGACUGUAGUCGAACCCAGAAUCCAAGCUGUCAGCUACAAAGUGACUAAACUCUUGCCUGGCAAUGAGUACAUCUUCAGAGUUACAGCAGUAAAUAAGUUUGGCAUUGGCGAACCUCUUGAAUCAGACCCAGUUAUUGCACGUAAUCCUUUUGUGACACCCAGUGCUCCCUCAACACCUGAAGCAAGUGCUAUUACAAGGGACUCAAUGGUACUUACAUGGGAACGUCCAGCAGAUAAUGGUGGCUCAGAUAUUGAUGGCUAUGUCCUGGAGAAACGAGAUAAAGAGGGCAUUAGAUGGACAAAAUGUAACAAGAAAAGACUUAAUGACAUCAGAUUCAGAUGUACCGGACUCACCGAGGGACAUUCCUAUGAGUUCAGAGUGUCUGCUGAAAAUGCUGCUGGUGUGGGAGUGCCAAGUGCACCAACAGAAUACAUAAAAGCCUGUGAUGCCACAUAUCCACCUGGUCCUCCUAACAACCCUAAGGUGACAGACCACUCAAGCACAACUGUGUCACUCUCAUGGACAAGACCCAUCUAUGAUGGUGGAGCAGCCAUCAAAGGAUAUGUUGUUGAGAUGAGAGAAGAAGGAGAUGAAGAAUGGAUAACCUGUACACCACCAACUGGUGUACAAGCAACACACUUUACUGUGAAAAAACUGAGGGAAAAUGCUGAAUACUAUUUCCGCAUCUGUGCAAUUAACAUUGAAGGAGUUGGUGAGCAUGUUGAUGUUCCAGGGUCUGUAGUUGCAUCUGAAAGACUUGAGGCCCCUGAGAUUGAACUUGAUUCAGACCUUAGGAAAAUGGUCCAAGUACGGGCAAGUGCAACACUGCGUUUGUUUGUGACAAUCAAAGGAAAACCUGAACCUGAAGUAAAGUGGUCCAAGAUGGAUGGCCCUCUUACUGAGCGUGCACAAAUUGAGGUCACAAGCUCCUACACAAUGCUUGUCAUCGACAAUGUCAAUAGAUUUGACACUGGGAAGUAUGUGUUGACUCUUGAGAACCUUAGUGGUCAAAAAUCAGCAUUCAUUAAUGUCAGGGUGUUGGACUCACCAAGUGCCCCUGAGAACUUUGAAGUCAAGGAUAUUAAGAGAGAUUCUGUAUCACUAUCCUGGGAGCCUCCUAUGAUUGACGGUGGAGCUAAGGUCACCCAUUACAUUGUGGAAAAGAGAGAUACUACAAGACUGGCAUUUACAAGUGUUUCAAAUAACUGUGUAAGAAAUUCCAUGAAGAUUGAUGACCUUAAGGAGGGCGGAAUUUACUAUUUCCGCGUCAAAGCUGUCAAUGAGCUUGGUGUGGGUUUGCCAGCAGAAACAACAGAACCAAUCAAGGUAUCCCAAGCCCCCUUGCCUCCUGGCAAAGUUACGGUUGUAGAUGUUACUCGCGACAGUGUUAGUCUCGCAUGGGAAAAGCCUGAUCAUGAUGGUGGUAGCAAAAUCACAAGCUAUACAGUAGAAAUGAAAACCAUGGGUGAUGAGAAAUGGACUGUAUGCACUGAGAUUAAAGCAUUGGAAGCAACUAUUGGUGGACUCACAACUGGUGAGGAAUAUUCAUUUAGGAUUACUGCUGUCAAUGACAAAGGCAAGAGUGAACCUAAGCCACUGGCAGACCCUGUCGUAGUAAAGGACAUUACAAUCGAACCUAUCAUCGAUCUGAUGUUCAACACAUACAGUGUCAAGGCAGGAGAUGAUCUGAAGAUUGAUGUUCCAUUCAGAGGCAGACCUGAACCUGAGGUGGCAUGGAAAAAAGAUGGAGCUGUUUUGAAGCAGACAACUAGGGUGAAUGUUCUUACAGCAAAAAAUUCAUCGAAAAUUACUAUCAAAGACGCAACCAGGGAGGACUUUGGGAAGUAUGAGAUCAAUUUAACCAACACAGUUGGCAAGAAAUCAGCGACAAUAGCUGUUAUCAUCUUGGAUAAACCUGGCCCACCAGGUGCAAUCAAGGUAGAUGAAGUGAGUGCUGACAAUAUUUCACUGUCUUGGGAUGCCCCACUCUACGAUGGAGGAUGUCAAAUCAACAACUAUGUUGUGGAGAAGAGAGAUACUACCACUACAACAUGGCAGAUAGUUUCAGCCACAGUUGCCAGAACAUCAAUUAAAGUUCCCCGCUUGACACAAGGCACUGAAUAUCAGUUCCGUAUUGCAGCUGAAAAUCGUUACGGCAAGAGCCAUGCUGUGGACUCCGCUCCAAUUGUUGCACAGUACCCCUUCGAGACACCUGGCCUUCCCACAUCCCUCCACGUUGCCCAUGCUACAAAGUCUGGCAUUUUGGUCGCAUGGGGUAAACCAGCCAGUGACGGUGGAAGUCCAAUCAUUGGUUAUCACCUGGAAAUGAAAGACCAUAGCAGUAUUCUCUGGACAAAGAUCAACAGAGGUAUCAUUGCUGAAACAGAAUACAAAGUGAUUGGGAUUGAGGAAGGCUUGCUGUAUGAGUUCCGUGUUUAUGCUCAGAAUAUUGCUGGAAUUGGACCUUGCACCAAAGCCUCUGAGCCUGUAGCUGCAAGAGAUCCUUGUGAUCCACCUGUUAACCUUGAGGUCAUUGACAUCACAAGAACUUCAGUUUCCAUUACUUGGCAGGCGCCAGAGAAUGAUGGUGGAGCCAAGGUGACUGGCUACAUUGUUGAACGCAGGGAGCUUCCAGAUGGCCGUUGGCUGAAGUGCAAUUUUGCCAGUCUCCAGGACACAUACUUUGACAUUACAGGCCUUACAGAGGACGUACAAUAUGACUUCCAUGUUAUUGCAAAGAAUGCAGCUGGCUUACUCAGUGAGCCAUCACUGAGCACAGGUGCCAUCACAGUCAAGGAUGAGGUGGAUUCACCUCGCAUUGAGUUGGAAGACAGGUUUAGGCAAUUAGUAGUUGUCAAAGCUGGAGAUAUUUUGAGGAUCGAUGCAGAUAUUUCUGGGCGUCCACGUCCAGUCAUUGCAUGGACAAAGGAUGGUAAAGAAAUUGAUGCCAAGGCAAGAGUGGAGAUUACUUCAACACACAGCACCACCACAUUAAUAGUCAGAGACACUAUCAGAAGAGACACUGGCCAGUACAUUGUAACUCUACAGAACGUUGCUGGCACAAGGUCCUUGGCUGUAAACUGUAAGGUCCUUGACCGCCCUGGACCAUCCUCCGGACCAUUGGCAGUCACUGGUCUGACAGCAGAGAAGUGCACUUUGACCUGGGGACCACCUCAAGAAAAUGGUGGUGCAGAAAUCAUGCACUACAUUGUUGAGAAACGUGAAACCAGCCGCCUCGCCUGGACUUUAGUAUAUGGUGAUAUGAAAGCUACAACAUGCAAAGUCACCAAACUGCUUAAAGGAAAUGAAUACAUCUUCAGAGUAAGGGGAGUGAACAAAUAUGGAGACGGUGAAGCCCUGGAGAGUGAGCCCACCAGAGCCAAGAAUGCAUACACUGUCCCUGCUGCACCAACAGAUGUUCAAAUCACGAGUAUCACAAGUGAUGCAAUGACAAUCUGCUGGGAAAGACCAGAAUCCGAUGGAGGAAGCAGCAUUUAUGGCUAUGUUAUUGAGAAACGAGAGAAAAUUGGAUUGCGCUGGGUACGAGUGAACAAAAAGCCCGUGUAUGACCUCAGGGUCAAGGCAUCCAAUCUUCGUGAGGGAGCUGAAUAUGAGUACAGAGUCUAUGCAGAAAAUGCUGCAGGCUUGAGCCUCCCAAGUAUUCCUACCGAACUAACAAAGGCGGAGGAUCCCCAAUUCCUGCCAUCUCCACCAUCUAAACCUAAAGUUAUUGACUCCUCAAAGACUACUGUUUCUCUUUCAUGGAACAAGCCUUUGUUUGAUGGUGGUGCUCCUGUGACAGGAUACUGUGUUGAAUAUAGGAGAACAGAUGAAUACGAUGAUGACUGGUGUGUCGGUGUUUCAAACACAAAGAACACUGAAUUCACCGUCGUUGGAUUAACUUCUGGAGCAGAAUAUAUGUUUGUUGUCAAAUCAAUCAACAAGAUUGGUCUCAGUGAGCCAAGCCCCCCUACGGAUCCACAGGUGGCAAAGGAGAGAGAAGAGGAACCAGUAUUUGAUAUCAGCAAUGAGAUGCGAAAGACACUCAUUGUAAAGGACGGUAGUUCAUUCACUCUAACUGUGCCAUUCAGGGGAAAGCCCGUUCCUAAUGUUAUGUGGACCAAGGCUGCUGUUGACCUGAGAGUGAGGGCCAGUAUUGAUACCACUGAUACCUUCACAUCUAUCACAGUGGAACAAGCAACAAGAGAUGACUCUGGAAAAUAUACUGUGACUCUCCAAAACAUAGCUGGAAAAGUUGCAUGUACAUUGAAUGUAAGGGUUCUGGACUCUCCUGGCCCACCAUCUCAUGUUGGGUUUAAGGAUGUUACAAAGAGCUCUGCAACAGUUACAUGGGAUACCCCAGAUAAUGAAGGUGGCGCUGCGGUAAAGAACUACCUUGUUGAUAUUCGUGAGGCAAGCAAAAAGGGAUGGACCAGACUCACAGAUACCUGCCAUCGUCUGACCUACAAAGUAACAGACCUGGUGGAGGGAGGAGUAUACUACUUUAGAGUCAUGGGUGAAAAUGAAUAUGGAGUUGGUGUAUCAGCUGAGACCAAAGAUGGAGCAAAGAUUACAGAAAAACCCAGCCCACCAGCAUCACUUGGAGUCACCGAUAUCACCAAGGAAAGUGUUUCACUUGCUUGGGGAAAGCCCGAGCAAGACGGAGGUAGCAGAAUCACCAGUUACCAAAUCGAUGCUCUUGAGAAGGGUCAGGAUAAAUGGGUGAAAGUUGGUGUCACCAAGUACACCCACAUUGUGGUCUAUGGUCUGACGCAAAAUGCUGAAUACUUCUUCAGAGUUCGUGCUGAGAACCACGCUGGGUUCAGUGAUGCUAAAGACAUGAUUCUGCCUGUAACAGUUAAAGACCAGCAUGAACCUCCUGAGAUCAACAUGAAGAUGUUCCCCCACAAUACAGUCUAUGUCAGAGCAGGAUCAAACCUGAAAUGUGAGAUCCCACUUACUGGCAGACCUAUGCCAAAGGUUUCUCUUUCAAAGGACAAUGUUGCACUGAAGUCAACUAUGAGAUUCAACUCUGAAGUAACUCCUGAAUACCUCAUCAUUACUCUUCGUGAGAGCAUUGCUAUUGAUUCAGGAAGGUAUGACAUCUGUGCCUCCAACACAAGUGGAACCACCAAGUCUUUUGUUAACAUUGUGGUCCUGGAUAGACCAAGCGCCCCAAUUGGUCCUGUGGAAAUGACUGACGUGACAGAAGACAGCGUGAGUCUGAAGUGGUGUCCUCCUCGGUAUGAUGGUGGAAGCACCAUUUCAAAUUACAUCAUCCUCAAACGUGAAACAACCAACGCCAACUGGACUGAGGUCUCCUCGGCCGUCGCAAGAUGCACCAUGAAAAUCAUGAAGCUUACAACAGGACUGGAAUACCAGUUCAGAAUCAGGGCUGAGAAUCGCUACGGUGUCAGUGAGCACAUUGACUCUCCAACCGUCAGAGUAGAUCUGCCCUACACCGUCCCUGUAGCUCCAUCAGCUCCUAUGGUUACAUCUGUAACCAGAGAGAGCAUCACUGUAGCCUGGAAGGAGCCAGCCUCCAAUGGAGGAAGCCAUGUCUUUGGAUACCACCUUGAAAUAAAGGAUAGAAACAGCAUCUGUUGGCAGAAGGUUAACAAGACUGUUAUCCGUGCCACACACUACAAAGUGCCAGACAUUGCUGCCGGCCUCAUCUAUGAGUUCAGGGUUACAGCAGAAAACGCAGCUGGAUGCAGUCCGCUCAGCAAAAUCUCAGACGCAGUACUUGCAAUUGAUGCUUGCGAGCCUCCAACCAAUGUCAGGAUCACUGACAUCACAAAGACUUCCAUCAGCAUUGCAUGGCAGAAGCCCAAUUAUGAUGGCGGUAGCAAGAUCACAGGAUACCUGAUUGAGAAGAAAGAGGGCCAGAAGGACAGAUGGACAAAGGCUAACUUGACCAAUGUUUCUGACACACAUUAUACUGUGACAGGACUUACUCAGGAUGAGACCUAUGAAUUCAGAGUCAUGGCAAAGAAUGCAGUUGGAUCAAUUAGCAAUCCAUCCAUCAUUGCAGGCCCUGCAACUUGCGUGGAUACAUAUGGUGCCCCUGAGAUUGAAAUUCCUGAUGAAUAUCGCGAGGUUGUGAAACACAAAGCUGGAACCACUGUCGAGCUUAGAUUUGGAAUCAUUGCCAAACCAGCACCGACAAUUGAGUGGUACAAGGACAGAAAGGAACUUGAGUCCGGUGCCCAGGCUCAGCUGGUACAGAAGAACGCUGCUGAUAGUUCCACUCUUAUCAUUAGGGAUACCACACGUCUCAACUCUGGAACAUACGAGAUGAGGCUCAAAAACUCUUUGGGCUCAGCAUGUGCCUAUGUCAGAGUACAAAUUCUUGAUAAACCAGGACCACCACCUGGCGAGAUUCAGCUCAAAAAGGUCACUGCUAACAGUAUCACCAUCAUGUGGGAUCCUCCUGAGGAUGAGGGUGGUGCUAUGGUAACCCACUACAUUGUGGAGAAACGGGAGGCCAGUAGAAUUCAAUGGUCCAUUAUCUCUGAGAAUUGGGCGGAAUGUAUUGUGAAUGUCCCAAGACUGAUCAAAGGCAAUGAGUACAUCUUCAGAGUCCGAGGAGUGAACAAAUAUGGAGUUGGAGACCCACUGGAAUCCGAACCCGUGGAGGCAAAGAAUGCAUUUGUUCCUCCAAGUCAACCUUCCAAACCUCAAGUCACCAUGAUCACACACUCCUCAAUGACGGUGGUAUGGGAAAGACCUGGAAUUGAUGGUGGAAGUGACAUUGAUGGAUAUUACCUGGAAAAACGAGAGAAGACAAGCUUGCGUUGGUUCAAGGUUAUCAAAAACACCAUUCGUGAUACAAGACAGAAAGUCAGCAACCUGCUCACUGGAAAGGACUAUCAAUAUCGUGUAUGUGCUGUCAAUAAGGCUGGAGCUGGUCCAUACUCCGAAGAGUCUGACCUCUUCAAAGCUGCUGAUGCAGUUGACGCACCAGGUGAACCAACCAAACUCAGAGUGGUCGACUCCACCAAAACAUCCAUCACCCUGGGCUGGGUGGCGCCAGUGUAUGAUGGUGGCAGCGAGAUCACCAGCUAUAUCGUUGAGCAGAUGACCUCUGAAGAAAGGGAAUGGACUGUCAUCAGCCACAACGGAGAAGUGAGGACAACAGAGUAUGUUGUGAAUCACCUGAAACCAGGAACCUAUUACUUCUUCCGUGUAUCUGCUGUCAACUGUCUGGGACCCAGUCAACCAAUCGAGAUGUACCAGCCUGUUCAAUCCAAGGAUAUUCUUGAGGAGGCCGAUCUUGAUUUGGAUGUUCCCAUGACGACUCAAUACACCGCCAAGGCAGGAAGGGAUAUUGAGGUGUUUAUUCCACUGAAGGGCAGACCUGCACCAAACUGUGCAUGGAGAAGACAUGACAAGAACAUGGCCAGCGAUGCAAGAUACACUAUCACCAGCACAGAACGUACAACAGUUCUUGUCAUUCCAAAGGUCACCCGCGACGACUGUGGCAAAUACUACCUGGAGAUUGAGAACGGUGUUGGCGAGUCCAAGUUCAUCACUGUGUCUGUUAAGGUUCUUGACACCCCAUCCACUUGCCAGAAACUGAUCAUCAAGAAUGUCACCAGAGGUAAGUUGACAUUGAGCUGGGAAGCUCCUCUGAUCGAUGGUGGUUCCCCAAUCACCAACUACAUUGUGGAGAAGAAAGACGCUAACAACAGAGCGUAUACAGUCGUGUCAUCAGAGUGCCCCAACACAUCAUACAAGAUCGACGGUCUGUCAGAUGAAAUCGCCUACUUCUUCAGAGUGUCUGCUGAGAAUGAGCAUGGUACUGGUGAUACAUGUGAGACUGCAGAGCCAGUCAGGGCCACUGAGACCCCCGGACCAGUCAAAGAGCUGGUCAUGACAGACGCUACUAAGACAUCAGUGACUCUUCACUGGACCAAGCCUGACCAUGAUGGAGGUAGCCACAUUUCAGACUAUGUCAUUGAGACGAAAACUAAAGAGGAAGAAUCCUGGACUGUUGCUACAACAUGCAAGCGUUGCACAUGUGAAGUUAAAAACCUGAAGGAAAACUCUGUUGUGAACUUUAGAGUGUUUUCUAAGAAUGAGAAGGGCAUCAGUGACUUCUCUCAGAUUGGGCCCAUAACAGUAAAGGAGUUCAUUAUUCCACCUGAGGCCAACAUGAUAGAUUAUCCGAAUGGUGAACUCUUUGUUCGUGUCGGUCAAAACAUCCAUAUUGAAAUGCCAUUUAAGGGUAAACCAAAGCCAUCUGUUGGAUGGAUGAAGGAAAACAUUCCUUUGAAAGAAAGUGAACAGAUUCGCUUCCGUGAAACAGACAACAAAGUGUCUAUAACAGUCAGAAGUGCAAAGAAAGAGAAUGCAGGCCUAUACACAUUGGUUCUGAACAACAAGCUUAUCAAGAACUUCUUUGACAUCAAUGUGAUCACUCUCGGACCCCCCUCUGUGCCAGUUGGACCGGUCCGAUUUGAUGAGGUCAAAGCACAGGGCAUCAUUAUAUCUUGGGAUGAACCACAGGACAAUGGAGGUGGAGACAUCACUUGCUACAGUGUGGAGAAACGAGAGACGGCCCAGGCUAACUGGAAGAUGGUUUGCUCCAGUGUGGUGAGGACAACGUUCAAGAUACCCAACCUGGUCAAGGGCACAGAGUACCAGUUUAGAAUACGUGCAGAGAACAAAUACGGAGUGAGCGAUCCUUUGAAUUCACCAGACGUGAUCGCCCAACACCAGUACAUGCCACCAGGUGCACCAGGAAAACCAGUCACAUACAACGUUACCAGUGACGGCAUGACUAUCCAAUGGGAAGCACCCAGCUUUGAUGGUGGCUCACCAAUCACCGGCUACCAUGUUGAGAAGAAGGACAGAAACAGCCUGCUGUGGACUAAAGUAAAUUCCAGCAUCAUCUCUGCCCGUGACUACAGAAUUAUUCAGUUGAUUGAAGGACUGGAGUAUUCCUUCAGAGUCUAUGCAGAGAAUAAUGCUGGCCUGAGUCCCGUCAGUGAACAGAGCAAACAUGCCCUCGCAAUCUCCCCAGUUGAUCCACCUGGUACUCCUAACGUCAUUGAUGUCACAAGAGAUACUGUCACUCUCAAAUGGGAUAUACCCAAGAAAGAUGGAGGAUUUAAGAUUGUGGCAUACAGUGUGGAGAGACGUCAAGGUAGAGGCAAAUGGUUGAGAUGCAACUUCACCGACAUAAGUGAUUUGCAAUUCACCAUCACCGGACUUUCUGCUGGUGAUCGCUAUGAAUUCAGAGUGAUUGCCAGAAAUGCUGUCGGUACAGUCAGUCCACCCUCACAGUCAUCGGGCUAUGUCAUGACAAAAGAUGAAAGUGUUUCUCCCGACAUUGAGUUCAGAGCCGACACUGCUCUUGUGUACAAGGCUGGUGAAAACAUCAAACUAAACUGUAGUAUCACGGGUCGACCAGUGCCUCAGGUCAUAUGGUACAAGGAUGGUAAAGAGAUUGACAAGAUGAUGUUGAUUGAUAUUACCACUAACAUCGGCUCCAGCCACCUGUUCAUUAGAGAUGCUGAUCGCGACCAUCGCGGAGUGUACAUGGUGGAAGCCAAGAACAGCUCUGGAACUAAGACAGAGAGUGUCAACAUCAGAGUCUCAGAUACCCCUGGACCACCUGAGGGACCAGUGCGUUUCACUGGUAUCACUGCAGAAAAGGCAACUGUCUGGUGGAACCCCCCAGAGAAUGAUGGAUGUGCUGCAAUCCUCUAUUAUACAGUGGAAAAGAGAGAAACAUCUAGGAUCUCCUGGGCAAUGAUGACAAGCAAGUGUGAAGCUUGUUCAUUCAACGCCACCAAGCUGAUCAAGGGCAAUGAGUACCAGUUCCGUAUCUCUGCUGUCAAUAAGUUCGGAGUUGGACGUCCUCUCGACUCUGAUCCAUUCAUUGCACAGAUGCAAUUCACCGUUCCAGAAGCCCCAGGAACACCAGACGCCACAAAUGUGACUGGAGACACAAUCACAAUAGGCUGGACAAGACCCAGAUCAGAUGGUGGAAAUGAGAUCAAACACUACAUCCUGGAGAGACGUGAGAAGAAGAGCUUGCAAUGGGUGAAGGUUUCAUCCAAGAGACCAAUCACUGAGCUCAGACACAGAGUGACACACCUGAACGAAGGUAAUGAAUAUGAAUUCCGUGUCAUGGCUGAAAACGGUGCCGGAAUCGGACCAGCAAGCAGCACAUCAAGACUCUUUAAGUGCAGAGAGCCUACAAGCGCACCAAGUGCUCCUUCUCUGGUGAAGGUCACCGACUCCACAAAGUCGUCUGUCACCCUGGAAUGGAUCAAGCCUGUCUUUGACGGUGGUAUGGAGAUCAUUGGCUAUGUCAUUGAGAUGUGCAAGGCAAGCCUUAAUGAAUGGCACCAAGUCAACAGAGCAACUUGCAUCAACACAAGAUACACCGCUAAAGGUUUAACGGCUGGUGAGGAAUAUAGGUUCCGUGUGCGUGCAGUGAAUGGGUCUGGAAAAGGAGAAGCAUGUGCAGUUCCUAAUCCAGUGCAAGCUGUUGAUAGACUGACGUCACCAGAAAUCACCCUUGAUGCAGACUUCAAACAGACACACGUUGUGAAGAACGGGGCCACCGUCACUCUUCAUAUUGCCUUCUGUGGUAAACCAACUCCGCUGGCUACAUGGACCAAGGCAGGUGGAGAACUUGGUGUUAUGGCAGAUGUCAACACAACUGACACAUACAGUACCUUGACCAUUGAGAGCUGUACCAGAUUUGACUCUGGAAAAUACACCUUGUUGCUUGAGAACAACGGGGGCCGCAAAUCUAUCACAUUGACCGUGAAGGUGCUUGAUACACCUGGACCUCCAGGAGCUAUCAGCUUUAAGGAUGUGACUAGGGGAGCUCUGACAAUGCUAUGGGACGCUCCAGCCAACGACGGUGGAGCCCGUAUUCAGCACUACAUCGUAGAAAAGCGUGAGGCUAGUCGUCUCAGCUGGAAGUCAGUCAGCGAAAAAUCCUCACGCCAAAUGAUCAGAAUGACCAACCUAGAAAUAGGUGUACCUUACCUGUUCAGAGUCAUCGCUGAAAAUACGUAUGGCAGGGGAGAACCCUGUGAGAUGAUUGAACCGAUCACUGCAACUGAGGUCCCUGCUCCACCCAAGAGUCUUGACGUCAUUGACACUACUAAUUCUACUGCUAUCUUGGCCUGGCUGAAACCUGAACACGACGGUGGCAGCCGCAUCACAGGUUACAUUGCUGAGGCCAAAGCAAAGGGCUCUGAUCGCUGGAUUGUUGGCGGUCAAACCAAACACCUAAAGUUAGUCAUUGACGGCUUGAUUGAGAACACAGAAUAUGACUUCCGUGUCAAGGCUGUCAAUGAGGCUGGUAUCAGUGUCCCAAGAGAUGCCUUAGCAUCCGUUGUCAUCAAGGAGCCCAAGAUUGAGCCCACAGCAGAUCUCAGUGGCAUAAAUAACCAGCUCAUCACAUGCAAGACUCACAAUGCAUUCACCAUUGAUAUCCCCAUCAGUGGCAGACCAGCUCCAAAGGCCACCUGGAAACUGGAGGAGAUGAAGCUAAAAGAGACUGAUAGAGUGAUCAUCAAGACUACUACAGAAAGGACCACCCUGGUGGUAAAAGACAGCAAGAGGGGAGACAGUGGAAAAUACUACCUCACUUUGGACAAUGCCGCCGGACUGAAGACAUUUGCUGUUACUGUCAACGUUGUUGGAAGACCCACUCCACCAGUAGGACCCAUUGAAAUCUCUGAAGUGUCAUCAGAGGGCUGCUCAUUGGCUUGGACAGCACCAGAGGACGACGGUGGAACAGAUAUCGACAACUACAUUGUUGAGAAACGUGAAUCUGGAUCUACAUCCUGGCAAGUGGUGAACUCAAGUUGUAAACGCACCACGAUCAAAGUAAGCCAUCUGACCAAAUACAUGGAAUACACCUUCCGUGUCUCUGCUGAGAGCAAGUAUGGCGUGAGCAAGUCCAUUGAGUCUUCAGCUGUUGUCAUUGAGCAUCCAUUUGUUCCACCAAGUCCACCAACUCGCCCAGAUGUGGUGUCAGUAUCUGCUACGGCUAUUGGCAUCAAGUGGGAUCUGCCAUACGCUGAUGGCGGCAGUAAGGUGACUGGAUACUGGAUAGAGAAGAAGGAGAGAAACACCAUUCUUUGGGUCAGGGAGAACAAGCUCCCAUGCCUGGAUACCCAAUAUAAAGUCUCUAGUCUCAUUGAGGGCCUGGAGUACCAGUUCAGAGUUUAUGCUAUGAAUAUUUCUGGUCUCAGCAAAGCCAGUGAGGCCUCAAGACCAGUAGUGGCUUUGAACCCAGUCGAUCCUCCUGUUAAACCUGAGGUGACUGAUGUCACAAGGUCCUCAGUAACUAUUGCAUGGGGUAUACCAUUCAAUGAUGGUGGCAGCAAGAUUGUCGGAUACAUCGUGGAGCGCAAGCCGUGGAGUGAUGAUGAGUGGGAUAACGCCCGCUGGUUGAAAUGUAACUACACCACCAUCACAGAGACUCACUUCACAGUUGGAGGACUGGGUGAAGCAGAAAUCUUUGAAUUCCGUGUCAUUGCCAAAAAUGGAGCUGGAGUUCACAGUGCACCAUCUGAAACAACAGGACCGAUCACCUGCAAGGACGAAUACACUCCUCCCAAGGCUGAACUUGACAGCUCUCUUGUUGGAGAGCAUGUCACUAUCCGGGCUGGAUCAGACCUGGUCCUUGAUGGUGUAAUUGGUGGUAAACCCGAACCCAUAGUAUGGUGGGCCAAAGGUGACAAGGUGCUGGAGCUGGGAGAGAAAUACUCCCUGACAUACACCAGCUCAAGAGCCAUGGCCAUCAUCAAGUCCUGCAACAGAAAUGACACAGGAAGAUACGUUCUGACCGUGAAGAACGCCAGUGGAACCAAGACAGCGUCUGUCAACGUUAAAGUGCUCGAUACACCAGGGCCUCCUGAGGAAAAGGUCACAAUCACCAGGGUGACAGAGGAGAAGUGCACUGUGUCUUGGAAGAUCCCUCUGGAGGACGGUGGAGAUCUUGUCACUCAUUACAUUGUUGAUAGACGUGAGACCAGCAGACUCAACUGGGUGAUCAUGGAGACAGAGUGCAAGACUCUGUCCUGUGUCAGCUCCAAACUGAUCAAGAACAACGAGUACGUCUUCCGUGUCAGAGGAGUAAACAAGUUCGGACCUGGUGUGCCUUUGGAGUCCGAGCCUGUCAUCGCCAGAAACGCAUACACUGUCCCAUCACAACCUGGAGCACCAGAAGUCACAGCUGUAGGAAAGGAGCACGUCAUCAUUGAAUGGAUGAAACCUGAAAGUGAUGGCGGAAGUGAGAUCAAGAAUUACCUGGUGGACAAACGUGAGAAGAGCAGUUCCAGAUGGACCAGGGUCAAUAAGACCUUUACCAUCUAUGACAUCCGCCUGAAGAUCUCUGGUUUGCUGGAAGGCAGUGACUACCAGUUCCGUGUUACAGCUGUGAAUACAGCUGGAAACAGCCAGCCCAGUGAAGCCUCUCACUAUGCCUACUGUAGAGAGCCAACAUACACUCCAGCCCCUCCUUCAAUUCCACGAGUGGUAGAUUCCACCAAGCAUAGCAUUAGCUUGCAAUGGACCAGACCCAUGUACGAUGGUGGCGCUGAUGUUGUUGGCUACGUGGUGGAGGUGCUUGAGGAAGGAACCGAGCAGUGGUACAGGGCCACUCAGAAGACUUUGAAGACCAAUUCGUUUGUUGCCACUGGACUUCAAAGCAACAAGAAGUACAGUUUCCGUGUCGCAGGAGUCAAUAGCAAUGGCACUGGGGAAUUCAGCGAACCUAGUGUGGAAAUUGAGCCUGUUGAGAAACUCUCAAUCCCUGAUCUUGAGCUCCCUGAUGAUCUGAAGAAGAUCGUGUGUCUGAGAGCUGGUAACACUCUUAGGUUGUUCGUCAAUGUGGCUGGAAGACCGGCCCCUGUAGUGACCUGGAGGAAACCUGGCAUUGACCUGCAGAGCCGUGGGUUCAUUGAUACAACUGAUAGUUAUACUCAACUAAUCGUUGAGAAGGUCCAUCGUUACGAUGCCGGCAAAUACACCAUUGAGGCUGAAAAUCCAUCUGGCAAGAAGUCAGCAACUAUUCUCGUCAAGGUUUAUGACACUCCUGGACCACCUGGUUCAGUCAGAGUCAAAGACUACACAAAGGAGUCUGUCGUCAUUACAUGGGACGUACCAUCUAUUGACGGUGGAGCCCCUGUGAACAACUACAUCAUUGAGAAACGUGAAGCUUCAAUGAAAUCCUACAAAACAGUUACAACAGAAUGCAGGAAGACCUUGUUCAGAAUUACUGGCCUGGAGGAAUCAGUACACUACUUCUUCAGAGUGUUACCAGAGAACAUAUAUGGUGUUGGAGAACCAUGUGAAACCCCUGAAUCAGUGUUGAUCUGUGAAGUACCCAGCCUUCCUCAGGAUCUGCACAUUGUGGAUAUUGGAAAGUCCUCUGCCAUACUUAAUUGGGAGAAACCUCUUCAUGAUGGUGGUAGCAGACUGACGGGCUACGUCAUUGAAGCUAACAUCGUUGGAUCAGACAGAUGGAGUGCAGUGGCCACCGUUAAACAGUCCAUGUCCCAGCAUACCGUCACUGGUCUGACAGAGAAGGAGACUUAUCUCUUCAGAAUCAGAGCUACCAACACCAGAGGAGUUAGCGAGCCAAGGGAGAUUACAGGACCUGUGGUCAUUCAGGAACAACUACUGGCACCCUAUAUUGAUCUGGCCGGCAUUCCACAGAAGGUUGUCCAUGUGCCAGCCGGCAAACCAAUCGACCUCAAUAUUCCUAUAAAGGCCAGACCUGCUCCAGUUUGCACCUGGUCCUUCAAUGGUGCUAAAAUGAAGGAUAGUCUUGACCGGGUUAAGAUUGUGUCUAAUGGAAAAUACACCAAACUGACUGUUCGUGAGACAACCAUUGAUGACACUGGUAGCUACACUCUUCAAGUAAAGAAUUCUGUAGGAACUGCGACAGAGAUACUUAAAAUUAUCAUUCUUGAUAAACCUGGAAUACCUAUUGGACCGAUCACAGUUGAUGCCGUUGAUGCCACAUCUGUAACAGUCAGCUGGGAGCCACCAGAGAAGGAUGGCGGCGCCAACGUUAGUGGCUAUGUUGUUGAGCAGCGUGACGCUCACCGCCCCGGAUGGCUGCCAGUGUCCGAAUCUGUCACAAGACCCACAUUCAAGUUCACCAGAUUGUCUGAGGGAACUGAAUACGUGUUCCGUGUGGCUGCAACAAACCGCUUUGGCAUUGGGGGAUUCUUGCAGUCUGAAGUUGUUGAAUGCAAGAGUCUCAAGACCGUACCCAGUGCACCAAACAGACCUGAUGUACUGGAUGUGACUCAUGAGGGAAUGACCAUCACAUGGCAGCCACCAGAAGAAGAUGGAGGCUCCCAAGUGUCUGGAUAUAUAAUUGAGCGCAAGGAGGUCAGAUCUGAAAGGUGGAUGAGCAUCGUUAAGAACCCAGUCACCAUGACCAGAUACAGAUCAUCAGGUCUGUGCGAAGGCAAUGAGUAUGAGUUCCGCGUGAUCGCCCUCAACUCCAGAGGCUCGAGCAAACCCAGUAUGGCAUCUAAACCAGCUAUCGCCAUGGAUCCCAUCGAGCCUCCUAGUGCACCACAGUUCCCCAUGGUCACAGACACAACCAGGACGUCUGUGUCUCUGGCCUGGAGUCCUCCAGAGGAAGAGGGUGGUUCUGUCAUCACUGGUUACCUGAUUGAGAUGCAGAAGGUAGAUCAGGUGGAAUGGACCAUGUGCAACACAACACCCAUAAAGAUCUGUGAAUACACUCUGACGCACAUGCCUCAGGGAGCUGAGUACAAGUUCCGUGUGAUGGCCUGCAACGCUGGUGGACCCGGAGAGCCAGUCGAGAUCCCAGGAAUCGUCAAGGUUACAGAAAUGCUUGACUAUCCCGAUUAUGAACUGGACCUCAAAUAUGAGGAAGGCUAUGUGGUCAGACAGGGAGGAGUCAUCAGGCUGUCUGUGCCCAUCAAGGGUAAACCAGUCCCUAUUUGCAAGUGGACAAAGGAAGGCCGAGAUAUCUCUCACAGAGCUAUGAUUGCCACCAAUGAUGAUAUCACUGAACUUGUGAUCAAAGAAGCCCACAGAGAUGACACUGGCACAUAUGACCUGGUCCUGGAGAACAAAUGUGGCAGGAAGGCUGUCUACAUCAAUGUUAAAGUGAUUGGACGUCCAGACGCACCGGAAGGUCCCCUUGAGUUUGAUGAUAUCCAGGCUCGCUCUGUAAGAGUCAGCUGGAGACCUCCCUCUGAAGACGGUGGCUCUGAUAUCCUGGGUUACAUCGUUGAAAGGCGAGAGGUAUCAAAGGUAGCAUGGUACACUGUGGACUCAAGAGUGGUGGACACAGCUCUGGUGGUCAAGGGGCUGAAGGAGAAUGUUGAAUACCAUUUCAAGAUCACUGCUGAAAACCAGUUUGGUGUGAGCAGAUCUCUCAAAUCAGAUGAAUGUGUCACUCCAAAGACACCGCUGUCUCCACCAGAACCUCCAAUCAACCCACCAGAAGUUAUGGAUGUCACAAAGAGCACUGUUGCUCUAUCUUGGGGCAGACCAAAAGAUGAUGGUGGCGCCCGCAUUACAGGAUACUAUGUUGAGAGGAGAGAGGUGUCCACAGAGAAGUGGGUGCGUCACAACAAGACACACAUCACCACUACAAUGUACACUCUCACUGGACUCAUCCCUGACGCUGAAUAUCUGUUCCGUGUCGUGGCACAAAACGACAUCGGUCAGAGUGAACCUGGACCAGUAUCUGAAAAUGUUAUAUGCAAAGAUCCAUUCGACAAACCCAGUCAACCAGGUGAGAUUGAUAUAAUCUCUGUUGCCAAAGACUGCAUCACUAUUCACUGGCUGCGCCCAGAAUGCGAUGGUGGCAAAGAGAUCCUGGGUUACUGGAUUGAGUUCAGACAGGCAGGUGAAAGUGCCUGGAAGAAAUGCAACAAGGAGCGUUCCAAGGACAGACAGUUCACCAUGGGUGGUCUGAUGGAGGCUACAGAGUACGAGUUCAGAAUCCUUGCAGAAAAUGAAACAGGAAUGAGUAGACCUCGCAGGACCGCCAUGGGCAUCAAGACUAAACUGAGCUUGGGAGAGGCUCCUAGUCUCAAGGAAGACAUGGCAGAUGUCAUCGCAAAACUUGGUGAAUCAGGAACUCUGACAUGCCAGAUUAUUGGCCGUCCCCUUCCUGACAUCAGAUGGUACAGAUAUGGCAAGGAGCUGAUCCAGAGCCGCAAGUACAAGAUGAGUUCUGAUGGUCGCAACCAUUCACUGACAGUGGCCACAGAUGAACAGGAAGAUGAGGGCAUAUACACUUGCAGAGCCGCCAAUGAAGCCGGUGAAACAGAGUCCAGCGGCAAGCUGCGUUUGCAGGCCGCACCUGCUUUCCACCCUGGAUUCCCAUUGAAGGAGAAAUACACUGCAGGGUGUGGAACAAGUCUUCGUCUCCAUGUUGUCUACAUUGGCCGUCCAAUUCCACAAAUCAUGUGGUUCUAUGCAAAGAAGCCGCUCAACGCGUCUGAAAACGUGAUAAUUGAAAACACUGAGAGUUACACUCAUCUGGUUAUAAGGAAUGUACAGCGUAAAACAAAUGCUGGAAGAUACAAGGUGCAAUUGACCAACAAAUUUGGAACUGUUGAAACCACACUCAAGGUUGAAAUUCAAGAUAAACCUACCAAACCUGAGGGACCUAUUGUUGUUGAUGCUGUGUUGAAGAGCGCAGUGAUCAUCAGCUGGAAACCACCAAAGGAUGAUGGUGGAUCAAUGAUCACCAACUACAUUGUGGAAAAACGAGAAGCAAAGGAAGGCGAGGAGUGGCAUCUGGUGUCAUCAUCAGUCUCAGGAAACACUUGCAGGAUUCAAAAUCUGAUUGAAAGUGCUGGAUACUACUUCCGUGUUUCUGCUCAGAACCAAUAUGGAGUCAGUGAGGCACUUGAAGUUCCUGGUGUUCUCAUUAUCAAAAGUCCAUUCGAAAAACCUGGAAUUCCCGUGCAGCCUGUUGUCACAGAAGUGACCAACGAUUCUUGUCUUGUGUACUGGAAACCACCAAAAGACGAUGGAGGUGCAAAGAUAAAGAACUAUUUCCUUGAAAAACGAGAGAAGAAACAGAACAAAUGGAUCACUUGUACAUCCAAUAAAAUCCAUGAGACACAUUUCGCUGUAAAAGGCCUUCUUGAGGGCUUUGAGUAUGAGUUCCGUGUGAAAUGUGAAAACAUGGGUGGUGAAAGUGAUUGGAGUGAGGUGUCAGAGGCCAUCAUUCCCAAAUCAGGUCUCACAAUGAAACCUCCUGUCUUCAGAGAAGAAAUGAGACCAGAAAUGAUUGUGAAGUUUAGAUCCAAUGCUACAUUUGUCACCAAAAUUGUUGGACAUCCCAUCCCUGCUGUGAAAUGGUAUAAGAAUGGCAAAGAAAUUGUUGCAGAUGGUACCAAACUCAAAUUGCAAGAAUUCAAGGGAGGUUAUUACCAACUUGUUAUUGCUAAUGCCGAGGACAGCGACGCAGGUGUCUAUCAAGUCAGGGCAACAAACCAAGGAGGAUCCAUCUCUACGACAGUGAAUCUGACUGUUGAAGUUCCUGCCAAGAUCCACCUACCUCAGGAACUGCAAGGCAUGGGAGCAGUUCAUGCUGUAAAGGGUGAAGUGGUUACCAUUAAGAUUCCAAUCAGUGGCAAGCCCGACCCUCAAAUACAAUGGCAGAAGGGACCAGAGAUCAUGGGAUCAUCUGCUCACACUCAAGUGAUUGUCACAAGAUCAUUUACUUCACUCGUCUUCCCCAAAGGAGUUCAGAAGAAGGAUACAGGUUACUAUGUAAUCACUGCCAAGAACAGAUUCGGAGUUGACAAACAGACCAUUGAAGUUGCCGUGGCAGAUGUACCAGAUCCUCCUAAGGGCAUUAAAGUCAGUGAAAUCACUAGAGAUUCCAUCACUCUAACCUGGAGUCCUCCAGAAAAAGAUGGUGGAAGCCCUAUCAUUAACUACAUUAUUCAGAAGUGCCCCACAUCAGGUGACAGGUGGAUCCGCGCAGGCCAAACCAACGAGCCUAAAUACACCAUGAUCGCUCUGUUUGGCAAGACGAAAUACCAGUUCCGUGUCAUUGCGGAGAACCAGUUUGGUCUGAGCGAUCAUUCUGAACCAACUGAGCCUGUUACAACAAUAGAAGAUAAAUCCGUUAUCAGAAACUACGAUGAAGAAGUUGAUGAAGCUAGAGAAAUCACCAAAGAAGAGGCACCACAUUCAUCAAAGAUCAAGAUGGUGGCUGCCCAGUACACAAUUUCUGAAGAGCUGGCACGUGCCGGAACAUUUGGCGUUGUUCAUCGCUGUGUUGAAAACAAGUCCAAGAAGACAUUCAUGGCCAAGUUUAUCAAGAUCAAAGGUACUGAUCAGGAGCUAGUUACUAGGGAAAUUGAGACACUCAAUCUCUCUAAACACAAGAACUUCAUAUACUUACAUGAGUCUUUUGACAGUUUGGAAGAAAUGGUCUUGAUCUAUGAGUUCAUCUCAGGUGUAGACAUCUUUGAACGACUUGGCACAGGCAACUUUGAGCUCUCAGAACUGGAGAUUGUUAGAUACCUGAGACAGGUGUGCUCAGCUCUGAAGUUCUUGCACAAACUCAACUAUGCUCAUUUUGAAAUCAAACCUGACAACAUUGUCUACACCACAAGAAAGAGCACAAAUAUCAAAAUUAUUGAAAUGGGCCAGGCUAGAUUACUGACUCCUGGAGAAAAUAUCCGAAUCAAUUUCACUGCACCAGAGUAUUGUGCACCUGAAGUCCACCGUCAUGGACUUGUCAGCACUGCAACUGACAUGUGGUCAGUUGGUGUACUAACAUAUGUGCUCCUUAGUGGACUUAACCCCUUUGCAGCAGAAUCAACCACAAAAAUGAUUGAGAAUAUCUCAAAUGCAGAGUACAUCUUCGACAGUGAGGCUUUCAAAGAGACCAGCCUCGAAGGUAUGGACUUCUGUGACAGACUUCUUUGUAAAGAUCUGAAGAAACGUAUGACUGCUCAUGAAGCUCUGGAACAUCCUUGGCUUAGAUUGAAGCUGGAGCACCUCAGCAAAAAAACUAUCAAGACAUUGAGACACAGAAGAUACUACCAGACGUUGGUGAAGAAAGAGAGAGAGACAAUUGUCUCAUCAGCUCGCGUUGCUUUCGGUGGUGGCUUCAGAAGUUACAGAGGUUAUGCAGUUGGCAAAGUCAAGAUUGCGCACCCUACAGAAGGUCUGAGAGCCGGUCCAGUCAUGCAUGGAUCUUCAGAGGAGGGUGGACAUGUCAGAUUUGUUUGCAACAUUGAACAUUAUGAUGAAACCACAAAAGCAACUUGGUACUUUGGCACCCGCCAGUUAACAGCAAGUCACAAAUAUGAAAUCAGCUACAUCAAUGGAGUUGCUAGCAUCUACGUCAAGGAAAUUGAAACAUCUGACGAUGGUGUCUACAGAUGCAAAGUCAUCAGUCAGGAUGGUGAAGAUAAUGCCUAUGGAGAACUCUUUGUUGAAACUGUGAGAUGCUACCGUGAACACUUCAUUGGACGCUCACUCACAAAGAAGAGGAAGCUUGAUAAGCAAAGACUUAUGCAGAGACCACCAGACUUCACUCUGCCUCUGUACAACCGCGCUGCUUACAUCGGUGAAGAUGUUCGUUUCGGUGUAACCAUAACAGUGCACCCAGAGCCAACAGUAACUUGGCUGAAGGCUGGUCAGAAAAUCAAACGAGAUGAUAAGAAGUACACUUUCAUUAGUGACAAGGGUCUUUAUCAAUUGAUGAUCCACAAUCUUGACCUUGAUGACGAUGCUGAAUAUACUGUUAUGGCCCACAACAAGUUUGGUGAAGACAGUUGCACAGCACGUCUUACAGUGACACCUCACCCUGUUAGUGAAGACACCAUGAGGCCAAUGUUCAAGCGGCUGUUGGCUAACGUGGAGUGUGUAGAGGGCCAUAGUGUCCGCUUUGACUUGAGAGUCUCGGGAACACCUGCACCAAUCUUGAAGUGGGAGAAGGAUGGCAGGCCACUGGAAUUCAACCAACAAAUCACAGUUGUUCAAGAGGAUGUAGACUAUCACGUUCUGCAUGUCAGAGAAACUCUUGUUGAGGAUUCAGGUCUUUACAAAGUUACCGCAACAAACUGUGUUGGAUCAGUGAGUUGCCAGGCUACACUGAAGGUGGACCGCAUUACAUACAAGAGGAGAGAAUAUAAGAGUGAGGUGGAACAACAGAAAUAUGUUCAACAACAAAUUGACAAGACACUGAAAAUGGCGCAACGCCUUUCCACCACUGAAGUUACUGGACUCAACCCAGCGGCUCAAGAGGCUUUGAAACACGCUGCAGACAUAUACAAGCCGGCAGUGAGCACCAAACACUGUGAGGGCGAAUUUGAUAUCACAGAAGAAAAACCAUUUGUACAUAUCGAGGAAAGGAAACUUCGCAUGCCAUAUGAAAUUCCUGAGUCACGUGUCCAUGAUGCAAGUGCUCUGGAUGAAGACCUGUUGAUUAAACACUUUGUACCUUUGUCUGACAUGAAGUGGUACAAGAAACUUAGAGAUCAGUAUGAAAUGCCUGAGCGGAUGGAGAAGAUUGUACAGAAGAGACAGAAACGAAUUCGUCUCUCCAGGUGGGAGCAAUUCUAUGUCAUGCCCCUUCCUAGAAUUACUGACCAGUACAGGCCAAGAUGGCGUAUCCCGAAGCUCACGCAAGAUGACUUGGAAACAGUAAGACCAGCAAGACGGUCACCUUCUCUUGGAUCCGAGGCAUCCUUCAGGUCAAGAAGAUGCUCCCUUUGUGAUAUGAGUGAUGAAGAGCUUCUGCAGCCCAUUGAUGAUUACCUGUCAAUGAAGAAAACUGAACAAGAAAGGCUCCAACUUGAGGAGGAGCUUGAACUUGGCUUCUCUGCCUCCCCACAAGGCAGCCCUGUCCGGUUCGAGUUGUCUGCUCUGCGUCAUAAAGAAAGUAAACAUUUAGCAAGAAGAGAAGUAUCACAAGUAACCGAGCACAAGAUCAAGAGAACAACAGUUUCACAGUUCUUGAGGAGGAGAAGAUCACUGUCUCCUACAUACAUUGAGCUGAUGCGCCCUGUUUCUGAGCUUAUAAGAACUCCUCGCCCACGUCCUCUGGAGCCAGAGGAGAUCAUCGAAAGGAGAUCCCCCACCCCUGAGAGGACGCGUCCACGCUCCCCCAGCCCCCCAGCUUCAGCUGAGAGAUCCUCCCGCUCAUCCUCAAGAUUUGAGAGGUCAGCCAGAUUUGACAUCAUGUCCAGAUACGAGUCAAGAAAGGCUGCACUGAAAUCUGAGCGCAAGUACCAGACGGUGACCCAAACACCCUUUAGCCUCGACCACGCCCCACGUGUGACUGUGAGAAUGCGUUCCCAUCGUGUCCCAUGUGGUCAGAAUACGAAGUUCACUCUGAAUGUCCAAGCGAAGCCUGUUGCUGAGAUCCAGUGGUUUCAUAACGGACAACUGAUUCAAGAAAGUGAGAAGUUACGCUUCACAAACAUGAGUGGAGUGCUGUCUAUACAGAUCCGUGAUUGUCAGGCAGAGGACAGUGGCACGUAUCGUGCUGUUUGUUCAAACUCAAAGGGAGAAGCGUCCGACUAUGGUAUCCUUGAUGUUUCUGGAGGUGAAUUCUCCACAUAUACAUCACGUCGUAAAGAUGAGGAUGCUCCACAACCAUUUGUUCCUGAUAUCACAAAGACAGACCAUUACCACAUAUCAUCCUUCAAGGCAGCUUCCUCCUCAGCAACACAUAUGGAAGUGAAAGAAAGUAUAUCAAAGUUAACUGAAUCACGUGAAACAUAUGACAGAUAUGAUUCAUCUGAACGAUUUAUUUCUGCAUCUGAAAAAUAUGCUGCGGCUAUGGAGGCGUCAGAAGUUGAGCAAGUGUCUGUUCAUAAAGUUAAGUCAACUCUGGCAGCCAGAAUACUGACUAAACCACAGUCUGCAACAGUCAAUGAAGGAGAGACUGCUCGAUUCACUUGCGACAUUGAUGGCGAACCAGCACCAAGUGUUACAUGGUUGCAUGAGGGACGAGUAAUUGUGUCCUCUCAUCGUCUUAUGGUAUCUACCACGCAGUACAAGUCUACGUUUGAAAUUUCCUCUGUACAAUCGUCUGAUGAAGGCAGCUACACACUGCUGGUUGAGAAUGCUGAGGGAAGACAAGAGACUCAGUUUAGUCUGACCAUUUUCCGAGCAAUUGUCGAAGAGGAGUCUCAUGAACCAAUCACCUCGCCUCCAAGGGUGAAGUCCCCUCCACCAGUCAAGUCUCCUGAACCAAUCACCUCGCCUCCAAAGGUGAAGUCCCCUCCUCCUGUCAAGUCUCAUGAACCAAUCACCUCGCCUCCAAGGGUGAAGUCCCCUCCCCCAGUCAAGUCUCCUGAACCAAUCACCUCGCCUCCAAGAAUUAUCCACCAACUCACAGCCAAAGCCUCAGAAGACACAGUGAGAAUGUCCUGUGUAUCUGAAAGCAGCGUGAGAGAAGUUGUGUGGUACAGGAAUGGAUUGAAACUGACACAGAGCAGCCACUAUGAGUUCCAUAUGUCUGUGGAUGGACAUUGUUCUCUCAUUAUCCAUGACCUCUCUGAGAACGACCAGGGAGAAUACUCUUGUGAGCUCAUUGCAGAAGGAGGAGUCUCUACUAAAUCUUCAUUCUCAUUUGUUGGCCAAGUGUUCCAAUCCAUCUACACUAAAGUCACAGCUUAUGUGCAGCAGCACAUGGCCAUGAAAGUGAAAACUGAACAGGUAUCAAUGAGUCAAAAAGAGGCAUCUAUGGCUUUAGCCUCCCAUACAAGUUCAGAGCAGGUUGUUAAGAAAGACAUCCAUGGAGGAGCUCAGAUGAUGAUGAUGGGGGAGAGUGCUGCUCUUAGCAGCAUGAAGGAAAGCUUCUCUUCCCAAUCAGUCCACAUGGCUUCUUCAUCUUCUAUGCAUCAGGAGACAUCUUUCAGCAGUUCCAGUAUGGCCAGUAUGUCUAGCAUGGCUGCCAUGGCUGCUGAAAUGCAGAUGGAAACCAUGUCUCUAUCUAGCAUGUCUUCCAUGACAUCUUCCCAUGCCAUGAGCUCCAGCAGUAUGACGGAAAUGAUGAGUCACUCCCACCUAGAGGGGUCCUCCAUGAGAUCUAUUGCACAGGGUAUGCUAGGUGCGACAGGGGCACCAAGAAUCGAAGCUCUCCCAGAGGACAUCACCAUUGAACUUGGAAAGGUUCUCACCGUGGCCUGUGCUUUCUCCGGAGAGCCCACCCCUAACAUCGAAUGGUCCCGCGGUGGAAGAACGCUGCCCAGUGAGGAGCAUGGCGGUAGGUUCCACAUCGAGACCUCAGAGGACCUCACUACACUCAUCAUCACCAGUGUGAAAAAAGAGGAUGCUGGAGCAUACACACUCAAACUGUACAACGACUUUGGAUCUGACACUGCAACAGUAACUAUAAGCAUUCGAUCAUAAAAAACAGUUAAUAUCAUUUAUAUCCUCCCCCUUCCCUACUUUAAUGCCUUUUUAUGUAUUAAUUGAACAAAAAAUAAUCUUACUUGAUAAAGACCUUGAUUUCUGUUAUUGUAAAUAUGAACUAUUUUUAUACCAAACUUGACAUUAAUUUAUGCCAAACUAGACUAAAGUCUAAAGUUGUUAUAAAAUGUGCCAUAUUGGAUAAUUAUGACUUAGGAUUUUUCAUCCAUUUUUUCUGUGACAUGUACAUAAUGUAUAUAGCCGAAUUUAACGGUUAUGGAAAAUGUAUGAAUUGUUAUUUAUGACAAUAUUAACUGAAACAAAUGAAACUGAAAUGUUUAAAAGGAGAAAGUUUCACAUGAAACGAAUACCCUGUUAAACCUGAAACUAAACUCUGUGCCUCAACAAAAAGUUGAUGUCUUAAGAUUGCCUCAACAGGUAGAGAGGCUCCCUGUUGAAGUUGACUAAAUCAGAGAGAUGAGCUGUUAGACACUGUAUGUUAUUACCUGCAGUGUUAUUAUCAAACUCCUAUGAAUUGUAACAUGAUCAUAAGACCCUGAGUGCUGUUUGCAUAAACCCUCAUGUAAGCAGGACAACUAGGCCUUGUGUUCUGGACUGACUAUGUCAUAACCACCAUUUAAAUGACAUGUUCAACGUGCAAGCGGCCUGCACUUGAGCUGAAAUAAUUUUUUUGUGCUCUGUUUCUGGCAAAUGACUGCUUAAUUGAUUUUCCGAACAUCAUCAACCUGGCCAUAAAAAAUUGAAAGUCAACCCUGCACUUUUUUUGCAGAAGCAGAGCCAUCUCUUGGAGGUUUGCUUGUGUGCCUUAUUUUUGUGUGUUAGCUUUAGAAUUUCACCAGUUCAGUUGUCAGGCAAACAUCAAGCAAGUGUACCACAGUGACACCACCUGCUGUGUUAAAAGAAAACAAAAUGUAUUAGCUGUUCUGCCCUGCACUUUUGUUUGAUUUAAAUUAGAAUUAUAUAAUAAUAUGCAACCUCCCUGAGUUUAGUAUUGAUUUAAUAAAGCAUGAUAU